AUGUCAGAAGUACCUCCAGGUCAGAUGCCCUUUCAGAUAUUUUAAUACUGUACGCACAGAAUUUCUUUCUCUCCUUCUGGGCUCACGGUUUUUCAUUUACGAUUUAAAAAAUAUAUUCAUUCUUUCUCUUUCCCUUUCCCUCACCCUUUCUUCUGGUGUUUUCUCUUCUUUAAAACAACGCAACCAGUUUUUCAAAGCCAGUACAAGCACAGUACUUGCCAGUUUCUUAUCUUUUGUUUAAAAGAAUUGGGAGCAGGUUGCGGGAUCAGGCAGAGACUUCCCCUUCUCAGCGCUCGGCUGGCCCAACUGCAGUUAACCAUGCGGCUGAUGUAACAGUUAACUGUAGAUGGAACUAUGCAUUUCACUCGACAAAAGCGUGUUUCCAAGCCCAUAUAUGUCAAGAUAACUUGAGUACAAGGCCAGAAUGGGCAUUUAUAGGGCAGCAACUGGUGGGCUGGAGUGAGAAUGAAGGCUCAGCAGGCACCAGAAGAACUAAACAGUGUCCCCUUCUGCAUCUUUCAAAGCUUGGAGAUUCUGUAAUACUCCAGUGAAGUAGUACUGCAUAAAGCAUUGUUGUGGUGUUAGUGGCUAGGACCCUGGUCCGAAUCUCACCUCUGCCAUGAACUCACUGGGUGCCCUUUUUCUUUUUCUUCUCCCUCUCCCUCUCCUUCUCCUCCCUCUCCUUCCUCCUCCAGCCUACAAUCUUCCAUGCUGAGAUAAUACCGUAGAGUUGUCAUAUAUAGGAGUGUCUUGAAUGUUCCACAGUGAGAUAUAAAUAUUCAGCAUAAUGGAGGAUGAAGUGAUAUUUCAGUUGGUAGAGCACAACGCUCUUAAUCUCAGGCUCAUGGGCCUGAGUCCCACAUUGGGCAAAAGAUUCCUGUAUUGCAGGGGGUUGACCUAGAUGACCCUUGUGGUCUCUUCUAAUUCUGCAAGCUUUAUAGGGCUGAAUCAGUACAUUAGAUCAAGUUCCUGCUUAUUCCCCCCACCCUCUUGAUUUUUUUUCAAAAGAUGGGACAUUUGCUCCAUCAUCUGCUCUUGGCACUUAGUCAGAAAAGAGAUUCUGACCAAACAUCAGGACGAACAUUAUGAAAGUAAGAGCUGUUCAACAGUGGAACAGACUGCCACAAGAAGUGGUGGACUCUGACCUUCCUUGGAGGUUUUCAAGCAGAGGUUGGAUGGUCAUGUGUGAUUUAGUUGAGAUUCCUGCACUGCAGGGGGUUGAACUAGAUGGCCCUCAGGGUCCUUUCCCACACUACAAUUGUACAAUAAGUCUGCCUUCAUCCAAAGGAAAUGCUUCCUAGGCAUGGCCAAUUAUAGUCUAGUUCAUGGGUAGGCAAACUAAGGCCCAGGGGCUGGAUCCGGCCCAAUUGCCUUCUAAAUCCAGCCCGUGGAUGGUCUGGGAAUCAGCGUGUUUUUACACGAUUAGAAUGUGUCCUUUUAUUUAAAAUGCAUCUCUGGGUUAUUUGUGGGGCAUAGGAAUUUGUUCAUAUUUCCCCCCCAAAAAUAUUGUCUGGCUCCGCACAAGGUCUGAAGGAACAGUGGACUGUCCCCCUGCUGAAAAAGUUUGCUGACCCCUAGUAGUUGUACCUAUUAACUUAAUAACAUUGAUUUGUUCAAUUGUUUAAGUUUUUCAUUAGCAGUACUGAGAGAGUAAGUAAUAGCCUGUCUACCUCUCUCUAAAGUUCCUGUCAAGGCACUCAGAAUUAUUCUCCUUGAAGCACAAAUUUAUGUAGCAUUUAUUUUGAGGAUGCUGUCAGGAGGUUCGCAAGAUCACAGCCCCGGGAGCAUAAUUUGGAUCAAUAAGAAUGUGCAGGAGUCAGGCACAAUGUACACCUUGGGCAUCUCUUUGACUUGCUAGGUUUUAAGCUUUGGUAAGAGAACCAUCUUCCUGGUUUGAUUCUUUGUGUUUCCAUGUGGUCCACUCAGCUCUCCUUGCAGCUGAAUCAGAAGAGAGCAAGGAAGAUGAGAAAUUCUGCUGUGAAAAAAAGCAGUAUCUCUAACCAUCAGUUUUAGAAUAUGAUUUGGGCUACACAGCACAGAUGAUUCACUCCUCAGAUAGGGUCAGUUUUACGGAGUUCAGCCUCAGGUGAUUACUCCUUAACUCACCAAACUUUUUCAUUUUUCUUCUCCUUCUCUACCUUUGUCUUUCAGGGGCACAUGGGGUUUUGUCAUUGCUUUCUUUUGUUAAUAAUGGAUUAGAAAAUGGGAAAGUGGACUACAGCACAGUGCUAAGGUGAAAGCCCUUGACUGAUACAGGGUCUUUCUGGACCAUAAAUCUAGAUUAUCUUGAACCCCUAGGCACUGUUACACAGAAAUAUAAGCUUCCAUCUUUUUAUUAAGCUGUGCAAGGCGGUAAGAAAAUUAGCAGCCCUAGCGCUGGUGAAGUUAGGUAAUAUUAGAUUCUGGACUUCAUGGUCUUUGAGAGUGUGUGUCUUUAGAUGGCAAUAUGUAUCACUUCACAUUUUUAAAAAUAUGGUAGGCAGCUGUCAUUUGUUUGGGGGUCCUAAACUUCUCCCCCAAAGUCCUGCCUCGGUGGCCCCACCAUGUACUGUAGGCUUCCAACGUGCUUUCCAAUAUUCUGCAGAUGAAAAUACGGACACUGUGGUAGGAUGUAUGCAGAAAGGCUAAAACCAACAACGUGGUGAAGAUGUACAGACAGGGCAGUUCUUAAAUUAUCAUUUGAGGUACUAGUUCCACUGGCACAAAUCCAUUUCAGGCACUAUGUACAUUUUCAGGUCAACAGUAAUGCCAGAAGGAAGAAGUCAAAGUAGAAAAAGGUGUAAGAAGCUUUAUAGGGCUGAAUCGGUACAUUAGAUCAAGUGGAGUCCAAUUGCGGCUACACAGUGGAACGUGGGAAGGGACAUAGGUCUGUGGUAGACCACAUGCUUUGCAUGCAGAUGAUCCUGAAUUCAAGCCCUGGCAUCUCUGGUACACCUGGGAAAUACUCCCGUCACUCAGUGUGAACAAUACUAGCUAUACAGAUCAAUGGUGAGACUCAGUAAAAGGCAGAUUCCUAUGUUCCUAAAUGCCUGAAAUUUAGUUAGUUUUUACAACAUCCACGUAUCAGUGCCUUCCAACAUAAUAAAUCCAAAGGAUGUGUUAAAGAAUAGAAGCCUGGUAUAUUAUACAGUGAUUUCCUCGGUGCAGCAGGACAUAAUAUACUGUCACAAUUUAUUUGCUAAAUAAGUUGUGUGUGUGUGUGUGUGUGUGUGUGUGUGAACUGAUAAAGAGUGAGGAACAGAGAAAUCAAAGUACGUAGGGAGGAGGAGAAUAUAGACAGCAUCCCCAUUAUUGGCUUUGACAACUGGAGUGUGUCUUGAUGCUGAAUUAGUGUUCCCAGUAUCAAAGCUGUAAUGAAAGAGAAAACAAAGGGGUAGACAGCUGAAGUGAUUCUCAAAGGUUUUUCAAAGGAGAGGUCCAUGAAACCAGAAACUUUAUCAAGCAGAUCAGACAGUCUAGCAUUUUUCUUGCUCCCCCCACAACCCCGCUUGUUUUCAACAUUGCAUAACCCUAAAAUGAAUGAGCCAUCUGCUUCAUGCAAAUCUGUUUUGACAAACAGGAGAGCGCUAGCUAUGAUCUGCAGACUGACCAGCACCAGACUAUUUAUUCAGCUGGAUGUGUUUGCCCGUCCCUGCCCCUGUUUUAAUUAAACGUUUCUAUAAUCACAUAGGUAAUAUAAUAAUACAAUAAUAAUUUAUUAUUUAUACCCCGCCCAUCUGGCUGGGUUUCCCCAGCCACUCUGGGCAGCUUCCAACCGAAUAUUAGACAUCAGAUAUUAAAAACUUCCCUACAUAGGUAUCUCUUUUAUUAUUCAGCAAACAGAAGCCCAAGAACCAGAACCGCUUCAUAUGUUUGCAUGGCACCCUGGGUUUAUUAGUGUUUUGCCAUGACAAGCAAAGUAUGAAAGAAGAGUGUGCGUCUCAAAAUACUUGGGGAUACAGUGGUACCUCGGGUUACAUACACUUCAGGUUACAUACGCUUCAGGUUACAGACUCCGCUAACCCAGAAAUAGUGCUUCAGGUUAAGAACUUUGCUUCAGGAUGAGAACAGAAAUCGUGCUCCAGCGGUGCGACAGCAGCAGGAGGCCCCAUUAGCUAAAGUGGUGAAAGUGGUGCUUCAGGUUAAGAACAGUUUCAGGUUAAGAAUGGACCUCUGGAACGAAUUAAGUACUUAACCCGAGGUACCACUGUAUGUCGUAAACACCUACUGGAGAGAGCUAGGAUUGGUGCUGAAUUCCUGGCACAUGGCCAUUAUGUGAAAGAGAUUCACGUUUCCCAUUCAUGUUUCCCAAAGCCACUGAAGUCUCACACAGGAUUUAGCCCUGUGUGUUUGCUGUAGGAAAUUCCUGUGAAAACAAUGGUGUAUCUGCAGUGCCAUGUGGAAAAACAAUUAUACCCCGUUUUGUUCUUUAGUGAUACUGAAAUCCCGCUGAAGCUCCUAUCCUAUUGACCAAGUCAGUGGCAGUCUUGAUUUUUGUACCUUAACUGAAAAGUCAAAAUAGCACCUGGAGAGUGUUAAGAGGACGAAUAUGAAGACGUUUGGUAAUUUUUUUCUGAUGACUGAUGCUCAGAAGUUGUCAAUUUAGCGUACACCACUUUUUCCAUUUCAUGUUCCUGAAACACCACAACCCACUUUCUUCUCCUUCCCUUCUUAGUAUCUCCCUCACCCCACUUUAUAAAUGCUUCUCCUAUUUUUAUAGAGUUCCCACCUCUUUUUCCUUAUUUGUGAUGAAUUGGAGGGGGGGGGCACAACUGUUAAUUUUAAAAAGUGAUAGGGACCGGAGUGAGGAAAAGCAGUCCCCUUCCGCAUGCCAUCUGCUGGCGAAAGCAUUACCACUCAGUGGUGGUGGUUUAUGUGCCUUUAAAGGGAAAUUAGGCAAACCUGUGGAGGAUGGGUCUAUUAACAGCUCUUGAACCAUGAAUGUUAUAUGCAGCCUUCCACAGUCCUGGAAGUUACACUUCUGAAUGUCUGGGGAUAAACAAUGAGAAAAGACACUUCUUUUCAUGCCCUGCUUGUAGGUUUCUCUGGUUGUCCACUCUUGGAAGGAGGGUUCUAGAUAAGCCCUCAGUAUGACUGAGCAAAGCUUUUCCCUUAAAUAUAAUGGUAAAUGAAAAGUUCUGAGGAACCCUCUUUCUAUUCUGCCCUUCAUCAGAGGAUCACAGGGUGGUUUACAAUAUAAAAACAUAAAAAUACAUACCAUGGUGACAGACAAAAUCAAUACCCGCUCUCCCCAAUUUGAAAGUCCAUAUAUUGUUCUUAAAUACACCUUACCCAGAGCAGUGCCUUGUCAGUCUCCACCAGUGCACUCUUAUUUUAGUAUUGUUACACUGCAAAACAGGGUGAAAAAGCAGAAAUCAGAAAGGCUACGGUGAUAUUUUGCCAGGUUCUUCCCCUACGUAGAAAGCAUGAACCAGGGGAGGGAAACUUCUGGGCCUCCAGAUGUGGUAGGCCAGGAAUCCAACUCCCAUCAAUCCCAGCCAGCAUGGCCAAUGGUCAGGGAUGAAGAGAGCUGUUAUCCAAACAACAUCUGGAACCACAAGUUCCCCACCCCUUACAUAAACCUUUCAAUUUCCCUGCUCAUUUGUAUGAAGCUUUGGAGAGAUUGGCAUACCUGGUUGCACCUAGGGACCAUGAAGGAGAGCUGUACUGAAUGAGCUCACUAAAACCAUUACCCCUCCUCUUGUUAUCUGCGACCUGCCAUAAAAUUCAAGACGUUGCUGCUUAUUUCAUGGGUGGAUGUGCAUGCAGGCUUUUCAAUCCUGUUUCCAAGCACACUUAACACCUGUUGAUUAUUAUGCUUAAGGAUACUUCAUGAGUGUUUGUUUCUGCUACCUCCCUAGUUGACUCCGGUGUGGAAACCUUGGCAGGGUUUAUGGCAAGCAACAGCGCGACGGACAUUGUGAAUCGGAACGGUCCUGCCACUCCGCCCAACACGCUCCACCUGCGCUCCUCUCACAACGAGCUGCUGAAUGCCGAAAUCAAGCACACAGAAGUCAAGAACAGCACCCCUCCAAAAUGCAGGAAAAAAUAUGCGCUGACUAACAUCCAGACAGCCAUGGGCCUUUCUGAUCCUGCUGCGCAGCCCCUGCUGGGCAACAAUUCUUCCAACAUAAAGCUGGUGAAGAAUGGGGAGAACCAGCUUAGGAAAGCAGCGGAGCAGGGGCAGCAGGAUCCUAACAAGAACCUGACCGCUCCUACGACGACCGCAGGCAUCAACAUAACUUCUGAGAAGUUGGAGGGGAAAGAACCAAACCAGGAGGAUUCCUCAGGCAGCGAAAUACUACCCACGCAACGCCGGAGAACCAAGAGCUUCCUAAAUUACUAUGCAGAUCUCGAGACAUCGGCAAGGGACGUUGAGCAGAAUUUGGGGAACAGCCAAGUGGCAGGGGAGGAGAAACUGUCCUCGCAGUGCAAUAGCCAGGCAUCCACAGUGAUUGUUAACGGGGACGCCUUGCUUCGGAAACAAAACAAGCCAGCGAGUCCGGAAGAUGGACAGGUAGCCACCGUAUCGUCGAGCCCGGAAACAAAAAAGGAUCAUCCUAAAACUGGUGCCAAAACAGACUGUGCGCUACAUAGGAUUCAGAACCUGGCUCCGAGCGACGAAGACUCUAGUUGGACAACGCUGUCUCAGGAUAGUGCAUCUCCAAGUUCCCCAGAUGAAACAGGUACAGAUGCUUCUUUUGUAUGUUGUGGGUGUGUGGGAAGGCAAAAUGGUAUGCGCUUGAGUAAAUCCUUGCAAAGAGUGAAGUUUAGGCCAGUAGAUCAGUUGGCUUCAAGGAAUGCAGCUGAGAUUGCAAAUUUUGCCGAGCUUAAGUUUUUAUCUUUAUAGCGGGACUUUCUACCCUUUAGCGAUGCAAUAACUCACCUUAAGAAAAGUUUAAUUCUUUUGGUCAUAUAAAUGGCUGUGAUAAAACUAAAGAAGCUAGCCUGUUAAUAAUGAUCAAAUGACAGCGUUACUGAUUCUGUCCAGUUGCUACACAAAGUUCUUGUUUUAAAACUUGGAGCUUUUUUCCCUGGUACUUUCUGCUUUGCAUUUAAAUGUAAAUUUGGACAGCUUGAUCCUAAUCACAUUUAUUUUUAAUAUGUGCCUUUGAGUUCUGUGGGACUUUGCUUCCUGAUAAGUAUUUUUAGGGUGGAGCUUUGAACUGUUACGGAAUUGACAAUCAAUAAUCUUCAAUAGGCAAAGCGGUGCUGUAUUAACAUAGGAUUGCAUCCAAUUCUGGCUUUCUGCUAAUGGAAACACUUCCACAAGACGGGGUAUCUGAUAUUUCUAAAGUCCUCCUAUGCAGACUUCUGUCUCCUGAGGAUUGUGGGAUCCUCUGGGACAGAAUGGGAUAUAGCAUAAAGGGCUUCUGCAGUUGAUCGGGUUAUGGGGAUUGUUUAGAAUCCGCUAGUCUAUUUAUACAUUUUAAAGCCACACUGUUAGCUUUCCUGUCUAUAUCAUGUGAAGAUAGUGAAUUACAGACAAUAGAAAGUGGACAGGCUUUCCCCUCCAAGCUUUUACUUGUCAAACUCGUGAGUGUAGGUAUUGCAGGGACAAGUGAUACUUUCAGUUUUAUGGUUUGUUUGUAACCCGUGUGAUGGCACGUCCACACAGCAAGCUGUUGGCGUGAAAAGCCUCUCCAACAUCAUGGUGGCCAUUUUGGCUAUGCCAACAUGCUGCCAUUUCCCCCCAUUGAGUUAUGUUGGUGUGAUUCAAAUGACAACAGCUGCAUUUGGGGAAACAGGGUCUCAACAGCUUGGUGUAUGAUAAUGCUCCUGCGUAGUUAUGUUUCAAACAUUGCCCGUCUCACUGAUUCGGCCCUUGACGUUUGUUCUGCAUAGGUGAGGUAUAAGCAGCCGCAGGAUUGACCACAAGCCCAGAGGGCGAUCUAGCAAAAGCCUCUCCCUUCUUGGGUUGUUUUCUCCUUGUUCCACCUUUUUGUCUCCUCUCCAUACCCCAUAUCUUAGUGUUGCUGCCUGCUAUUAACCUGGUUAUUUAUCAGGUCUUGCCCAAAUCACCCACUGCUGCUACUCAUGCCGUGCUUCUCCCUUUCUUCCCUCUCCAUUUACUCUUCCAAACCUUUUGCAUCCCUUCUCUUAAAUCCUCUCCUGCGCCUCUAUAUCCCAGAGGUGCUGGGCUCUGGCCCCAGCCCAAGUAUCUGUUGCUAAGGAAAAAGAGAAGAAAGAGAAGGCGAUCAUAAUUCAGACCACACUUUUAAAAACAUGGUUUUCAGGUUUCCCCAAAGCUAUGAAACAAGACAUUGAAAUAUGAGUGAAUUUGGCCUGAUAAAUCUAUGCUUCAGCGUUUUUUUUAAAGCAGCAUAGAAUUCCUGCCAAAAUUGUCUACUUGAUAUAUGCUCCUAAGUGGAUACUUAAAUCUGUAAAAAGAAGGGAAGGGGCUGCCAUUCCUCCCAAUGGAAUGGAAUCCAGCAGCUGCUAGACUAUCUAGCAAAAUUAGAGUGCUUCAGUGUGUUUAAAACUGUGCUUCUGCAUAAUGUUGCAUUAAUGCGCAAGCGAUCUAAUUCCAAUGGCUAUAUGCAAAGAGGAUGCCCAAUGCUGGGGCAAACCCAUAGCCUUAUUUCCUUUCCUGAAUAGCAGUGUUAGGCACGUAAAAGAUAAAGCUAUCAGGUAAGUAGCCUCAAAAUUGACUCACAUGUGAGGGAAACUGGAAUUACAAGUGUCAUUCCUAGUGAGAUAGAGCGCUGAUUGGGAUUGCCUUGUUUUUGCAACCCUCUGACUUACCCCAAAUAGAUUUCCACCCCACCCCACCCAUGAACUCCAACUGAAAUAUGUCACAAAAUAUAUAUUGCAGAUGAAAUAAUGAAGUGUGGGGACAAGAAGCAUGAGGCCCCUGUGUGUUCUGUUCUCCUUGCACCUGUAUCCUUGCAGAAGGCAUUGUAGGAAACUGAACCGUUGACAGAGGCAUUAUCAGAUGAUAAAUUGAUAGCUUGACAGGUUUGCCCCUAUUGAUGCUUAGAACAAAGCAUCCUUGGAACAAGUGCUGUGAUGCAGACAUCUGCAUUGUCUGGUGGUUGUGUUUGUUGUGUUUAUUUGUUUAAUUUAGUUGUUCAGUUUAUAUCCUGCCCUUCAUCAGUUCCGUUGAUUGCAGAACUGGUUACGUCUUAGCACACAUUUUAUACAAUAAACUAUAAAUAACUGCUAUCCUCUAGCAUACAGCAAAUACCAAUAGAAUGGUCACCUGCACACACCAUAUAUUUAUAAAGCACUAUUAUGCCACUUCAACAAUCUCAGAGGUUUCUGGGAACUGUAGUUUGUUAAGGGGGCUGGGACUGGUAGCUGAGCAUCCUUAAAAGCUACAGUUCCCAGGAUUCUCCCUGUUAGAGUGGCACAAGUGUGGUUUAAAUGUAUCGUGUGAAUAAGAUUACAGCAGCUCUUCAGCAGUAGCCUGCAGAUAAUUUACUCAUCCCCCUGCCAAAAGCCUGGGCGAAAAGAUUAAUGAACAGCAAAAAACAAAUAAUGGCAAAUGUGGUCAUAAACAGGAAUUGGUACCAAGCUUUAGUAUAACUAAUAAAUAUGAGGUCAACAGAUUAAAAGGCCCCAGGUGGUAGGAAGAAAGCAAAGGAAAGAGAACAAAGAAAUGAUGCAACAGUCGCAUCCUUAAAAGUCAGGUGACACCGCAGAAUAGUUUAUCUGAGGUGGCACAUGUCAAAGCAUUACCUGAGCACCUUUCAGUGUUCCCUAGAAUAUCCUGAUCUCCCUUCCUCACCCUUUUCACUUUACUAGUCUCUUCCUUGACUUUUGACCUGAUGAGAAUUCCUGGAUGCUAAAAUCCAAACUGGGGACAAGUACUGUGUCAGAAUAUGCAGCAAAGUAAAGCAUGGAAAUAUAAGCUGUUAGAUCUUUAAAAGAGGCCCUUCUAAGUGAGUUCCAAAAUGUCCCCUUAAAAUGUGGCUUUCCAAAAUUUCCCUCUUCCCCAGCGUAGGAGAAGACCACACCUUUGGUAAGUUAAAAAUGGCUUACUUACAAACUGUUCAAAGGCCAGAUUCAUAUGCUUCAGAAAAGGUUUCAUGGGCAGAGAACUGAGCUUGGUGGUGAAAGUUCCUAAAUGAUUGGUUUAGGAACUUGAGUGACUGGUGAGAGCCAUGCAGUUUGAGCUGGAGCAACUAGCUCAAACAUCGUCACAUGCUGAGCUUCUCAGGUAGCCUGGGAAGUACAAAGGCUUGAUGAUCUAGUUCCUCCCAAGGUGAGGGGAAGUAAGGUAAAGGUAAAGGAUCCCUGGAUGGUUAAGUCCAGUCAAAGGCGACUAUGGAGUUGCAGCGCUCAUCUCGCUUAUGUUGAGGGAGCCGGUGUUUGUCCGCAGACAGCUUUCCGGGUCAUGAGACUAGCAUGACUAAACCGCUUCUGGAGCAACGGAGCACCGAGACGGAAACCCGAGUGCACAGAAACACCGUUCACCUUCCCGCCACAGUACCUAUUUAUCUACAGUGGUUCCUUGGUUUACAACCAUAAUCCAUUCUGGAGGUCCGGUUGUAAACCAAAACAGGUUGUAACCCAAGGCGUGCUUUUGCCAAUGGGGCCUCCCCAAAAAAUGGGUUGUAAUCCAAAAAAAGGGGUUGUAAUACAAAGAAUGGGACGCGUACUUCCAGGUUUGACGUGGUUGUAAUCCAAAACAGUUGUAAUCCAAAGCGGUUGCAAACCACGGUACCACUGUACUUUCAUAUCAUCCAGUUUUCUUAAUAUUUUGUACACCUUGGUCACAAUUUCUGUUAGACUGGAUGUAGAUGAAACAAUGCAAUGAAAUCCUUGUGUUCCCUUGAUAACUUUCAUUCUUUCAAAGCGUCGUUUUAGGAACAUUUCUUCUUUUUUCUGUAUUCCUCAUUUGUUGAAAUUAAGAACUGGAUAGAAGGGAUGUUAUCUUGGCACCAGGUUAACAGUUCCAGCAGUGUAAUAAUUUUGUUUGAUACGUAUUUUGUUGUAAUGUUCAUGAAAUGAAGUACUAACAAGAAUUCUUUCAAAGUGUUAAUUCUAUCAUGCAAGCUAUCACUCCGCUUUGGAACACAUUUUUAAAAGAAAAGCCUGACUAGCUUUUCAGACACCUUUUAAUUGAAUAACUUUCUAAAGAAAUGUCUGAAGUAACUGAUAUUAUAGUUAAGUCUUUUUAUUCCGUUACAUUUUACUCCAAGAAGACCCAUUUAUCCUAAAUAGAACCUAAUAAAGCAGACAUGUAUGUACAAAAUAUUUUUUAUAUGAUCCCAUUGAGAUCCCAAGAUGAAAUUUAGCAGGUAGCUCUUAGAAAUAUUAAAUAAACAAUACAUUUUUUGAAAAAUCUAAAUCAUAUUAAUUUUUUUUAAAUUUGAUUUUGUAACUUAAAUUUAAAAUUUAAAGUAAGUCCAUCAUGUGACAUAUCAUAUUAAAGCCCAUGAAGUUCUGAAGGGAUUGGUGUUUUUAGUUUUGAUGUAUCUCAGUUCUGGCCUGAGCUAAUAAGGUUUUUGUGUAGUACAGCACAGCUAAAAUUGUCAUUUAAUUUUUUUUUCAGACCCUCAUAACUCACAAACGGAAUGAGAUAAAUAAUUAAAAUUUUAGAUUUAAACUUAGUUUUGAUUAUUCAGCAAGUGUACAAAAUAUUAAGAAAAUUGGAUGACACGAGGUAGAUAAGUUGGAUCACUUGGUAUGGAAUGACCCUGGUAUGCUUUUGAAGCUGGGACAAACCAACGGGAGUUCACCCCAUUUCACAGAUUCAAACCUCCAACCUUCCGAUGGGCAAGCCCAAGAGGCUCAGUGGUUUAGACCCUGAGGGGAAGUAGACUUAGCUAAGCCUAACAGGACAGUUCACUCUAUGGUAUUAACUCCUUCGUGUGUUAUUUAGACUUAACCGUGUUGGUUAUUUGAGACGGGUUAUCCUAAAGUUUGGUCUUGCUUGAAGCUAUUGGCUAAUCUAGUCUGAUGGAUUAUAUUAAUAAUAUUAAUAUUAAUAUUAAUAAAUUGCUUUAUUAUUAACUGUUCACCCCAAGGUGAACAAUCUUCCAAAACAGAACAUUCAAAUCCAAAAUCAAAACCACAGGAAUAAGAUGGCUCCCUAAAUACAUGCAUCUUAAGUGUCAAAGGCCAGGGUGAAGUCUUAGGACUUUGCAGUCAGGAGUGUAAUGCCCCUCUUGCGGCCGUUGUCUUAGCUGCUCUAAUAUCAUAGAGAGGUUGAUGUGACAGAGGGGUGUCAGCCCAUAGCAAGGGGGCCUGAGUAUUAAAGGACAGUGAUAUGGGCUGGAUCAGGGCUUUUGGAGUCUUGUAAAAGUUUCCACAUUAGUGGAAUCCAUCCCAUGACUCCAUCUCAGGACUCCAUCUAAGAAGUUUUAGAAGGCCAAGAAUUCUGUACUAAAAUCAGUUGGACAUGAACGUCCUGAAGGCAGUAUAGAGUGUCAAUCAGUGUUACUGAACAUAUGUAUUUCAGCGAGACUGAAACCCUUAAUGGGAUUUCAGCCUUGAAAUGUAGUGUUGUUUUGAGAAAAAUUGGGGCAACGAUGGGGAUAGUGGGCAAAAUGCUCAGCCUAUAGAUUUAAGAUAUUCUGUGUAACAACAUUUUUAUCAUUCCAUUAAUUUGGGGAAACAGAAAAAAUAUGCCUCAUUUCAGUAUAUGAGCAAAGAUACCCAGAGUUUCAAAAAAACAACAGCAGAAAUUUCCCAUUCAGUUUUUAAUUGGAUUUUACUACUAUUCCACAGAGAUUUUUAUUUUUUUUAAAGCCAUUUCCCUGGUCAUUUUGGCUGACACGAUUCUUGGCUUUGCUUAAAUUAUUGAUUACAGCGAGGGGAGGGACUUCCUGAUGAGAGCAGCACUCUCCCUAAUAGAAGCCUCUCACUAAAUCAAUUUCUACCAUUGCUGCAAUGCACCUUCGGGGAGUUGAAGGUUAGGAGCUUCAAGAAGAAUUUCUUUUUUGCCUUCAAGGAGUGGAUCUUUGCAAUAAAUUUUACUGAACUCUUCCUUUUUGUGUGUGUGGCUUUCAUGUUUGUAAAAGCAGCCAGGAACAAGACAUUUUAAUGAAUUUUUGGAGGUGGAAGGAGGGUUCUGGCAUCCGUGCGCAGAUGAGCUGAUUAAAUCGCGAUGUGAUUGAUGCCUGUAGGCUGUGGGGUCUUGAAAGCUUGUCACUUUGAGCAAAAUCAGUCAAGAAAUACUUGAGCGUCUGGCAGUCUGGCAAUCGGUUCAGUAUUGCGUGCACCCACCACUAUAAUUCCUUUACAGCUGUCUUGGUUUCUGCCGUCUUGGGGAAGGUAGUCAUUUAUAUGGGCAACAUGUGGCAUUUCCACUCUGAAAUCUACAGGCUGCCAGGUGGCCUUCCUUUCACCCACCCCAAACUUCAUUCCUUGUUAGACUAAUUAAAUAAAUGUCGCCUACGUAGUGGUAGGUCCCCCAGCCCAACCCCAUUCAGCUGGCAGACAGAUCUGGAGGCUUUGCAAAGAGGGCGAGCACGAGCGAACAUGAAGCUGUUAGAACAUGUGCAGAACAAACUUAAAGGAUGCUGGUGGCAGAUCAGCUAAGGCUGAACUGCAGAGGAGGAGGAGCGAGCAAAUGUGAGUAGCGAGAAAUCAUAUAUGUUAUUUCUUUCCAGCUUGUCUAUGCAAGCUGCCUAUUUCUGUAUACAGAUGUUUAGCAGCUGUUGUCAUUGGGGAACGUGGGGGUACUUUUAAGUCCUGUUUGCAUGUUGUCUGUACCAAUUGCAGAGAGAGCUUAUCCACUAAGACUGGAGUAAUCAUCACAGUAUGAACUUUGUGUUCUGCUGUUAGCACCUCUGUGUUAGCGCUGGCGAAUCGAGUGAUUAAGUUAGAAAGCUGUGAUUUGCAGAGCUUGAACAUUUUCACACUGGUUCUGGAUUCCAGAUUACCUUGGACUCCUCGUCUCCUGGUUUUCCUUGACAUGCCCCUAAUCUCUUCCCUGUGUCUACUUUGCUUCUCUAAUCAUGUUCUUCAACUUCAGGGUAAAGCAACUUUUUUCUAUAAUGGAAGGUUGGUUUUGAACUAAUACUCAUUUGUUUGGCAGUGUCUGAUUGGUUUCUGGCAGAUAAAUUUGACAGUUAACGGGGAAUCAUUUUCCAGCUCAUUUUUAGAGGGGUCACUAUUGUUUCACACUGUGGGUUAAUCACCAGGACAGUUAAAUAAAUCAAAGUUAGAAGUCAUUGUUAAUUCAGUGAACAGAAACUGAUUUAUAAAUCAGUUACAUGUUUUUAUUCAGCUAGAAUAUAAAUAUUUUAAAAAUAUAUUUUGCAAAGCUUAGUGAGUUCACCUGGCUCACAUGGUUUGUGUGAUAUUUCAGGGAAAAAAGUCAGUAAUAUACUGUUAAAAUGUGGAAGGUACAAUACAACAUUAUUUACUAUCAAUUUGAGAAUAUCUCCUUAUUCAGGGUUGACCAGUUGGUAUAAUUGCAUUCAUUGUGCAUUAGCAUAGGAAUCUGGUGCCUGCAACUUAAAGCUUCAGGCUGUCUCAUGUAUUGUCAUUCUACAGACAAUUGAUGAAGAGCAUUGUCUUGCUUAAUUGAAUUCCAAAGCAAUCAACUUUUUUGUGGGGGUGGUGGAGAGAAAUGGGAGGCUUCUUUUUAAAAAGAACCAAGAUUUUGCUGCUAGAAUACAUAGAUUUUUAAUGACAAUAUCCAAAAAUGUUUUUACAUUACAAUAUUAGCCACAGUAGUUGUAAGGUUUAUACAGCCAGCCAAUGAAUAGGAAAGGAUAAUCAUCUACUGCAGCUUUCCCAAACCUGGUACCUUACAGAUGUUUUGGAUUGCAACUAUCAUUAGCCCCAGCCUGGCCCAAUGGUCAGGCACAAUGGGGACCCUUCCCUUUUGUGCAUAACGAGGGCUCACAAUCCUAAUAAAGCCCCAAUCUGAGAUGGUGGAAUUAUUGGUUAGAAUAAUAGGAUUGUAGAGUUGGAAGGGAUCACGAGGGUCAUCUAGUCCAGCCCUCUAAAAUGCAGGAAUGUCAACCGAUCAUGGACCGAAUGGGUUCAUUUGAGCAAUGUGUCACUGUGACCGUUUUACAUUAAGUAGAUAAUUCUGUAAGUAUUGCACACCACUGAUGACAUUAUAAAUACUGAAAUGUAAGUAUCACAAAGGCAGUCUACUGCUUGUGCAUCUGUUCUCGGAAUACAAUAUUUGUUGUGAAAUUGUGAUACAAAGUGUCAGGUAAGAUAUCGUACCUUGUUUAUGGGCAGAUGGGACAGAGAGGCAUUAUUGGGUCAAGACCUGCAGUUUUGGCAAAUGAGUUGGCUGAUUGUGCAUGCAUGUUAGUUAAUAAAGCACUCGGAUAUUCAGUGGUUCAGAACAGGCAGUUUUGUCACCAAGAUGGAAGGAGUGCAGGUUUGGAAUUUCUAAAUUUUCAGUUUGUCAGCAGACUUUGUAACGUAGAGCAAGACUCUGCCAGGGCAGCAAAACACCAACUAAAAAUAAUAAAUUCUUUUUAAAAUGGGAAUAUUCAAAUGCUUUAUUAGUGGUAACUAAGCUUGAUGGUGAAUUUUGAGUGAAUCAUAGGAGAGAAGCGACAGGAGGGCGACUUCUCUAAUGUCUCUGCACAUUACUGUAAAUGGACUGUCCGAGCAGUCCGGUUUUUUAUUCAUCCAUCAGCCAGAUUACAUCUUGGCACCACUUUUGUUUGCCCAGCAACAGCAGGCUUUAAUUAGCGGGAUGGAUCGGAUAAGUUAAAAAACAACCAAAAACCUGUUUGCAAAAAUCUACAGUUUUAUCAACAAUGCAGCAAUUGCUCUGUUGUGCACUUUCACUUUAUAAAACUUUUGCUUCUUCAUAUUUGGUUUUAUGAUGAUAUACUGCUUCCCCAUUACCUUUCCUUCCUUCCCCAUUACUUAUUUGGUUACAAAGCCAGGCUUCAUUUGGAGCAUGGCGAAUUGCCAUUUGAUGGCUGCAUAAUAUUUGCUUGGCUGGCUGUGAGCUGAUGUUCCCUACGAUUUCCUGAAGCACAUACCUAGGUUAGAUUGCCUGGUAGAUACCUAGCCUGCAAGCACCAUGGUGGCUAAAAUUGUUUUUUAGAACAGUUUUCAAAUAAUUUAUUGCAUCGUACCUUGAACAGCAAAUUCAGAGCCUCCCUUUAAGAUUUGGAUGCAUUUGUUUCUAUAAAUUAAAACUAGCCUCAAAAUUGCCUUGAUAGCAUGCUGCAUUAGUUUUGUUGUUGUUGUUUAGUCGUUUAGUUGUGUCCGACUCUUCGUGACCCCAUAGACCAGAGCACGCCAGGCACUCCUGUCUUCCGCUGUCUCCCGCAGCUUGGUCAAACUCAUGCUGGUAGCUUCGAGAACACUGUCCCACCAUCUUGUCCUCUGUCGUCCCCUUCUCCCUGUGCCCUCCAUCUUUCCCAACAUCAGGGUCUUUUCCAGGGAGUCUUCUCUUCUCAUGAGGUGGCCAAAGUACUGGAGCCUCAGCUUCAGGAUCUGUCCUUCCAGCGAGCACUCAGGGCUGAUUUCCUUAAGAAUGGAUAGGUUUGAUCUUCUUGCAGCCCAUGAGAAUUAGUUAGCUGAAUUAGUUAAAAAGGUAAAGGUAAAGGGACCCCUGACCAUUAGGUUCAGUCGUGGCCGACUCUGGGGUUGCAGCGCUCAUCUUGCUUUAUUGGCCGAGGUAGCCGGCGUACAGCUUCCGGGUCAUGUGGCCAGCAUGACUAAGCCACUUCUGGCGAACCAGAACAGCGCACGGAAACGCCAUUUAGCUUCCCGCCAGAGCGGUACCUAUUUAUCUACUUGCACUUUGACAUGCUUUCAAACUGCUAGGUUGGCAGGAGCAGGGACCGAGCAACGGGAGCUCACCCCGUCACGGGGAUUCGAACCGCCGACCUUCUUAUUGGCAAGUCCUAGGCUCUGUGGUUUAACCCACAGUGCCACCCGCGUCCAGCUGAAUUAGUUAGCUUCCAGGAAAAAGCAAGUGAACUGCCACAGGGCUCCGUCACCCAGCACAGUGCCUAGUUAAGUGGUAGUUGUAAGAAACAACUUGUCUUGGUAAGUAGUUUUUCCUUUCCUCCCCAAUUUGCCUUUUAUUAAUGAAUCCAACACCUAUAAAGACAUUCUUCAAGGCCAGUUUCCCCAACUGGCUGGUCCCAAAUCUGCAAAGGACAACAAGCUCCAAGCUUCUAGGCUUAAUUGACUAAUGGUGCAAGCCUAACCAUGUCUACUCCAAAGGAAGUCUGGUUGAAUUUACUCCCAGGUAAAUGGGGUUAGAAUUGCAGCCUAGGGGUUCCAAAGAAAAAGCCUAUGUAUGGGAUCAUCAUUUUGGAAAACAGGGGCAUUUCCCCAUUAAGAUGUGGGUCAGAACUCAUGCAGCCUGGUGAAUUGUUUUCCAUUAAGGUUCUGAUUCAGAUGUUAAUACAGUAUGGGGAUGCUGAUUUUUAGCCUAGUAAUUUUCUAAAAUCAUAAGUGCAGCUGAUUAAAACUUCCACAAAUGGGAAGACCAGACUGAAGAGUUUGGACUAAAUACCACAAUGGGUGGUAUUCAUCAAAGCUUAACCUCUUGAAAGUAAUGAACCUAAGUUAGUCGUGUUCUUUAAUAUCAUUGAAUCUCCUCUGAGUAAAACUUAGUUGAAUACCAUCUACAAUUUAUUUUGUGGAUUCGUUUCUCAGUUGCAUCAUUGGUUUUAUUUCUUGAUAUUUACUAAUAAAGCUACCUUUUUAAUUUAAAUACUUUAAAGUCCUGUUUUUGUGCAAGCAUGAUAAAAACCUCACAUGGCCAGAUGCUCAAGUAUCGCUGUGUGGACAUAGCAGUUUGAAAGCAUACCAGCUCGAAUAGAUAAAUAGGUGCCGCAAUGGCGGGAAGGUAAACAGCAUUUCUGUGAGCUCUGGACCUUACCACGGUGUUCUGUGCACCAGAGGUGGUUUAGCCAUGCUGGCCACAUGACCUGGAAAUGCUGUCUGCGGGCAAAGGCUGGCUCCCUCAACCUGAAAGUGGAGAUGAGCGCCACACCCCAUAGUCGCCUUUGACUGGACUUAACCUUCCAGAGGUCCCUUACCUUUACCUACCUGUGUUGGGAUGACCAUUCACCCAGCAAAGCAUCCGGGGGGACAAAGGUGGGGAUACUCCCAAGCUCUAAAGCAGAGCCUUUUGUACACUCUCUCUUCCCAAGGCCAAUUCCUUUCUACCUCUGAGUAAGAAACAGUAGUAUGCUUUUUCCUCUGAUAAAUCCCAGAGGAGAUUUUUUUCAGAAUUUGCAAAGCCCUGUGCAAAAGGUCUCGCAAAUAAGUUCCUAAUACCCUUAAUUUUUGUAAAGAAAACAUGGGUUUGAUCCAUCACUUGUAGGAAGUGGUCACAGCUCCAGUUCAGUAUUGCUUAUACAAUGGUACCUGGGGUUACAUACGCUUCAGGUUACAGACGCUUCUGGUUACAGACUCCGCCAACCCAGAAAUAGUACAUCGGGUUAAGAACUUUGCUUCAGGUUGAGAACAGAAAUUGUGCUCCGGCGGCGCAGCGGCAGCGGGAGGCCUCAUUAGCUAAAGUGGUACCUCAGGUUAAGAACAGUUUCAGGUUAAGAACGGACCUCCAGAACAAAUUAAGUUCUUAACCCGAGGUACCACAGUACCAGGGGAACCUCUCUGUCUGGCACUUGGGACUCCCCAGGACACCUCUGACCUCCCCUGCUCAACACAACCUCAAGUGCUUUUCCUUCUGCAUGUGUCCUUGAACUGUGAAAAUGUCUGUUGCAUGCCUGGGUUAGAUGUGUGCGUGCGUGCGUGCGUGUAAAUCUAUGGCUUUUGCAUGGCUAGAAUGUCACCCACUGUAUAAAAAGGUAAGAACUGCAUCUGUUGCUCUGGCCCUGUCCAUCACUUUCAUGCGGCCCUCGAAAGGUAACGUAUGAUAGAAUAUGGCCCUCGGACUGGAAGAGGUUCCCUUCCCUUGAUCUAUAUUGACUCAGAAUGAUACAGGUUUGACUAAUACAUUUCUGUGUGUGAAAAAGUAAGACUUUUUGAGCACAUAAAUACAAUAUUGUCCAAUGAAGGAGCACUUUUGCUACUGUUGCUGAAUCAAUUAUCAUUCUAAAAGUCAUUGGUUUUAUCUGUUUUUGGAACAGCUUAGUUCCUGAAUGUUUUGGCUCCCAAACACAGCAAACCCGGAAGUGACUGUUCCGGUUUGCGAACUAUUUUUGGAAGCCAAACGUCCAAUGGGGCUUCUGGAGCUUCCAAUUGGCUGCAGGAGCUUCUUGCAGCCAAUCAGAAGCCGCGCUUUGGUUUUCAAAGGUUUAGGAAUUCGAACCGACUUCCGAAACGGAUUCUGUUCGAUUUCCAAGGUACUGCUGUAUAUAAAUAGUGUUAUCUGUGGAGCAAAACUUGUUGCAGAUGGCAAAGGAAGGUUUUUGAAAGAGUUUGACAUGAACCGCAGUAGCCUUUUUAAAAAGUGUAGUGCUCGAUGCCACCUGGUGGACAGCAAACAAAAUACAAGUUUGAAAAUAAUUGUUGGAAAAAGGAAAUGCUCAUGUUGCAGGUUCUUGAAUGAUCUGUGAAGUCAUUUCUGAUUUCCCCCCUUUUUAUUAAUGUAAUCCAUAGAAACAUACAAAGUACAGAAUGUAACACAUAAUAAAGUUCAGGACAUAAAUAAAACUCGAGUCAAGACACAGCAAAAAUCACACAAUAAUCUCUACCAAGUAUAGUUGAAAAAACAAAUAUUGCUAUAGUUUUAAAUGUUACUACUGCAAAAACAGACAACUGUGAGUUCUACAAAGUAGCAUUAUGGGGAUUUUUUUCACUCCAGAGAUUAAUGAAUAAGGUUGCUAAUUAAACUGUGCUCAAAUGCUCAUUAAAUUACAUACAGUGGAACCUCGGGUUGCGAACGUAAUCUGUGCGAGAGGCAGGUUCGCAACCCACAGCGCCGCAUCUGCACAUGUGGGUCGCUAUUCAGCGCUUCUGCGCAUCCGAAACCCAGACGUAACCAGUUCCGGUACUUCUGGGUUCGGCAUGGUGCGCAACCCAAAAACGUGUAACCUGAAGCACCUGUAACUUGAGGUACCACUGUACAACUAAAUACAGUGGUACCUUGAGUUACAUACGCUUCAGGUUACAUACGCUUCAGGUUACAGACUCCGCUAACCCAGAAAUAGUACCUCAGGUUAAGAACUUUGCUUCAGGAUGAGAACAGAAAUCAUGCUUCGGCGGUGUGGCGACAGCAGGAGGCCCCGUUAGCUAAAGUGGUUCUUCAGGUUAAGAACAGUUUCAGGUUAAGAACAGACCUCCAGAACGAAUUAAGUACUUAACCCGAGGUACCACUGUAUAUGUAUAUUUGUUAUAGUGCAGAGGCUAGACUUAGACUGAGUUCUCACAAGCAUAAAAUAAGAUGGUAAACGUGUGUCUGUAGACCCCACUGUAGACCCCAGCUAGGGGCUCACAGAAUGGAACACUUUUCCUCCCUCAGUGUCAUGCACAGAGAAAACUAGGUGUGCUAGAAAUCUUCUCCCUGCCGUUGGAUUUUCCGUGUGGAGUUGUUGUUGUUGUUGUUGCUGUUGUUGUUAUGCGCAUUGACAUGAUAAAGCCCAGAUUCAGAUUUACAGCUUCAUGUGACCUCUCUUCACACCUUCUCACCUUCUAUGCUUAGCGUAUUGUGUGGGGAAGGCUCCCCCCAUCCUGCUUGUGGAGGACGACAUUUCAGACAUCUGAUUUGAAGUGUCAUGAAAAGGCAGCACACUGAUAACGAUUAUAUUUUUUCCCUAAUUAAUAUUAUAACUUUUUGUAGUCAGUGAGUUGGCUUGCAGCGUCUAGCUUGCAGUGUCAUACUUUGAAAAACAAAAUGAAGAAUUGACUGCUCUUUUAUACCCAGUUAGUAUAUUGUGAAACUUGUAAAACUUGUAUAAAUGAAGUAAAAUAGGAAUUAAAGGUGCAUGCGCGCAGCUAAGCAUAUACUGUGCCUGUGUGCGUGCGCACGGCAGAUAUUGUUUUCUAGAAUUAUUGUGGAUUGGGAAAUACUAAUUGAAGGGAAGGGACAACAGACAGUGCAAAUAUCUCCCAUCAAUCACCACCCGCUAGUAUGGAUGGGAAACAUCAAGAUAGAUUUUGGAGGCAUUAAAAAUGCUGAAAGCCCUGGUGUGAACUCAGCCUCUCUCUCAGAUUUAGCUUCUUAUUUAUAAUAGGGUGACAAUGUUUUUAUGUGAAACACAGCACUCUAAAACAACAUAUGCAGACACAUCAUCUUAUAAAGUAGGCUCUCUAACUUUACAUGAAGAACUUUAAUUAAGUUGUCUUCAGUUCAGUUUGAUGACUAAACUUCCAUAGGUUUCAUUGAGCUGGCUCUUAACUGUUGGAACUAGAUUUUUUCCCCUCUUUUUCCUUUUUUGAACCAUCGUUGGACUUCUUGAAGGUUGUUUUUUUUGCAAGGAAGAGGAUCCUGUUGUCUUGACAACCAGUUGCACGCUGUGAAGGAGGACUGUUCCAAAUGGCCAGCUUUUGGCUGUUUAUAUCUCAGUUUCUUGUUGAGUAAUGCUGCCAAAAUUAGACAUGCUUGUUCGGCUUGCGAUGCAGUUAUUUGUCCUGUCGAAUGUUGCUUUUCACCACAUUUUAAUUUUAGGGCAGCACUCAGGUUUCUUGCCAUGAGUUUUUGAAGGACCUAUCUGCUGACAGUCAUUGUGAACUAUGAGGAUAGGUUGUGCUGCCGCAACGCAUGCAGAGUAGUGGAAAUAUUUUUUAAAUAAAAUUGUUUGGCAUUGAACUGUGAUAAUCACUUGCAUGCAAAGUAUGGACAUUUGCAAAAGUGGAGUUACAAUCUACAGCUAUUACUCAAUAGUAUCUCUUUUGGCCUGUUAUGUCUCCCUAGAGCUACUGAGUUUUAUUUAUGUCCAGAACUUUAUUAUGUGUUAAAUGCACAUUAAGGGGGGGGUGUCAUAGUAAAGAAAUAAGGUCAAAAGGGGGCCACAGUUGGAAAAAAUGUUGGAAACACUGUUCUGUAUCUCUAUUCUGUAUCACCUGUGGCCAUCUUAGAAUAUUCGGGGGGGGGGGGCAUAUGUCCCCCAGUUGGGAAACACAGAUAUAGAAAAUAGAGGUUCUCACUCUAGAACAAUUGACUGAGUUUUGCCUCUCUUUUGUAGGAAUGAGCUACUGAAACUUCCAUGCUUUUUAUAAAUGUAAUUUGUAGGAUAUCUUGGUGAGGAGAAACCUCCUUAAACCAGGGUUUAAUUGUAUGCCUUGUAAUUUUAGACACUAUAGUAUGCAUAGUUAUAUUCCUUUGCACUCAGUAUUACAUUAUGCUUUCCUUUCUUGUAUUCCUACUGUAAUAAUAUUUUAUAUAAGCAACAUGAUUCUCUGCUGCUUUGAACCAUGGAAGAAUAUACAGUACAGUGGUACCUCGGGUCAAGUACUUAAUUCAUUCCGGAGGUCCGUUCUGAACCUGAAACUGUUCUUAACCUGAAGCACCACUUUAGCUAAUGGGGCCUUCCGCUGCCGCCGCACCGCCGGAGCACGAUUUCUGUUCUCAUCCUGAAGCAAAGUUCUUAACCCGAGGUACUAUUUCUGGGUUAGCGGAGUCUGUAACCUGAAGCAUCUGUAACCUGAAGUGUAUGUAACCCGAGGUGCCACUGUACAAUGCUGAUAAAUGUUAUACAGUGGUGCCUCGCAAGACGAAAUUAAUCCGUUCCGCGAGAGUCUUCGUCUAGCGGUUUUUCGUCUUGCGAAGCAACCCUAUUAGCGGCUUAACGGAUUAGCGCUAUUAGCGGUUUAGCGGCUAUUAAAGGCUUAAAGGCUUAGCGGAUUAGCUGCUAAAAGGCUAUUAAAGGCUAUUAAAGGCUUAGCAGAUUAGAUAAAGGGGGGGGAAAGCAAAAAAAAAAUCUCUAGACUCGCAAGACAUUUUCGUCUUGCGAAGCAAGCCCAUAGGGAAAUUCGUCCUGCGAAGCAACUCAAAAACGGAAAACCCUUUCGUCUAGCGGGUUUUCCGUCUUGCGAGGCAUUCGUCUUGCGGGGCACCACUGUAUAAGGAACAGUGAUGUCAAUUCACUAAGAAAAAACAGGGAUACCUAAACCCGUUUUUGUUGUUGCAUCUAUGAGACUAUUUCUGUUUUGUGACUGUUGACCUUGUAAAACAGCCUUGGGGUGCCUGCCAUACUAGAAAUGAUAUCUUCAUGAAGUUGCAAAAUAAUGGAAGAGAAAAUUGGCUCCAUUUUACUGCACUUUCAGGUCAGUCGUGCCAUACGGAGAUACUGCUGCCUCCUGCAAUUUUUAUCUCUGUCUAAUUGAAUUGAGGCCAAGCAAUGAUUCAUGUUAUGGUACUUUUUGAUUUGCUAUCUUUUUCCUUUGGAGAAAAAGCAGUAAAAGAAAAACUGUUAAAAUUGUACUAUUAUUCCAAACACUAAUGACCACCAAAUCCGAGGUAUUGUUUACGGCACUGUCAAGUUGUAGUAGCAGUUGAUUUCCAUCUUGUUUUAGGAAGUCGUAGUAAUAUUUUAGUACAGUGCAGUAAAACCAUCACAACUUGAAACACAAAUUGAAUUCCCAAAUUUGCUUUCAUCACCUUGCCAAAUUCAGCAUCUGAAUUGGAGCAUAUCAUAUGGAAUGGAGUUUAUUGUAGCAAUAAAUCAGCUCUGUGGUAGACUGUGACAGCUGGGGGAGAGAGCUAUAAAACAACAAUAUAUUAUUUUACUCAGAUUUUACUGCACCUUACAUUUUUUUCCAAACUCAUCCCUAACCCUCUAACCAAGUGUAUGCCCUGUGGUUCUAAAUACUGUUAUGUUGAAACAAGAAAAAUAUUGCAACAGAAACCGUAUUUAGAACCAUAGGGCAUACAUGGCGCUUGGGCCACAUUCUGUCAUCUUUCAUGAUGAUGAUUUAAGGCUGGGUUGGAGAGCCUAUGGCCCUCAAGAUUAUGUUGGAUUCCAUCUCCAGGCAGCCUUGGGAAACACCAUCAAUGGUCAAGGAUGAUGGAAGCUGAAGUCCAGCAAUAUCUGGGCUCCAACUCAUCAUCCAAGGACUGCAUGUUGCUCUCAAGGCAUUUUUGGCAGCCCUUGGCAUCAUUUGACCACAUACACACAACCCCACAUAAGCAAGGCGCUGGGCUUUGGGAAGGAGGCAUGAGGGCUCUGGCAGAGUCCUCCCUCCUCCUUCCCAAAAUCUAUUUAGUGCAUUCCCAGCUUUGGGAAGGAGAUGGGAGGCCUCCAAGACCCUUCCAGAGCCUUGUGCCCCCUUCCCAAAGCCUGGCUCCUCACUUAACUGGCUUUGGGAAGGCAGAGUGAGGGUGGGAGGCAUCAGAUUUUGGCCUCACUCACUCCUUUGUUCAAUAAUGCAGUCUUGUGGCCCACUUGGUAUGAAAAGUUGGACCACUCUGAUCUGGAAAGCUAUAGGUCCCCAGGUAAGGUAAGCAGAGUUCGUCUUUCUGUCGCAAACUUCCUUUUCAAGUUGUUCAUUCAAAAUUUCAGACAUCAACAUGCAUGUCUGGCUAGAAUUCAUGGGAAAAGGUCAUAAAACAAGUAGUUGUUUAAUGCUUGGGGUUACCUUUUCAGCAUUCCCAACAGCAAUCCCAAAAGGUGGAUGGGGAGGGAAGAUGGAAGGUGGAGGAAUCGCCAUGUGCAAAACACUGCAGGUUUGUGCCGGCCAGGCCAGGAUGUUGGGAGAGGGCUUCUAACCAGACAGUUUCACCCCUCCUGUUGGGUCCUGUGAGAGGGAAAUGUGUUAUAGCAGCUCCAGGACUUACAUAGUUUUCUUGCUGAUCUGGGGGUGGGUGGAUUGAGAGGAGGAGAAUUUGGAUCCCACAUGUCCAAGAUCUUCAUUGAUCUUCCUCUGGCAUGCUCCUUCACUUGCACCAUUGGGGCACAGCUGAUGGAAGGGUGAGUGCUGUAAGUACAGUUGUACCUUGGAAGUCAAACGGAAUCCGUUCCGGAAGUCUGUUGAACUUCCAAAACUUUCGAAAAUCAAAGCACUGCUUCUGAUUGGCUGCAGGAAGUUCCUGCAGCCAAUCAGAAGCCCAGUCGGACGUUCGGCUUCCAUUGAAAACCGGAACAGUCACUUCUAGGUUUGUGACGUUCGGGAGCCAAAUUGUUUGGGAACUAAGCUGUUCGAUUUCCAAGGUACGACUGUAUGACAAAAAGGCAUCCCAGGAUGGAUCUGCUGCACCUUUGGAAUAGAGAUCUGGCUCCUCAGCUGUCCUCCCAGGGGCCAUGGGAUUGCAGCCUAAAUAAAUACAUUUUGUUAAUAACCGUAAUACUGUUUUGCUAUUACUAAGUGUGUUGUUAUGAAAAAAAUAAGAACAAACUCUCAGUGCUAAUAAUUGGGUCGUUGGUCCCACAUCUCAAUAUUAAUUAAGAUGGAGACUUUCAUAGGCUACACUUGUAGAAAGCCACUCACCUGGUAGCCUAUGGUAAAUACAGUGGUGCCUCGCAAGACGAAAUUAAUCCGUUCCGCGAGUGUCUUCGUCUAGCGGUUUUUUCAUCUUGCGAAGCAACCCUAUUAGCGGCUUAACGGAUUAGCGCUAUUAGCGGCUUAGCGGAUUAGCUGCUAAAAGGCUAUUAAAGGCUUAGCGGCUUAGAUAAAGGGGGGGGGAAAGCGAAAAAAAAAUCUCAAGACUCGCAAGACAUUUUCGUCUUGCGAAGCAAGCCCAUAGGGAAAUUCGUCCUGCGAAGCAACUCAAAAACGGAAAACCCUUUCGUCUAGCGGGUUUUCCGUCUUGCGAGGCAUUCGUCUUGCGGGGCACCACUGUAAUAAUCACCUCCAGGCAACCAGGCCGUGAAACCAGUCGGAUGCUGGCUCUGUCCUGAAGACCUAAGUAAACCAGACUUGGAUUUCAGAGAAAAGGGAGGAACUAGCCUGAAGGCAGAAUCAUCAGGCUCAUUCUGACUUGUGUGAAUCUGAUGUUCAUGGCCAACAAGAUAUAGUGAAUUUUUAUUGUUUAUGACUUCCCUGGCCUUCCCAUAAACAUCUUUGUUCACUUGCAAGCUGCUAUUUGGAGCAAAACUGACAGUAUAUGAAUUCUGGGAUGCUUUACAUAGUCUUUCUAGCAAGUGAGGCAAAAUUCUUUCUCAUUAAAGAACAACAUUUUCAAGGAAACCCUGGAUAAUACACUUCAGUGCUCAGAAGGCCUUCGUUCAGUUUAGCAAUUGAGGAUUUCUGUGACUUAUGGAAAUAAUGGGUCCAUGAAAUGUUUAUCCUAAUUCAGAAAGGGCCCUUAUAUUUCUGUCCUUUUCAUUCAGAAGGCUUGCAGAUUAUGUUGUCUUUUGAUAUACAGCAAUCUAUAGCUGCCUGAAUUAAUAGAAAGAUAUUAUUUCUCAGUGUGAUUCCUAUAAACAUUUUUUCCCUCUAUGUAUAAUAAUAAUUAUAGUUGAUAUCCAAUUAAGUCCUACUCAGAGUAGAUCCAUUGAAAUUAGUUGACUUGUCCAUUGAGUAUGAUUAAUGCUGGAUAUAACCCAGUAUAUUUGUAAUUAGUCUCAGAAUCAACUAGAGCAGAAUGAAGUGCUACACACUUUAAUAAGCAGACAUAUAAUGUUUAUAGUACAAGAUAGCCUUGUUGUAUUUAAAAGAAAAGUAUUCAGAGAAUUGGACACAAGCCUUAAAAUUCUGUUUAAUAAAUUUCUUUUUAAUUUGGUGAGGCUGCUCACUUAAAAUAUUCUCUUGUCUUAAUUGCAGAUGUUUCUGUAAUCAACUUGCAGUGUGUAUUCUUUUGCUUGUUUAGUUAUAUUGUCCUUAUUGAAUAUCUUACUGAAAUCUGUUUUGCUUUUUUGUUUCCAAGUCAAAACACUGCUGGAAGCUUCUAAACUUCAAAGACAUUCAUAUUUGGUUCUCUAACUUUUACGGCAUACUAUGCUGUAGUCAUGAAUAAUUACAUGUAAUUUUCCUUUCAUCUUUUGUUGGUUGGUUGGUUUGGAAGAAGUCGCUCAUUGUGAGCAGCAUUGUACAUUUUUGCCUUUGUGUACAUACCAUGAUUUGAAUUCCAGCUACUACCACCAAAGGCCAUUUCCUGCAAAAGGUACUGCGUCUGCAGUACUAUACUGUAUUAAGGGGAGGAAUGUUUCGCAGCAAACAAUCGAGGGUGCUUGGAAACUGGCUUGUUUCCAGAAACAAUUUUCCCAUUUCACCUUUUAAAACAGACAGUGUGUGUAUAGAAUAAUUAAAACCUUUCAUUUUCUGCAGAUCUUCAUUGUUGGCUUAGGAUUAUGAAGCAUAUCUGAAAGCUAUGUACAACGUAAUAAGGAGCCUUGCAAGUCACGUGGCAGAAUCGCAAUCAGUACACAAAAGUUAGUGUGAUUCUGGCAGCCUUAAUGCCAAUAAUAGGUUAUUAUUUCAGUUACUGCAUGACCCGACAUGUACAGAGUAUUAGAAAAUAAUCUUCAGUAAAAAACCAAAUGGUUAAGUGUGUUAGUCAUUACAAGAGAUUCUGGCUUCUUUGCUGACUCCUUUGUUUGUAGGUCCAUUAUACCUGAAUACCCCUGGAAUACAGGAAGCUGCCUUAGGCCAAGUUAGAUCAUUGGUCUAUCUCAGCAUUGUCUACACCAAGCGUGGACAACCAUGUUUUUGUCCUGGGCCAAAUAAGCUCAGGGAUAAUUGUUUGGGGGGGGCCAUGCCAGUGACUGCUGUCUUCUUGUCUUCAGAAGCAAAAUUGUGUCUUACAGAUACCUUUUUCUUUAUCCUUGCUUCACCGAUGACAGAACUGUAGUGUUUCUGCAACACUUGAUUUUGGGGGGUUUUGAACUUGUUUCAGAUGCUAACAGUGUUUUGGGUUUUUUUGUUUCCUGCAGAUAUAUGGAGCGAUCACUCAUUUCAGACAGAUCCUGACUUGCCUCCAGGCUGGAAGAAGAUCAGUGACAUAGCGGGCGUCUAUUAUUGGCACAUACCGACAGGAACAACCCAAUGGGAACGUCCCAUAUCCAUACCAACAGAACUUCAAGGCUCAAGAAAAGGCUCCCUUAGUUCGAUCACACCAUCUCCCACUCCAGAAACAGAGGUAACGUUUGUUUGUCUGCUUUGAGUCAUAGCUGUCAACCGUCCCUUAUUUGGCGAGAAACUCCCUUAUCCCAGCGCCAUGUCCUGCUGCUGUCCCUUAUUGAUGAUGUCCCUUAAAUUUCCCGGGUUUCAAAGGAGCAGCUCCCCUCUCUGCAACCCUCCCUACUGGCCAGGGAGGAGGGAGGCUCCAACUGUGUUGCUUGGCUGCCCGGCCCGCCCCCCUCUGGCCUCCUCUCACCAGCCUCGGCCCCUGGAGCCCCUCCCCACCGGGACUGGCGGGAGCCUCGGCUUCUUCCGCCGCCAUCCUCCUUGCAGCCGCUGAACUGAGCUUCUCUGCCUGGGGCCUGCCCGCCCCCGCCGCUCUCGCUAGGCCGUACUGUGGCUGCGCCACCGAAGGACCCGGAUGAGAUGGGCAGCCAGAUGGGCAGCCUGGCGCGGCCUAUGAAUUGGUGAGGAGCCUUGAGAGGAGAGCGAGGGCAACCAUAGAGAAAGCAAUUCAGAGAGAGGAGGAGGAGGCGCGGGGAGGUGUUCCAAGGGCUAACCAUAGAGGGGGAAAGCGGAGGAAGGACCGCAAGCUCUUCUCCCAUAGAUUUGUAGUGGUAGACUAGCAUAGAUGGUCUGAUCUGCGGGUUUACUUCGGGCGCUAUUUUCCCCCUCCUCUCUUCCUCCCGCCCCACCGGAUGGAACUGAGAGCUGCAGAUGGAGCACGAGAGAAAAGAUACAGAACUGCAGCAGCAUCUUCGUAGCUUGGACUUUGUUUUGCACUAAAAGUGGUUGCUGCUUGUAGUAUUUAAUUGCAGUGUUUCAUCAGCUGGUGUCUUGAGCAGCAACCUCUGGAAACGAAGGGCUAAAAACCGGCGCUGCUCUCCCAAAUUAUCUGGUCCCUUUUAACUUCAUAUUUCAGCUGGUUGACUAAAAUCUCUUAUUUUGGCUGCUGGUCCCUUAUUUUCAAAUCUGUAAGUUGACAGCUAUGCUUUGAGUCUGUGGACAGGUGGGGAACCAUUUUAAAUAGGUUAACUUUUUUUUAAAAAAAAAGACUUUUGAUACAACAGAAACCAAGAAUAUUAGCAUAUCUUUCCUCUUGCUUCAUGCAAACUAGUGGUUGCCGCAGCCUUGUCAGUUAGUUGCUUUAAUCCUGCAUGGGAUUGCCACUUCUCCAUAUUACUGCUACAUGCAACAACAAAUGGAAGAGUGUUGCAAUCCACGUGGAUUAGAGCCAAACUAAACGGUGGAUCAGCUGGUCCACAUACACACUUGUCUUGAGUUCAGCGGCACAUCAAAAAGAAAAGUAGAACUUGUUAGGCCUGCAGAGAAGCCCCUGAAGAGAAACACCGGAAGCAAGAAGAAGCCCUAAUAAUCUCACAAAGCUGUUCCUCCAGAGCCAUGCUUCAUACUACAUAGGUAGCAUUGAGUUUAAGGACUUGUCAUACCAGUAUAAGUGGACCUGAUGGGUUGGGAAGUGGUAGAAGUGAUCUAGGUUGCCAAGAGGAUCAGAGCAGCCAUUCAUUGCCAUUGCACACAGGAGAACCUGUGCCACGGCGAAGCAGUUUGUAGUGACAACCACACAACAAAUGAAAAGUUGUAGACAUCAACCCUUAUAGUCUUUGAGAGAAGCUACGAACUCCCCGCCCCCAAUCCCCAAGUGUGCUUCCCCGCAAAGCAUUAAAAAGUGGUCUGUCUUUUUCAGCUCAGUUGUAAGAGUUGUGCAAUGAAUAUCUGCUAGGAAAAGUUCAAUUGCAGAUCUAGAUCUCUAGUGUGUAGACCCCAGAAUUGUUGCUUUUGUCUCAAAUACAGUUUUUAAGUUACUGCCGCUUUCGUUUAACACGUGGGUGGGGGCUCUCAGUACAUUAACCUCAUUAAUCUGAACUUUUGAUUUUUUUCGUAUGCCAUGUUAAAGAGCAGAAACUGCCGUUCUUUUCAGAUCUGCUUUAAAUGUUAGUGCAAAACUUCUUACUAGUAGAAGGAAAUGGCCCAAAAAGCAGGCAGUAAAAAACCUAAUUGGGCAAUAUGACACCACAGACCAUUCUGAAUAAGAUGUCCUGGCAGUAGCAAUUGUUUGAACCUGGCAAGUAAAGCAUAGGGAGGAAUCUUUUGUGUUUCAGCUGGUUCUCCUUACAUCCUCUAGAGUAAAAAAUGUUUGUCCCUCAGCUAGGGGAAAUGAAAACCAAUAAAUCCAAACACACACAAUAGGUACCAUCCAUAACACAUUAUAUUCCUCCUUUAUAUUUAUGUAUUUAUUAUUUAGAUUUAUAUCCUGCCUCUCCACACAUUAAUAUAUGUAGCUUGAUGGUUUGCCUAGACUCAUCAGAGAAUAUUCUUAUUUCCUUUGGCCUUGAGCUCAACCUAAGAAUCACAUUAUUUUCUUUGUGCGUAGAAUGUGCUGUGCUGUGGUUUUAGAAAAAUUAAUUUGUUAUAUAUAAAUUGCAAAGAAAUGCUUUGAAUCAAAAUUGAGUUGGUGUUUCCCAAUCCACCAUGGAAAAAUUGUUGGACAGUUUGUGUGUGGAUACUGUUAAGUAAAAGGCAGGAGGGUGAGGUAGACUGCCUCAAGUGACAGAUUGUGGAGUAGUUUUGAAAGGGCAACAGAUUGUCACAUACUAAGUUCAUUAUUAUAUUUUUACCACCAUAGUGGGACAUCAUUUGGCUUUUCUGCCUUUGGCACCAGGAUGUCUUGGGUCACCUCAGAUAGAAAUAUUUAGAAUAAAGAAUUUCAGAUGAGUUCCAAUUUACCCUCCAUUAAAAAAUAUUUUCUUCAUAUUUACUAUUCAGCCCCUGUUAGAAGCAUCUGGUAUUGAUAUACUUAGUCUGAGAUGAAGAUGUUUGAACCUUUUAGCUAUCUCAGAAACAUGCUUGGGAAUGUUUUAUAACUGAGCAAUUUGUCAUUUUGCUUAUUAUUAGAUAUACUCUGUCUUCUAUUAUUUUCCUUCUGUGCCUUUUCAUAUGAAGUCUUGCUUUAAAAAGUAGCAAUCUGGCCUGAGUGGAAAGCAAUUCCAUUUUAAUUUUUUUUUCAGUGUAAUAAUAAUGUUAUUAUUUAUACCCUGGCCAUCUGGCUGGGUUUCCCCAGCAACUCUAAAAACAUGAUAAAACAUCAAACACGAUAAAACAUCAACCAUUAAAAACUCCCCUAAACUUCAGAUGUCUUCUGAAAGUCAGGUGGUUGUUUAUUUCCUUGACAUCUGAUGGGAGGGCGUUCCACAGGGCAGGCGCCACUACCAAGAAGGCCCUCUGCCUGGUUCCCUGUAACCUCACUUCUCACAGUGAGGGAACCGCCAGAAGGCCCUCGGAGCUGGACCUCGUGUCUGGGCUGAACGAUGGGGGUGGAGACACUCCUUCAGGUAUACUGGGCCAAAGCUUUUUAGGGUUAAAAGAUCAGCACCAACACUUUGAAUUAUGCUUGGAAACAUACUGGGAGCCAAUGUAGUUCUUUCAGGACUGAUGUUAUAUGGUCUCGGCAGCCACUCCCAGUCACCAGUCUAGCUGCCGCAUUCUAGAGUAGUUUUAGUUUCCAGGUCAUCUUCAAAGGUAGCCCCACGUAGAAUACAUUGCAGUAGUCCAAACUGUAGAUAACUAGACCAUGCAUCACUCUGGUGAGACAGUCUGCAGGCAGGAAGGGGUUCAGCGGGUUUGGGAAGGCUCCCUCACAGAGGGAAACAUUCACCACCCUGCAGAGCCCAUCACAUUUAUGAGCCCAGAUGGGCAAGGAUCAAGGAGACAGGUGGUCGGUUUCACUUGCCCAAACAGCCUGUCCACAUCCUCGGAGGUAACAGAUUGUGAGAAGAUUUUAAACAAGAAAACUGAAUAUAGCAUUCUGUGCUGUUGUGUGACGUGGGUCCCAUCUGCACUAUACUUUUAAAACAGUGUCAUACCUCAUUAAACAGUCAUGGCUUCCCCCAAAGAAUCAUGGGAAUCUUAGUUCAUUAAGAGUGCUGAGAGUUGUUAGGAGACCCCUAUUGCUAUCACAGAACUACAAUUCUUAGAGUGGUUUCUCAAUCCGUCCCUCUUCCCAGCAGAUACUGCAUUAAAUAGGCCUAUGAUCUGAGCCAGCAGGACUCUUAAUACAGUGGUACCUUAGUUUGCAACCACUUUGGAUUACAACCACAUCAAACCCAGAAGUGUGUGUCCCUUUUUUUUGGAUUACAACCCAUUUUUUUUAUUAUUAUUAUUUUUUUAUUACAACCCAUUUUUUGGGGAGGCCCCAUUGGCGAAAGUGCGCCUUGGGUUACAACCUGUUUUGGUUUGCAACCGGACCUCUGGAACGGAUCAUGGUUGUAAACCAAGGUACCACUGUACUGUAUUUUCUUGCGAAGUCGUGGUGAUUUUCAUUGCAACAAGAAGCCUGUCUGUAUUUCUUAUUCCAUUGUUCAUUUUCCCUCCCUCUCCUUUCUAUGUUUCCACUAACAUUUUAUAUUGUCUGUUCUAGCAGUUUGAAAAUACUAACUGAUCAAACACUGGGAGAUGGAAAUAGUUUUCUUUUCUUUUCUUUUUAAUUGAUAUUUCAGAGUAGGCCAAGACAAUGUGGUCAAGCUCCACAAUUUGCUUCCUUUCAUUCAAAUAUCCCAAUGAUAAUGCAAGCACAUUGUGUGUUGUGUCUGUCUCUAAUUCGUAUGAACUUUCCCUUGUCCCAGUUACUUGUCUUGGUAAGUAAUGUUAGAAGUGGUCCUCACUUCUACUACUUCCAAAUACCUCUGUACUCAGGGCCGGCUCAACAAUAAGAGACAAACAAUAAGAGGCAAAUAAUUCAGGGGCACCUUCUUCAGUUAAGUAAAUGCCUUUGAGAGGGACCCAGCCUACAGGUGCACAGGAGCAGUUUAACAUCUCUCCAACCAGGAGAGAAUAAUUUCUGUGUUCCAGGGAAUUGGAGAAUCGAUCUCUGCUGGUUACUGAAGGGAGAGGCACAGUUUGUAAAGGAGGUUAGGGCAUAUAAAUCUAAAAACGAUAAAAUAACAUCCCAACCAGCUAUUACUUAAUGUGCUAUUAUAAUGAGGCAGAAGUGCAAAUUUGGGGUGGAAAAUUUUAAUUUUAAUUUUUAAUUUGCUUGUUCAGCAUCAAACGUUGAGCCAGCCCAGAUUCUACAGCAAAUUGAAUGAGUUGAAACUUGAGGUGACCUGUUCCCUAACCCAACCUGCAAAUAUCAAUGCUAACAACAGUGUUCUUGUGUUCCCCCUCCCUUUUCUUCCUUUCUUCCCUCCCUCCCCCUCUCCCUCCUUUCUUUCUUUUAUUUUUUUAUCAAUGUGCUUCUUCCUGUGUGAAUAAUUAUAUAUCUAGAAACAGCCAUGGAGUGAUUUUGCUGUACUGAAUGGGGGAAAGAUUAAUAGUGACAUUUGGAAGGCAAGUAUAUUGUCAGAUUUUAGAACACUUUAAUGCUUUUUUAACCUUUAAAAAAAAAUCAUUUUGCAUGGCCAUGGCUGUAUUUAUUGUACUUAUCCUCCCAAAAAUAUCACUCAUGACAUCCAGCCAGCCAGAGAGAACAGGAAUUUUGGUCUAGCUCCUUAACUUGCUACCUCAUUCUGAUAUUUUUCACGCACAACGCAUUUGUUCAAGUUGGCAGGGCAGAUCCUCACCCAUAACAGAAUCAUGCCUGCGCCUAACAAACUGUAGUGUUCAAAAUAUGUGCAUGCCUUUAUAUACAUAUAUAUAUAUAUAUUUGCUAAAAACACGGUGCUGCUGCUUUGCAGGAAGAAUAUUAUUUAAAAAUAAAAGCAAAUCCAUAGAAUAAAAGCCUCGCAUCCUGUAUAACAAGCUGUUUUCCCCUCCUGCAGGAUCUCCAUGCAGCCACGGUAAAUCCAGAUCCCAGUUUGAAAGAGUUUGAAGGAGCAACAUUGCGCUAUGCCUCUUUGAAGCUCAGGUAUGAACAGUUUAUCUCUUAAUCAUCUUUAUUCCUCAGUUCUAGAUGCAUUUGCUCUGACAAUAGGUCUCAUUGAUUUCUAAGGUAUUUUCCUUGAAGUAAACGUGUUUUGGAUUGCAGCUGUAGAUUACUGUUCUCUUUUUUUUGUAAUCCUAUUGAAAUAACUGGAAAACAGAGCUGGUCAGGCAGAGGGCCUUCUCAGUAGUGGCGCCCGCCCUGUGGAAUGCCCUCCCAUCAGAUGUCAAGGAAAUAAACAACUAUCUGACUUUUAGAAGACAUCUGAAGGCAGCCCUGUUUAGGGAAGUUUUUAAUGUUUGAAGCUUUAUCGUGUUUUUAAUACUCUGUCGGGAGCCACUCAGAGUGGCUGGGGAAACCCAGCCAGAUGGGCGGGGUAUAAAUAAUACAUUAUUAUUAUUAUUAUUAUUAUUAUUAUUAUUAUUUAUAUUCUUAAGUCUGGUGCCCACAUGCUUUAGCUCCAGGGUCGCCAACAUGGUGCCAGAGUGCUCAUCAGUUCCUCCUAUGGCACCCACGAAAGGUGUCCCUUAAACAUGCCCACGUUUAUUUAAGACACUUAUAUGCCACUUAUUCACAUAUCUAUAACACAAAUAGUCUUUUAGCUUUGGAAAAGUCUGGAAGGAACCACAUUGACUUUUAAUCAAUGUUUCUGGGCUGGUGCUAAAGCCCUAGAAAGCCUGUAUAUGGAGUAACUGAAAUAGUGCCUUCUUCACUAUAUGCAAUGACAUACGACAAGGGUGGGGCACUUGUGACCCUCCAAAUGUUGUGGGAUUCCCAACUCUGAUCAGCUGUAGCCAGCACAGACGACAGCUAAGGAUGAUGGGAGUUGUAGUCCACUAGGAUCUGAAGGGCAUCUCCAGGCCCUCCUCAAAAUCCUGGAGCCUACUAUUCUCUGUUCAUGUGAAUCCAGCCAACAUUUGACAGGUGUCUGCCACUCACAUAUUGUCUUUGAAUUGUCCAUUCUAUUUGGCCCUAACCCUAACAGUAGCAUUUCCUCCCCACAACAGAAAUGCCCCACAGUGCGAUGAAGAUGAUUCCUGUAGCAUCAACAGUGAUCCAGAAGCCAAGGUCUGUAAGCAAAAUAACGUAUUGGUUUUUUUUUAAAAAAGUCACUGAUCUAGAUGGACAAAUAAAUGCAGCUAUCAUAUUUCAGUUUUAAGACCUGAUACCCUUAGACCGCAUUUCGCAAACUAAAAGCAUUGCAAAUGGAAUUAUGAACUAGUUUAGUGAAUGGGGGUGGGUUAUUGGUUUGCUUUGUGUAUUUUUCUUAAUCUUAUUUUUUUGUUAUUACUGCCCUAGAUCUACUGAUGGAGGGCAGUAUACAAAUCUAAUAAAUAAUAAAAAUAUUCUGCUUAAUUGAGAAAAAUAUUGAAAGCAUAACAUCAGCGUGGCAUCUAAAAUUUCACAAACCAAAUACAGUAAUUAAUUGCAAAGAGCCCUAUGCACAUUAGGACUUAUCUAAGGAAUCUCACCUGCUUCUGCAAAGGGUGGUUCUCGCUCUCCCCACAUGUGCAGUGGGGCUUUUCUGCACCCCAUUCCUACUGCAGCCCCACCUGAAGCCAAACUGCUCCUAAGGUUGGGAUGCUCCAUACGGGGAAUUGGACUUAUUUCCUUGCAGUUUGUCAAUUCUCAGUUGUGGUGUGUGAGAGAGAGCAGCUUGGGUGGGGAUGCAUUGGGAGGGGGGCAGAAAAGUCCCAGUGUGCAUUAUGCGUUUACUGCCUUUGGUCCUUUAGCUCCUGCCAGCAUAAUUUUAUUUAUUUGUAUAGUACUUAGGGUAGUACUUGCAGGACAUCUUUGGGAGAAGAAACGGCUUAAGGACCCUGCACAAAUCUGGAGUGGAGUCCCUAAGGCCUUGUACAUCUCUUUCUGGCAACUCCUGCAGAUAAACUGGUGUCAAACAUACUGCUCUGCUUUCCUUUAACGUACAUCAGCGAGGCCAAGAGAGGGCUUCUUGUCAGGGCAGCCCAGGGCCUCCCUACACACUGCCCAGGGUUGUGCCCCAUAGAGGUCACUUGGGUGCUACUAAAAUAGCAAAACCAACACAGAAGGCAGAGGUUAUGAGUUACCAGUCUCUGCAGCCGCAGCAGGUGUUGCGAUUCUCCAGCUGUUUGACUUCACCCCUGGAGGCACACUCUAUUGUCCUUCGUACUUAAAGGUAAAGGGACCCCUGACCGUUAGGUCCAGUCGUGGCUGACUCUGGGGUUGCGCUGCUCAUCUCGCUUUAUUGGCCAAGGGAGCCGGCGUACAAUUUCCGGGUCAUGUGGCCAGCAUGACGAAGCCGCCUCUGGCAAACCAGAGCAGUGCACGGAAACUCCGUUUACCUUCCCGCUGGAGCAGUACCUAUUUAUCUACUUGCACUUCAUGCUUUCGAACUGCUAGGUUGACAGGAGCUGGGACCGAGUAACGGGAGCUCACCCUGUUGUGGGGAUUCGAACCGCCGACCUUCUGAUCAGCAAGCCAUAGGCUCUGUAGUUUAACCCACAGUGCCACCUGCGUCCCCUUUCGUACUUAGGGUAUUUCUAAUGUUAUGGCUGGCAAUUCCAUGGCUCUUCACAGCUCUCCGAGCUCAGUUUCCAUAUUGUUCCUUCCUCUCCUCUGAUAAAACUGACUCUGAGGUUAAGAUGGCCACAGGUCAGCCAGCCAUUUCCGGACCUCUGCAGAUCUAAAUUGACUUUUAAUUGAUUUUAACCUGUUUGCCUGGAGGUGAACUGGAGGAGAGGUCGAAACAAGGGAGCGCAGAUGUGAACCUUGGCCUGCCCAACUUUGAGGGCGCAAUGGGAUGCUCCCCACAGCAGCUGGUCACGCCUGCCGCAGAGGAUUUUCUAAAAGCCAAAGACUCUGAGGUUGACCCAGAGGAAAGGUUUCUAGUUUGGACCUAUAGAAAAGGUGUGGGCCAGCUUACUCAGGGGAACAGCUUGUGCUCUUAUUGUUGGCUUCUGCCAUUCUAACCACAGAGCCGACUUCAACUGAUCUAGCAGCCUGGGCAGAGAAGGGGUGGGUGGGGUGAUGAAGUUCUAGUUAAUGUAGGAAUUUUAGAGAAAGUGCAUUUUAUUUUGCAAAUGGGUGUUGCUGCCACCUUGUGGACAUCUGCAAGACGUCUUCACAGAAUACAAAGACUAUUUUACUUUAGAAAAGGUCACUGUGCAACCUUGCAUAAAUCUUGAGGCAAAAGAAGAGGAAGAAGCAAUUUAGAGGAGGAUAUAGCUAAUUAAAUGUUAUCCACAUUCCUGCAGGAUUUGGAUUUUAAAUCUGAUGCAAUCCUGUACACAUAUACCUGGGAGGUGGGGUGGGGGAAAUUGGAAAGAUGAAAUCCAAACAGCAUCUCUGUCAGAUUCAAUUUUGGGAGCAGUUUGAGCUUGACAGGCCUCUACAUGGGCUGCCAGAGUUAAUGCAUUUCAGAUCUGUGCUUUGGACUGAUUCCACAUUGGUAGUGGCAUUUUGAACAAUAUGUGCAUUCUUUUGUUGUAUGUUUUCUGUCCUAACGGAAUAUAUAGCCAUGUUGUCUCUAUUGGCUCCCAAGGCAAACUAAACAUCGCUGACUCCAAGACCACAAAUGUGGACCUCGCCAAAUCCAUAGAAGUUACCAGUGUAUAACAUCAAAUAUUUUGCCAACCUCUCUGCUUGGACUUGCCCAUUGCUGUAGUGUAGCGACAUGCAAAACAAUUCAAAGUAAAUAUAUGCUUUGGAUGCCACCCAAAGCUUCAGUCGUGUGGUGUCUUAAUUUUUAGGGAGAUUUUUUAACACCAGAGUUAGGCUUUCCAGACAACGUUUUGAAGGGGAAAGAUAGAGAAAACAUAUGGAGUGGGUUCAUAGUGCUGUUUUACAAUUGAACAUACAAUCUUAUUAGGGAAUUUGAGCAUUUAUCAGUACUGCGACACCUUAAGGAUAAAUGGUGCCAACAAGCUUUCCUAAUCCAGAACUCACUUUUUCAGAUGCAGAUUCCUCUUUAGGUAUUGAUAUUCUUUCAUUUUACUUGGCCUAUUUAUUACCAAAUUGGAUUGGAUCUUUGCAAAGUGCCAUACUUUAGUGAUCCGUUGUUUCAUUUUAGAGACUUAAAUCUUGCACCAGUUUUGGGUUGUUGUUGUUUUGCAGUUUUUAUUUGGGCUGCUGUCAGAAGCGUUAAACUCUAACCGCUUCAUCUUAUAAGUCCAAAAAUAGCAACUAAAGGACACAAUGACACUUUGUACACUGUCAUUAGUUAUUGGUUUUUAAAAAUCUGAAUUCAAUGAGACUUUAUUAUUUGGUUGGACCAUAACGUGUGGAAAAACUCUGUUAAAUUACUAACAUGUAUGAAUAUUAUCUCCAUAUAUUUUAUUCAAUUUAUGCUGGGUCAGAUACUAAUUAUAGAGUGUUUUACAGUGGUUGUGCCCACCUGCCUACAUGUAUUUAUGUAAACUAUUUGUGAUCCAACAGGGGGAAAUCCACCAUUUGUUAAUCUUUGCCUGGCAACUAGGAGGAGAUUGUCACUCACUAAAAAAAGUACAUAUUUACCGUUCGUGGUGCCAUAAAAUAUCUAGCAGUCAGUGAAAAAGGCAAAUUCCAUGCUAGGGAUCAUUAGCAAAGGAACUGAAAGUAAAAGACAGAAUUAGUAAACAUUUUGAAACAUGCAUUGUUAUAAGUAGAAGGGAAUUAACGUGGAUUUAAUACACAUCUUUUAGAGUUGUAAAAAAAAUCAUAACACAUUUUUGGACAGAAAUAUUGACUAUUAUACAAACAAAUACAGGCAACAUCAGGAAGGUGGAGGUAAGGGUUAUGCUGGUACAUUUUGUGACCUUGUUGUUGACGGUUUGUUGUCUAUAUGAAAUAUUGCUGGACAGGUUUGCUAGCGACAUCAAUAACAGGUUUGAGUGUUGAAGAGUUUGGGCUGCAGUGUGAGUUGUAAUGCUGUAUUUAAAUCAGCCCUCUGUCUUAAAACAUGAUUUGGGAAAUCUGAUAUCCCAUUGGCUGAUUCUGUGAAGGUCUGUAGCUAGUGCUUUUUAUUUUAAAAAUAUCUUUUUAAAAUAAAAAUGUUGGUAAAUAUGAGACAUGCUUUUAAAUUUAAAACAUGCAGCAAAUGCAUAGCCUUUUGAAAUGUUAUAUUUAAGCGAUCUGUGUGCUUCAAUUAACCCAGCUUAAUAAAUAUGUCUGCUGUUAUGCACCUUUGGACAGCCCAGUUCUCUGUGUGUGUAAAUACGUGGCUCAGGGCCUGCAUUGGCUUUUUUUUAAAAAAGCCAGCAACAAUAAAAUGCCACUUCAGAUAUCAUUCAACCUACAAAACACCUUCAUGAAGAGCAGAAAGGAAUAGGGGAUGUUUCAAAGUCCUUAGAGCAUCGCAGUUAAAAUGAAGAGGGAAUAUUACAUAUUUAACUGCAAGUAGAUGCACGCUAUUCUUGAAAACAAGUUUUUCGUUUCUGUUUUAAUAAUACCUGCAAUACCGCUAGAGAUUUGGCUCUCUGUGCCAUAGCUUCUUUGAUUCUGCCUUCCCUUUCAUUGUGCAGAUGUUUUCUAAACAUCUGCUUUGAUUCUGUAUGGUGGAGGUCAUCUUAAUAAUAAUGACAAUGAUAAUAAUAAUAAUAAUAGUAAUAGUAAUAAAUGUUAAUUUGUGAACAGAGUCUUCAAUGGAAAUGGUGAAAUGGGAAAAAAUAAAAUAUGUUUGGACCUUUUAGAUUAAGUGAUUUGGAAUUUUAAUGAGAUUAAAGAGUCCGAGGACUUCUCAAAGGUAAAAGGUCCAUUUAAAUCUGGUCCAAUCAAGUAAAUGAAUAUCUUUUUGGUUCUCCACAGAAGUAAAGGAUCGCCUCUUCCCUUCCCGCUCCCCUUUUGCAUGAGCAAUCUGUUUGACAUUUUCUAGUUUUUAAUCUCUAUAUCAGUGCCAGGGGAAGCUGUUCUAAAUAUUGUUCAGUCUAGCUGGUGUAUACGUUUUCUUGCAGUGGGGAAAUUGCUUAAUCUUCUGCUCCCAGAUUGAGGAGUCCUCUAGAUUGUGAUGCCUGAGUAGUUAAUUUUCUGACCUAAAUGCAGCUCCUCAGAUACAUCUGUUCAGCGUUCUGUAAUGAAAGGACUUCUUAAAUAAUGUAAUGGCUUGCGUAGAGUGUACAUAUAAGGAACCACCGUUUUCCAUGUGAAAUAAGAGGGGCGGUUUUCUAAAAUAUAUAGUAUUUAGAUGCAAAUGGGAGAUCAGGACCUACCAAGGGUUUUCCAGAGCAGUGGUUGCAUGGUAAGGGAUGAAAAAAAAUGUGUAGAUAGCAUAUUGUUUAUGUAAUAGUAGUAACAAAUAUUUCCCAUUUAUGUAAUUCUUCAGAGUGUUCAAAGCAUUUUACAAAAUUGCAGUCCUUCCAACGCCUAUAGGUUAUUGUUGCUGUCCCCAUAUUAUGGAGGACAGCUUCAAUAACCUAUAUUGGUGGUUGGCUGCUAAGGCUGAGAAUGCGUUGCUUGCCUAAGGUCCCCUUAUAAAUUCACGGCAGGUUCAGAGGCGAGAUUUGAAUUUGUGACUUUGUGGCUCACAGCUGUGGGAAGAAAUGCACAUCAUGACAGACAUUUCACAGUAAAUAACAUUGCUCUAUCUUUUUCUUCCAACUAAAUACAGUGAUACCUCGGGUUAAGAACUUAAUUCAUUCUGGAGGUCCGUUCUUAACCUGAAACAGUUCUUAAUCUGAGGUACCACUUUAGCUAAUGGGGCCUCCUGCUGCCGCUGUGUGAUUUCUGUUCUCAUCCUGAAGCAGAGUUCUUAACCCAAGGUGCUAUUUCUGGGUUAGCGGACUUGUUCAGUCUUAUUAGUUUUUGCCCCCAAGCUCAAAGCUAUCAGGGCAAAUGAAAACCAAUAUUUCUGUUUGGUAGAACUGCAUGCAGGAUGCUUUACCGGGUAGAUCAAUAAACAUUACCAAGAAAUCAAGGGCUUAUAUCUAUAUUGCAUUACAUGGUGCCUAGGGAACAACUUGCACCUUAAUAUCAGCAAGACAAAGGAGAUGGUGUUGGACUUUCGGAGGAAGAGAGGAGAACUAGCCCCGCUGUACCUCAGGGAGGGCUGUGUGGAGAGAGUCUCUUCCUUUAAAUUCUUAGGAGUUUAUCUCAGUGAAGACCUUACUUGGAAAAUAAAUACAACCCAGGUGGUUAAGAAGGCCCAACAGAGACUCCACCUCCUCAGAGUCUUGUGGAAGAACAAUGUCAAUCAACACCUGAUGAUCUCCUUCUACCGGUCAACAAUAGAAAGUGUCCUUUCAUACUGCAUCACGGUGUGGUACGCUGCUUUGACAUCAUCUGAUAGGUUGUGCCUACAGAGGGUGGUGAAUACAGCACAAGAUAUUAUGGGCUGUCCCGUGAAUCCGCUGGAUGAAAUAGCGGAAGAACGUUGCCUCAGGAGAGUGAGGAAAAUUCUCAGGGAUGAUUCACACCCUGGCCGGCACUUUCUUGAUCUCCUGCCCUCAGGCAGAAGAUAUAGAAGCAUGAUUAGUUGCACCAACAUGGUAAAGAACAGCUUCUAUCAGUGGGCUGUUAGGCUGCAGAAUGAAAAGAUAACAACAGGGCAACUGACUUUCGGGUUUGGUGGGUGUGCGUCAGUAAACGAGGGGAAUUAAGACUAAGAGAGCUGAGUGGGGGGUGCUCAUGUAAUCUCACUGUAUACAAAUUGUACAAGUACAAAUUGUACAAGUAUUUCAAUAUAUUUCAAUUUCAAAUAAACAUUACCAAGAAAUCUAGGGCUUAUAUCUAUAUUGCAUUGCAGUAAUGGUAAUGGAAAAAGAAGUUUUGGGAGCGAUCAUGUGAACCACCCUUAUGCCACAGGUAGAUGUGUUUUUGAUUGCCAUUGGCUAAACUGCUUGAUCCCAAGGGUCUCCCUUUGUGCCAUUGGCUGAGCUGCUCGACUCCUAAAGAAGCAAAGCGCCCCCCCCCCCCGCAAUGCCUAGGAAAGGAAGGUUGCAGGUGGCCAGUUUAAAAAGUGAAGAACCGCACACAGUGAUUUGAAAAAAAAUUGGCCAGAGUAUCAGCUGCAGGGGUCUAUUUUAAAUUUAAAAUGGAACACUUUAAAGAUGUAAAGCUAAAACACUAACCUUCAGUUUAGCAGUCCUGGGAAUUCCCUUGGCUUGCUAACCAUCUGUCUUCAGCUUUUCUGGCUCUGAAAAUCUUUAGAGGUUUCCUUUCCUUGCAUUCCAGCCCCCCACCCCAUGGCAGAUAUAUCUAUAUCUAUAGAUAUAGAUAGAUAUAGAUAUAUAGAUAUAUUGCAAAGCUAUGCGACGUGGGCAGGCAUCUAUAGCAGAACUCCAGCUAAAAUCACUCAAGGUCCCUGCAGGAUUGCUGAAUUCAUAGUGCAUGCUAGAUACUGGCAACAGUAUAGCUUGUUAGUCACAGGGGGGCAGCAGUAGUGAAGAAUUAAGAAUAUGCUUCGUAUUUUACAUGAUUCACGACAGUCAUGCAAAAUGGAUAGAUAUUUAUUAUUCUGUAGAAGUCUGAGAACCAAAUAGCUCAAUCCUAUGAUGCCCAAGGAAAUUGCGGGGGGGGGGGAUUCCAGUAUUUUAGAACUCUGUUUAUUAAUGUUAUUUUUAUUUAUUUAUUAACAUUCAUAUACCACCUUCUCUCCCAAGAUGCUCAAGGUGCCAUGCAUGGUUCUGCUCCCCAUUUAGAACCACAACAACCCUGUGAGUAGGUUAGGCUGAGAGAGAGUGACAGGCCCAAGGUCGCCCCGUGAGCUUCAUGACCGAACGGGGAUUUGAACCCGUGUCUCCCAGGUCCCAGUCCAACACUCAUAACUGUUAUGGCACACUGGCUUCUGAAUGCAUAGUUAGGGAUGCUUCUAGUAAUACUGACAAUUCACAGAGUGUUUACAUUUUAAAAUACAUUAUUUUGUGGAUACAUUAUUUUUGUGGAUCUUGGUAUAGUGGUACCUCAGGUUAAGUACUUAAUUCGUUCCGGAGGUCCGUUCUUAACCUGAAACUGUUCUUAACCUGAAGCACCACUUUAGCUAAUGGGGCCUCCCGCUGCUGCCACGCCGUUGGAGCACGAUUUCUGUUCUCAUCCUGAAGCAAAGUUCUUAACCCGAGGUAAUAUUUCUGGGUUAGUGGAGUCUGUAACCUGAAGCAUAUGUAACCUGAAGCGUAUGUAACCCGAGGUACCACCAAUAUGUUGGAAAAUCUACACAUCUAAAUAAAAUUGACCUCUUAAGGGCGUAAUUCACAUCUUCACCGGGCUGUGUGGAAGCAGCUGCCACCGGCAGUGACAGUGUAGGCAUCUCAGCUGGGCAAAUCCACAGUCAUGCCUUGUUGCUAACAUAUCGCAGCAGUGAAACACCAUUAAGAUUUCCUACAACCAACACACCUUCCUGUCAGGAGCUGGGGGGCGGGAUGGCAGAUCCUUCCCUCCACGAAUAAAGACAAGGUAGCUGCUGUUGAUUUAAAGCAGAGUCUGGUGCCCAGCGGAAGGAUGAGGAAUACGUGCUGCAUACUCUAUAUUGCUUUAUUUACAGUUCAAAGCUGGUAUAUUACAGAAAGACAUCUUGCCUCUGCCGGAGCAGAAAAUGCAUCCUCUCUCCUCGACAGCUCGGAGAGAAUCACACAGUGAAAAACAGGAAACCAGUGUACGUCACAUCCAGUCUCCCUUUCCCGUGAGAAAUUCCAACAGUACAGACUGUGGAAUGUAAACACCUGUCUCGUGACAAGCAGAGCUGCACAGUGAAGGAAAGCAGAAACCAACAUCCUCCACCUUUCUGUGAACAUCACUGGGCAGCGUGUUUGUACAAUAUCAGUACAAACCCAACUUCUGCACAUAGGUACAGUGUUGAUCCCUCGAUACAAUCUUGGACAAUACAUCAGCAGGAAUUUCAUUACCUGGCAUAUAGGACACCGUUACGAGUCCCUUCUGAAUACAUUCCCUAGCAUGCUGCAACUUUAAUUGCAAGUGCUUUGUGCUUUGCUUACAACCUUCAGACUUCAGCAAAGCCAAACAUGCUUUGUUGUCCUGGUAAACCUGGAUUGGACAUCUGACAGGAAUUUUCAUAUCUUUGCACAAUUGUACUAACCAUUCACAAUCCUUAAGUGAAUAAGACAGUGCAUUCAGUUCGGCUUCACAAGUACUUAAGCUAACUGUUGUUUGCUUCUUGCAUGACCAAUCGACAGACUCUGAUUGUACAUGUAGCAAACUCCAGACGUACUUUUCCUGUCUGUAGCGUCACUUCCAAAACUUGCAUCUGCAAAUAUCUCAAGACCACCAGACUUCUGAUUGUUAAAUCUCAGUCUGUAAUGCAUAGUGCCUUUCAAAUACCGCGCUAUGCGUUUCAGAGCUUUCCAAUCCUUGACACUAGGAUUGUUGACUUGUCUGCUUAGCAAAUUACAGCUAACAGCAAUGUCUGGUCUUGAACAUCUGGCAAUGAAGUUUAGCUUGCCUAGCACACUCCUGUACAGUGUAGUGUCAGAAAAUGCUUCUUCAGUGUCAUCUACCUGAUAACCUGUUGUCAUCGGUGUGUUUACAGGGUUAGCAUCCAUCAGAUUUAGUUUGCUUAACACAUCAGCAAUUUUCCGUGACUGGUGUACUAGAAUGUUACCAUCUUGAUCUCUCUCUAUUUCCAGAGAUAGGUAGUUGUUUACCUCACCAAGAUCUUUCAUGUCAAAGUGCUCUUUCAGUUGAGCUAGGGCGCUAUUGUACAUUGCAACAUCUUUCCAAAAGAAUAAUAAAUCAUCAACAUAAAACAAACAGUACAGUUUCUUUUGCCCCUCCUCUUUGACAAAUACACAUGGAUCAGCUUUCCCUUGCUGAAAACCUAGAGAAAACAAUACUUCAGUGAGUUUUGUGUGCCAACACCGUGCACUUUGUUUGAGACCAUAAAGGGAUUUCUUCAGAGCACAAACAAAUCCCUGUUUUACCUGUACGCCAUCAGGUGGAAGCAUAUAAAGUGAUUCAUCUAGAGAUCCGUACAGAAAAGCUGUAUUAAUAUCAUGGUGACUAAUGUGUAGAUUUUCCUCUGCAGCUAGCUUGAGCAUAAGCCUAAUGCUUUCAUAUCUCACUGUGGGUGAAUAGGUCUCGUGAUAGUCUUGACCUGGUACCUGUGCAAAACCUCUGGCUACCAAUCUGGCUUUGUGUCUGACUAUCUUGCCAUUUUGAUCUGUCUUCGCUUUGAAGACCCAUUUGCUUCCAAGCAGUUUCAUUCCUGGAACUACUGGAACUAGCUCCCAUGUUUUGUUCCUUUCUAAGGAAUCAAGCUCAGCCUUCAUGGCAUUUAACCAUGGCUCAGCUUCCUUUGAAUCCAAACCCUGGAUUUCUUGGAAACUUGAAGGUUCAAAUACCUUCUUGGAGCUUUUAACAGCUGUUACUGCUAUCUUAGCAAACUCAUCAGCAAAUCUCUUUGGAGGUUUGCCUUUUGUGGCUCUCUGUGACCUACGAAUUAGCCUUAAGUCUUCAACACUCUCCUCUUCCUUCUUAGGAGAAAAACGACCUAUUGUGAACAAUGGUUCCUCCAAUUCUUGAUCAGAGCUUUCAGAGGGUCGCAUAGAGGCUUUCGCACUCUCGAAAUCCUCUGAAUCACCCGAUUCAGUUUCAGAUUCAGACUCAGAACCUUCAUCAGUGGGUGUGGGUUGUUGUGGUUGCUUUUGACUAUCCUCAGUCUCAUCACCGUCAUCAGGAUAACAUUGGAAAAUUCCCACAUUCUCCCCCACUUUGCAUUGUACUCGACACUUCUCGUGAGCUUAAUUGUCUUAGAGUCAGUCAUCAUUAUUCUGUAAGACCCUUUCUGAUAACCUAGAAAGAUACCAUGCAAUCCACGCUUGUCUAACUUGGAGUUUUGUGGUGAGCGAACCCACAUGUCAGAACCAAAAUCUUCAUGUGUUUGAUGUAUGGCUUCUUGCCAAACAUCUUCUCAUAGAGGUACAACCAAUCGCUGAAGAUAACCUGCGAUUGUAACUGUAAACAAAACACGAGAGAGAUUCGGCCCAAUAACUCUCUGGAAGAUUGGCAUCAUGCAGCAAGGUUUUUAACCCUUGAAGCAAUGUCUGAUUUGCCCGUUCCGCAAGUCCAUUCUGCCAUGGCGAGCGAGGACUAGACAAAUCGUGUUGAAUUCCUUUCUCAGUCAGAAAAGCUUCAAACUGCUGAGAAGUGAUUUCCCCCCCGCGAUCACUGAAAAGAGUCUUUAUCUUCUUACCAUGCACAUUUUCCAACCAAGCACAGAAUUCCUUGAACCUAGGAAAAGCCUCCGAUUUCUGCUUGAGAUUGUACACAAAAAUAUAUCUAGAAAAUGCAUCAAUGAGAACCAUGAAGUAUCUAUUUCCACCCAAAGAGGGCGCUAGUGGUCCAACCAAAUCAGCAUGAACAACCUGGUAUGGUUCUGUAGCUUUCCUACUAGACACCUUACCUUUCGCAGCCAUUUUCACCUUGUUUGCUGCGCAUGCUUUGCACUUCAUGUGGUACCUGCAGGGUUUAAUAGUCAUACCUUCAACCAAGGCAGGCAUUUUAGAUACUGCCUCAAAAUGCAAAUGACCAAAUUUUCUAUGAAAAUCGUGAAUACAUUCUGCAUGCAAACUUUUGUUAGAACCUGCAAUGCAACAAGUGUCAUCCUGCACCACAUCAUCAUAAUACAAAACAAACAAAUGAUCAACAUAUUCUGCAUGCAAUACAUAAUCAUUUUUCUUUGUGAUGAUGCACUUCUUGUUCUUGAAGGAAACGUCAAUGUUCCGCUCAUUCAGCUGUCCAACGCUGAGCAGAUUAUGUUUGGCGUCUGGCACGUAAAGCACAUUCUGUAUCGAUAAGUCCAAACUGUGAAGAACAACAGUUCCGUAGCCUUUACUGGGAAUAGUGUGGUCAUCCGCCUGGUGAAUCGCACCUUCCUGCGGUGUAAAAGACACAAACAGUCUCUUAUCGUUGCACAUGUGGUGGGUGGCCGCUGAAUCAACAACGAAGAAAGAUCUAGACGUCUUCUGGACCUCUGCAACCUUUGGAGUGAAGCGUGAAACCAUAGCCUUGUGCUGCGUUGUCCUAGACACCGGACCUUUGCCUUUGCCUUGGCCUUUUCCGCGCGAUGAGCUUUCGCUGCGCUGCUCUGUCUUGGCCCUGGGAUGUCUGCAUUCCCUCUUCAUAUGGCCUAGACGUCCACACGAGUAGCAUUUCACUGCCUUCAAAGCUUUGGCGCCAUCUGGUGGUUCCACUGCACUAUGGGAUGACGUCUGUGAAGACUCCCCUUGCCCAUGCAGCUAGCACCCCGGCGAUCUGCUUCAUUUAAAAUCACGGCAGUAACAAAGUCCACUGUCAGCUGAGCAGUUGGUUGCACAGCAAUCUGGGUUGCAACAGACUCCCAACCUGAACCCAAAGAUUGUAGUAUCAUGAAAGAAUACACAGCCUCUGGAAAGUUGAGUCCUCUCUGUUGCAGCUCAUGUCUCAGAUUUUGCAUCUCCAUCAGAUGUAAACGCACAUCUCCACCUUCAGCAAGAGCCAUAUUGUGCAGCUUGUUAAAGUAAAACAUAGUGGAUCCAGCUUCUGUCCUUAAGUGAGCCUCUCUCAAAGCGUCCCAAAUUUCUCUGGCUGAGGUCUUAUCACGCAAUAGACAGAGCUCUUCUGGGGAUACUAUCAAUGUAAGAGUUCCCCUUGCUUUGGAAUCCUUAGCUUCCCAUGCAUCUGUAACUGGAACUGGGGGGGUUUCUGUAAUCACCUCAAACAAACCCUCUUUCCGCAGAAUUGCCUCUGCAUACUGAACCCAGUCGCUGUAAUUUUUCUUGUUGAGCUUAGGAAUCCCACAAGCAUCCUGAAGGGCCAUCAUGACUCUGGCAUUAGCCUUCAGCGUCAUAUGCUGCUUUAAAUCUUGCUGCGUCACUGCUGCAGCUGCCUUAUUACAAAGGCACACUUAAAAGUUACUUUCGAUUUCCCCAGCAUAGUGACUUGUGCCUGGGAGCCUUUUGCCUAUUCCCGGCAAAACCGGCUUUAAAAGUUCAAAGUCCAGCCAUAAAGCCAUUAACUUGAAGCUGGCAGGCUGCCCGGAGCAGUAGCACAUACCUCAUCAAUCACCUCUACGCGCAGAGCAGAUUCCGUUCCGAUCUGUCCCUCUGCAUUCCGAUCCUUUGCCGGCACUCCGAUUCGACUUCUGGAGCCCAUAACCACGUGUUGAUUUAAAGCAGAGUCUGGUGCCCAGCGGAAGGAUGAGGAAUACGUGCUGCAUACUCUAUAUUGCUUUAUUUACAGUUCAAAGCUGGUAUAUUACAGAAAGACAUCUUGCCUCUGCCGGAGCAGAAAAUGCAUCCUCUCUCCUCGACAGCUCGGAGAGAAUCACACAGUGAAAAACAGGAAACCAGUGUACGUCACAUCCAGUCUCCCUUUCCCGUGAGAAACUCCAACAGUACAGACUGUGGAAUGUAAACACCUGUCUCGUGACAAGCAGAGCUGCACAGUGAAGGAAAGCAGAAACCAACAGCUGCAUUGCCAGUCUUUCCUCCAGAGCACAGUAACCAAAAUUAAUACCAACGAUUUGUGAAAAUAAUGGUUCCAAAAAAGUAAAAAACAAAACCGACUACCCUUCAGAAUGCUGCAAAUAUUUGUCGUGACAACCGAUGACAUUCUCUGUGGUGAUUCUCAGCUUCCCACCGUUAUCUGAUUGACCCAUAUGCUUGCAAGGAAAUCAUAGGCAGUGCUGUCAGGCAACUUUAGCACAUGGAAAAUUAUUUCCAUAUUCUGUUCUAUGCUUCUCAUUCCAGCGCACCAUUAGCAGAUGGGAUUGCAGGAGGCGCCUAAAGGAACAAGCUUUCUGCGUUAUUCCUAAUGGCUUCUGCAUGUCAGAUGAUCUGCUUAUUGUUCUCCAAAUAUUUAUUUUUAUUACUCCGCCACUGAGCCAGCUUACUAUUUCAGCGAGAGUAUCUGAGCUUUGCAGUUUACACUGAUAUGGGCACCUUUGCCUUCAUCUCCUCACACCAAAGAGUCAGACAGACGAAACAUAUUGUAAGCAAUAGCGUGUAUACUAUUGUUUAAAGCCAUGGUUCCCAACGUGGGGCACACACCCCACAGGGGAGCAAUUUGAUUUUUAAGGGGGGAAAUUUGAGAAUGCGUUAUUAACAGUGAAUGGCCUUUUAGGCUUCCUCCACGUGAAUAGGAGUUCACUUUUUGAAUAAUAAGAAUUAUAUGUCACAGGGUGGGGGCAUCAGAAUUUUAGAGAUGCUUAGGUGGGGCGUGGCCAAAAAAAGGUUGGGAACCACUGGUUUAAAGCUUCCAAAAGACAACUUCAAUCCAGUUGAAUGCUGCCUAAUGGAAGCAGCUACUCUCUUCCCACCUUGAUGGGUUUUUAAAAUUUAUUUGAGAGCUGAAGGUAAGGAAGGAGUUAUAACCAUCUGUCAGUGUGGUGUAGUGGUUAAGAGCUGUAGAUUCGUAAUCUGGGGAACCGGGUUCGCGUCUCCGCUCCUCCACAUGCAGCUGCUGGGUGACCUUGGGGUAGUCACACUUCUUUGAAGUCUCUCAGUCCCACUUACCUCACAGAGUGUUUGUUGUGGGGGAGGAAGGGAAAGGAGAAUGUUAGCCGCUUUGAGACUCCUUAGGGUAGUGAAAAGGCAGGAUAUCAAAUCCAAACUCCUCCUCCUCGAGAGACAAUGGAGUGCACCACCAGGAGUGAAGUUAAAUCACUGGAGAAUCACGGCGCCUGCUGUGGCUGCAGAGACCGGUAACUUGUAACCAGUCUCCUGUGUUGCUUUUGCUGCAUUAGCACCACCGAGGUGAACUCCCUGGGGCGCAAGCCUAGGCAGUGGUCAUGGAAGUCCUGGGCUGCCCAGAUGACAAGACUCUGCUCUUGGCCUCGCUGAUGUGGUCCAAAGGAAAGCAUAGCAAUAUGUUUGACACCAGUUUAUCUGUGGAGUUGCUGGAAGGAGGUGUACAAGGCCUUAGGGAUGCCACUCCGGAUUUGUGUAGGGUUUACUCCUUAGCCUCUUCCUCUCCCAAAGAUGUCCCACAAGGCAGCAGAGGUUUAGGAUCAGAGUUUUCCUUCUCCUACAUGGGCUACUUUCUCAGGUUGACAAUCCCCAUUUGCCCCUAGGCAGUAGGGGCAAGAAAAUAAGAGUGGGUUGAAAGGUUUUGAUUUCUUCGAAAUACUUAUUUAAAUUAUCCAUAUUUUCCUUUGUUCUCUCAGUCUAUGCUCCACCACUACAUGUAUAAUUUAUUGGAAUUUUACAGUUUGAAGAAAUAACCAGUUUUGUCAUAAACCACAUAUGAUUUUUCUGUUUUUGCUGCAACAGACUAUUAGGAGUCCUUAAAGACCAAGUGAUUUAUUUAUUAGUCCACAAAAGCUUAUGAUGUAAUCAAUAAAUUUGUUAGUUGCCUACCUGCCACAAGACUCUUUAUAGUAAGCUAGAGUUACUAAUAAUAUACUCUAGCAUUUUUCUCUCACUUGCCAAAGGAGCCAUAUGUCUUCAGUUUUCCCAAGCUGCAGCGACUGCAUUAGUUCGGCUUCCUUCCGUUUUUAUCAUUUAUAAUCAACUGUCAUGUGUUGUAAAAGAUUGUGACAGGUGUCUCAUAUAAGUCCGGUUCUCUCAAACGCAAUUUCAUUUGCAAUUUGUAUUUCUUUGUCCAGCCGUCCUUGUAAAGUGUAUUAUAAAAUGUUAAGUUUUCAUACGGAAAGCAAGGUUUGCAGUCCUGUGGUCCCUGGGUGGGUGUCUCAGGGCCAUAGGAUUAUUUUAGAUCACCCUCUCAGAGUUCUUUGGUAAAAGCAAAAGGUGGGUAGGGCAGAGGAGAAGAAACAUGGAUUUAAAAUAUUCUUAGCCUUAGGAUAGAAAAACACCUCUUCUACUCUGCCAGGGUGAGCUUGGCAAGGCAGUGGAAAAGAUGGUUUUCCCACCUUUGGGUCUCUCUCCCUGAUUGUAUUGCUCAUAUGUUUCUUUAAAACACAGGUGUGAGAUCUCUCCCAAUCAGUGUUUAAGAACUGAGAUAUGAAAGCUAGGAGCUAAAUAUCACCUUAAACCUAGGUUAUGGGCACAACAACAGAAUGGAUGUGUUUUUUAUAACAAGAAUACAAAGCUGAAAAUGAAUGAACUGCAGCUAAAAUAUUAUGUUCAUUUUUCACAUGAUCUAGUCCUUCCCCUGCCCAUCCUCUUAAUAUUCUUAAGAGAGUCUCUUCUCCAUUCUCCAGAGAGUAGCUGAAAGUGGGGAGGAAGGAAAAGGUCCUCCUUUCCUUCCACUCUGCAGUUUUAAUCUGAAAUCUUCAGUUCAGUACUGUGCCCAGAACUCAGAAACUGCUCACUCUAAUGAAAUUCCCUCUUGCAAAAUAUGCCUGGAACAAUGAGAGUUCCAAACACUGCUCCCAAUCCCAGAUUGUCAUUGCUAUCUAAGGUGGGUAGGGCUUUUUGCAGUCCUGACACUGAUUUCCCAGCAAAGUUAGAAACUCUGGUAUAUAAGCUUGGCACCAAAUGGCUCCUGAAACAAGGGUUACAGCCGCCAAAACGGAAGGCUUGCCGUAUUUUUCCUUCCAUAAGACGCCCUUUUUCCCUCCUAAAAAGUAAGGGAACAUGUGUUCGUCUUAUGGAGCGAAUGCAGGUGGGAGGCAGGUGGGGAAAGCCCCCAAGAGCCACACACACGCUCUGUGCAGCUCUUGUGGGCUGUUGUGGGAGGUGGGGGAAUUCCCCCACCUUGUAGAAAAGCCCACAGGAGCUGUGCACCCUUCUCCCUCCUGGGGAAAAGCCUGCAAGCACCACACACAAGCUCCACGCGGCUCGUGAAAGGGAGCACGGAGCAGAGCCUGGGAUGCAUACAGGCUCUGCUCAGCGCUCCCUUUAAAAAUAUUUUUUUUCUUGCAUUCCUCUUCUAAAAACUAGGUGUGUCUUAUGGAGCGAAAAAUACGGUAGUUGUCAUUUUGGGGCCAAACGGCUUGAAAGUUAUAUUUUUUGUUCUAGUGGUUCAGCAAUAAAACUGCUAGCACAUUUGCAAAGCUAAGCAGAGUCCAGAAUGGCUUCAAAUUGAUGAUGGGCCGUGUGUUGAAAUUCCUGCAUUGCAGGGGGGGCGGGGUUGGACUGGAUGACCCUUAGGGUAUCUUCCAAUUCUAUGAUUCUACUCUCAACUUGCCUUGUUGAGCAAAAGAUGACGACAGUAUAAAGGCUUGACCGGCUGUCCUCAACAUAAAUGUGGGUUUGCAUAAAAUAAAAUAUGACACAAUCGUGCGGAGGCCAUUAAGACGUAAAAGGUUAACACUCCUUUUCAUUAUUCCUUUACAGUGCUUUGCGGUUCGUUCUUUGGGAUGGGUAGAAAUGGCAGAGGAAGAUUUGGCUCCUGGGAAAAGCAGCGUUGCUGUGAACAAUUGCAUCCGACAGCUCUCUUAUUGUAAAAACGAUAUACGGGACACGGUUGGCAUUUGGGGAGAGGUAAGAAAUCUCUCUGUCUUAUCGUACUUCCCAGUUCUCUAAUGGCACCUGCUUUUUCUUUUUUUAAAUUGCAUUCUUUAUUAUUUUAUUCACAUAAUAUACAACAUAAUAUACAAAAUAAUUCACAUAAUAUACAACAAACAACUCCAAAAUAAACAGACAACUCCAAAAUAAAAUCAUAUGUAACAAAACCAUAAGUCUCAUGUUUUCAUUUACACUUAUAUCAUCUCCAAUACCUUUACUUGAUAUUUCUUGCUGCUUUCCUUAUAGAAUCUUUAUGAAAAUUUUAAUCUCUUGAAUCCUAUACCAGUCUUUAACAGUUUCAAUUAAUCCCUUCACCUCCCUUCCCCACAGCCCAAUACUUCCCUCCACCUGUGUGCAAUCUUCUUUACCUACUAUUAUUUUUGUUAUUGUUGCGUUAUUCACUUUAUUUGUUAUUCCAUCCUUAAUAUAUUAUUAUCUUAUCUCCUUGUGCCUUUUAAACUUUUGCAUAUUGAUUUUUAAGCUCCAGCAGUGACUUUUUUUCAUGUAUUCCUUAACGCAUUCCCACUCUUUAUUAAUUUUUUGAUUAGAGUAGCCUCUAAUUGAUUCUGUUAAUUUUGCCAUCUCUGCGAAGUCAAGAAAUUUGAUUCUCCAUUCUAAUAAUUCUGGUAUUUUAUCGGUGACACCUGCUUUUUCCUGCACUUUCAUGUUUCGGCAAAAGCAGCCACUGUCGAGAAAGAACAAGGAAGUAAAGCAGCUAGUUUGGAGCAAUGGCCUUGUUUGCUCUGGCAAGGAAAAAGAAGGUGCAUCUGAGUCAGCUCUUUCCUUUCCCAAAGUGCAGGACAAGUUAAGUGCUAGGAAGGGGCUCUUGGGUCGUGUCCCCUUGUAAUCAGAGGCCAGUAUGGUUACAAGGGGGCUCAGUACCUGUGGUCUCUUGAGUUGAAAAGGUAAUACGGGUGCUUCCCUUUUAUAAAAACAUAAGAAUUACAAGCAUCCCAUGUAGUCCAAGGGUGUAAGUUCACCCUUGUUGCUCAUUUCAAGCAUGUUAUCCAGAGAUAACGUAGGCUCCAUAGCUCCUGCUGUCCCGUCCCCCCCAAUGAUUUUGCCUAACUCUUUAAAGCCACCUGCAUUAGCAGCCAUGGUCAUAAUUUAGAAAUAAUGACCGCAUUGCAUGAGAUGGUGCUUCCUUUAACCCUCCGUUCUCAUAUUAUAUGGAAGGGUGGAAGAGACUUAAGUGGGUGGAGGAAGGCUUAAGCAUCCCGCAAAUGCCUUUCUUAGUAGCAUCUUGCGUGGUGGGGCAAAGCCACCUGAAUUAGCAUUACAUAGGGGCAAACACUUCUUUGAGUGAGUAAGAGAUUAUAGCUGUUUUUGCUCUUCACUUCAUCAGGGAAAGGACAUGUAUCUUAUCCUGGAGAACGACAUGCUAAAUUUGGUUGACCCCAUGGAUCGCAGUAUUCUUCAUUCACAGCCCAUCGUAAGCAUCCGAGUCUGGGGUGUAGGCCGCGACAAUGGCCGGUGAGUUUGGAAUACAUUUAUUCUAUGAUGUUAAAAUCCGCUUCUGUAGAAUGCUUGCGUUCUAGAUGAAACACAGCAUCCUAGUAAUAAAUGUUGUCUUUUAGCGCUUCUAUCAUAUAGUUGUUCACAACAAGAUGUUUUUCUUUUUCUUUUUGUUUUUUAACAUCUUUACUGAAAGUUCAAAAAGUACAUAAUUAUAUGUGCACUAAACAUGGUGAGAUGUAAAUAAAAGAGAGAAAAAGAAAAAGAGAAACAGGACCCGUGUAGCAGGGAAAAUAAAGAGGGGAGGGGUGGAAACCCAAAACUGUAUACUUUACAAGGUUGUUAUUGUACUUUACCAUAUCUUAACCAAUUACAGUAUUUGUAAGAAUGGAUUCCAAAUAUUAUUGAAUUUGUUCAUGGCAAGUUUGCAUUUAUAUGCAGGUUGUUCAUAUGUUGCGAGUUCACAUAGGGCUUCAAUCCAAUCGUAGGAAGGAGCCGCAUUUUUAUUUUUCCAAUUCAUCAGUAUCAGUCUUUUUGCUGUGGUAAGGCACGGAGAGUCCACUCGUAUUGCCCUUUUGUAAGGUUCCAUGUGCUGGGUAUAAUUCAAGAGGAUAUUUUGCUCUGUAAAUGUAAGGUUGUUCCAUAGAGUUCUGUUGAUAGUUUCCAUUACCUUCUGCCAAAAAUCUUUCAAUAAAGGACAGUGAAAAAAACGAUGUUUUAGAAAAGCAUUAUCCCUAGCAAUGGGUCUCCAGGGUUUCAAAUGGAGGACAUUCCCAUUGCUACUUGCUGGUGCCAGGGAUUGAACCUGGGACCUUCUGCAUGCUAAGCCUAUGCACUACCACUGAGCUACAGGCCUUAUAUUAGACUGAGGGAUGUGGGUGGCACUGUGGUCUAAACCGCUGAGCCUCUUGGGCUUGCCGAUCAGAAGGUGGACAGUUCGAAUCCCCGCCAUGGGGUGAGCUCCCGUUGCUCUGUCCCAGCUCCUGUCAACCUAGCAGUUCAAAAGCACACCAGUGCAAGUAGAUAAAUAGGUAUGGAAGGUAAACAGCGUUUCCGCGUGCUCUCCGUCACGGUGUUCCAGUCACGGUGUUCCGGUGUGCCAGAAGCUGUCUGUGGACAAACACCGGUUCUCUCAGCCUGAAAAUGAGAUGAGCGCCACAAGUUACAGGGAACCAGGCAGAGGGCCUUCUCGGUAGUUUCACCCACCCUGUGGAACGCCCUCCCACCAGAUGUCAAAGAGAACAACAGCUACCAGACUUUUAGAAGACAUCUGAAGGCAGCCCUGUUUAGGGAAGCUUUUAAUGUUUAAUAGGUUAUUGUAUUUUAGUGUUUUGUUGGAAGCCGCCCAGAGUGGCUGGGAAAACCCAGCCAAAUGGGCGGGGUAUAAAUAAUAAAUUAUUAUUAUUAUUAUUAUUACCCCAUGGUCGCCUUUGACUGGACUUAACCGUCCAUUGGUUCUUUACCUUUUACCUAUACAGUGGUACCUCGGGUUACAGAUGCUUCAGGUUACAAAUGCUAACCCAGAAAUAGUACCUCGAGUUAAGAACUUUACCUCAGGAUGAGAACAGAAAUCACAGCGGGAGGCCCCAUUAGCUAAAGUGGUACCUCAGGUUAAGAACAGUUUCAGGUUAAGAACGGACCUCCAGAAGGAAUUAAGUUCUUAACCCGAGGUACCACUGUAUCAGACAGAUGCUCUCCCUGUAAAAUAUUUAGAGUAGUGCAAAUGACCCCUACUUUUUGUUGCUGUUAAGUCUUGUUGAAUUAUUUCGGCUUUCAUUUGAAAUGUCUCCUGCUUUUUGCCUGAAGACAAGCCUCCAGAUUCACCAGAGUUUACUAAGGUGAGUUGCUUGAAUAGGCCUGCAAGCAUAGCCUGGAGCCAUGACUGAUUCCUUAAAGUCUCUGGCCUGAAACUUAAAGACAGGUGUCCAGCAAAUAGAGGAAAGAGAGGGGUGGGAACUUCUGGUGCUUGCUUGUUGCCUCGGGGUAUUAGUAUAAGGAGAAAAGAGUUGGGUUUGAGAGAGUGGCUCAACAUGCAUGGAUAUGCUGUAUAUAGGAAGAGGCAGAGGAAGACUGGGAAGGCUAAAUUUGUUGUUGUUGUUUAGUCGUUUAGUCGUUUAGUCGUGUCCGACUCUUCGUGACCCCACGGACCAGAGCACGCCAGGCACUCCUGUCUUCCACUGCCUCCCGCAGUUCGGUCAAACUCAUGCUGGUAGCUUCGACAACACUAUCCAACCAUCUCGUCCUCUGUUGUCCCCUUCUCCUUGUGCCCUCCAUCUUUCCCAACAUCAGGGUCUUUUCCAGGGAGUCUUCUCUUCUCAUGAGGUGGACAAAGUAUUGGAGCCUCAGCUUCAGGAUCUGUCCUUCCAGUGAGCACUCAGGGCUGAUUUCCUUAAGAAUGGAUACGUUUGAUCUUCUUGCAGUCCAUGGGACUCUCAAGAGUCUCCUCCAGCACCAUAAUUCAAAAGCAUCAAUUCUUUGGCCAUCAGCCUUCUUUAUGGUCCAGCUCUCACUUCCAUACAUCACUACUGGGAAAACCAUGGCUUUAACUAUACGGACCUUUGUUGGCAAGGUGAUGUCUCUGCUUUUUAAGAUGCUGUCUAGGUUUGUCAUUGCUUUUCUCCCAAGAAGCAGGCGUCUUUUAAUUUCGUGGCUGCUGUCACCAUCUAGGCUAAAUUUAGAAUUAAGCAAUUAGAACAAGUCUUUCCAUUAUAUUUUGUGGACUCCCGCACAUGACUCUUUCUAGCAAGUUAGGUAUUUGGUGAUCAGGGACAGAAGCAUGACAAACAGCAAGGCCCCCGGGUAUGGGAACCAGAGCCUCUGCCACGAGCAGCUGCAACAUGGCAGAACAAGGGAGACAAAUUGCAUCAGCGAAGUGCUCUGUGGGGGGAAUGAUGCGCUUACCGUAGUCUUUCUCCUGCCUACUGCUUUGAACAGCAAAGAGUCGCUUUUGAACAUCUCACGUGUCCCUUGCUAGCGAAAGGGUUCUCUCCUGUUCAUUGUCAGGUAGACAAUAAUUAUGAUGACUAAUGCAGCAGCUCCUACCUCUUGAAUAUCAAGUUAUUUGAAAGUCAUUGCUAUCUUGAGGUCCUUGGAUUUUUUGAUUUUUAUUUUUUUAUCAGACUUCCUUGUAGUAAUUUAUUUGGUUGGAUUUCUCUUUAGAAGAUGAAAAGCCUUUUAAUGGUACCUGACCAGAUGAUUUUCUAAGCCUUGUGCUAAUGAAAGAUUGAUGAAAAACAGAGAUCUACUGAUGGGAGUUUAAUCUAAGGGUAUGUCUGCUAGUGCACGAGGCAGAAAAGCCUUCUGGGAGAUUAAUAAUUCCCUAGGCACACACUAAGCUGUUAUCUUGGACUCCAGCAUUAACUUCUUUUUACCACAGUAGCUUGGUAAGAAAAUGCUUCAUGAUUUACUCCAGUCUUUCCCAACCGGGGCCCCCCAGGAUAUGUCAAGGAGGCCACAAGUAAAAAUUACAUAAAUGGGGGGGGGGACACAGCACGAGACAUGGGGACCCCAGAGGGAAGUGAGAAGAAAAGGGGGGAAAUCAUUUUUAUUUUUUAAAAAUCCUGAUUGGCUGGCUAUCUGUUUGGCCAAUCACAAGCAGGUAAGGGAGCAGCCCUCUAGGAGGCGGGUUAGCUCUUCUUUUGGCUAUGUGCAUUUUCUUGGAGCAGGCCUGGUUUGUUUCCAGCGGGAGAGGGCGAUCGCUGAGUGUCUACUCAGAAGAAACCCACACUGUUCAGUGGGCCUUACUCCCAGGUAAAGGUGUGGAGGGCUAUAGUGUUUUAUCUAGGCAGGCAAGGCUCCUCCGGAUGACACGAUCUUUUUGCAACAGCCUAGUGAGGACUACAGUGGUACCUCAAGUUAAGAAAAGUGAGGAAAGGCUUGGAGAGAGUGGGUCAUCCUAAUUUGCACACCACAUUUUGUGGGAAGGGUCAGUGCUACAUUUGCAGCCAACCUUAAAGAAGACCUUUGACAGAAUUGUGCCCUAAGAGACAAUCCAGGUUAUGAGUUAUAUUUUGUCAGAUCUGUUCUAUCUGCAACUGCCACUGGUUAAGAAAAGGCUACUUGGUUGUGCAUUUUCCUUCAGCUGAAACGACCCGUCGUCCAUCUCAGUCAUGAAGGAGCAGACUCUAUUUGAAAGCGACAAAACGUUUAUUCUCUUUCCCACUUAGUUUUCUAUUUUUGUUGAUUGUGUGGCACUUGUUCACUAUCCGCCGUGGCUGCUUUUUCUCCCCCAGCUUCCAUGCGUGCAACAAAAUAUUUUGGAAUAUAAAAUUGGCAGGUGGAUAUUAGCAAGGAAAUGUGGCAGAGCUAAGAUCUACUCACACACUGUUCCUUCAUCUUUCUCCUCUCUGCUGUGAGCACAAGUGGAAAAUUUGCAUCCUCCAAAAUAGAUGUCAUGUGCACAUUAAUCCAUCCACCUCCCCCAACCCCACUCUAUCUUUUGCUUCUCAUCCACUUGAAAACUAGGUCAUAGUCCACUAUAGGCCUUGAUGGUUUGCUUUAUCCCACUGGGGCUUUCUGUUAAAAAAAAGUGACAGUCCAGCCCUCACUUUGCCUUCCUGCUUGCCUCAUGGGACUUGGCUUUUCCUUUAAUGUAGAAGUUCUCUGGCUGCUGCUUCUCUUUCCCCAUAAACCUUCCUGUCAAGCUGACUCCUGGACAGUUUCUAAAAAGUUGUAUUCCCAGAGGUUCAUUGUGCACGUCCUAUGUAUUCUCUUUUGUGUACCUGUAGGCGCCAACCCCAUAGGGCUGCCUGAGACAGAGGCGUUUGAAUACUGGGAAUAAAUCUUACCUGGAAAUGAACACAGAACUUGCUCGCAUAAGAGGAAACUAGGGAUGGACUGGAGUGCUAAAUAGAGAGGACUUAAAAAAACAAAAAACCCUCCUUGAUUGCAAUUAGGAUCACAAUCCCUCGAAAAAUCGCAGUAUGGGAAUAAAAAUACUUGCCUUACAGGGUGGUUGCAUGUAUUUCAAGAAGCUCAGGCAUAUGAAGUGCUUCUAAACACUUAAAAAGCUUUAUAGCAAUGCUAAAUAUUAUUGGAACGAUUAUGGCGUAGCAAAACAGUACUCAAGCCAUUAAAUAUAUUUAAGUGUCAUCUAUCUAUCUAAGGGACGCGGGUGGCGCUGUGGGUUAAACCACAGAGCCUAGGACUUGCUGAUCAGAAGGUCGGCGGUUCGAAUCCCCGCGAUGGGGUGAGCUCCCAUUGCUCGGUCCCUGCUCCUGCCAACCUAGCAGUUUGAAAGCAUGUCAAAGUGCAAGUAGAUAAAUAGGUACCGCUUCAGGAGGAAGGUAAACGGCGUUUCUGUGCGCUGCUCUGGUUCGCCAGAAGUGGCUUAGUCAUGCUGGCCACAUGACCCGGAAGCUGUACGCCGGCUCCCUUGGCCAAUAAAGCGAGAUGAGCGCCGCAACCCCAGAGUCGGUCACGACUGGAUCUAAUGGUCAGGGGUCCCUUUACCUUUACCUAUCUAUCUAUCUAUCAUCUAUCUAUCAUCUAUCCAUUUUCCCAUGGUUCUUGCCACAUGGUGCAUAGAGCUGAAAUACAGCUCUCCCUGGUUCUAAUUUUAUAGUUUUAUUUUUUGCACUCCUAAUUUGAAGUGAUUUUGUUUAUUCUUGCUGUGUACCCUUCGUUGUACACAGCUGGGGAGACAUAGGGAAUAAAAAUAUGGUUCCAGGAAGGAAGAAGAGGGUACAGCAUAAAAGAAAUCCCACGAAAGUGGGUUUUCUAUAAUGCUAGAAAACCCAACAGAGGAAAGAAGCGACAGAAAAACAGCUAAGAAAAAUAACUCGGCAGAAUUAAAAUAAUAGGGAAUGACAGUGAAUAACUGUAAGAAACCAAAGCCUAGCACUAGGCUUCUGUUGAAGGAGAAAGCCAGGCAAGAAAAUGCAACAAGGGAAAAACUGGGGAAAUUAAACAAGCAAAACCAGUGAGAAAAUUAAGAAUCAUGCAACAUUUUUCUUUCCUCAAUAUAAGAUGCCUAGUGUUUUAAGUCCCAAAUGUUAAAAUGCCAUUAUAUGCCCUUAGAGCCCAUGAUGUCAGUGGAAAGGGGAUGUUCAGGGCUCUUUGGGGGACAGCUGUCCCAUUUUAUAGCAUCCAUGUUUAGCCAACAACAGCGCUCAUAGGAUUUUCUGUGGCUAGUACGCAGUAUGUGGAUUGGGCCCUCCACCUCACCUGCAGAAGAGGAGACAAAUUUGUACGCACCAAUUUGGUUUAUUACACCAUGAUUGGUUAGAGUGAUGGUAAGCCUUGUGCCUUCCCAUUUUUGCGUAGAUUAUUAAGCCAAAGUUUCCCGUUAAAUUUUGAACUGGGUCUCCAUAUUGAAUGCCCACAGAUAGUAAAGUAUUAUUGCAUUCUGCAACAUUGAUAUAAAUAAUUCAGAACAUAGCAUAAUGAUGGGUUGAAUUUAGGGGGUGUUGGUUUUGUUGGCAGCUUUCCCCGUUUCUUUAUAUGGAAAACUGAAUUUGCAGGGUUCCCAUAUGUUAGUAAGCAACAGCCGAACAUGGCUGGGCCACGUCCCUCCUGCUGUAGUGUACCAUCUGGCUGCCAAACAGUGGCAAAAUGAGUUUUGGAUGAUAUGACCACGUGAGUUGCAUGCAUCCAUUUCAGAGGUGGCAAGGAGCAGCGAUUGUCUGGCUGCCUGACUGAGGUAGGCAAGAGGUUGGCCCUGCAGUUAAACUAGUAUUGACAAGCAUAAUUUGCUGUACCUAAGUGGCUUCCUGCACCCAAUGCAUGAAGAGCAGAUUAGUGUAAGUUUAAUAACUAAAUAAUAAUCAAUAAUAAUAAACUAAAUAAUAAUCAAUAAUUUCUGUCCAAAGCUUAGAAUAUAUUGCUACUGUAACAUUGCCAUUCAACAAAAUGACAUAAAUUAAGUUAGAAAUUUAUUUAAAUUCAAUGGGCUACACUAAUUGGCUAGCUUAGAGGCCCCUAGAUAAUUAUUUAAACUGCUUGCCAGAAUGCCCUGCGGUUUAGUGCAAAUAGCACCUGUAACCUAAUUUGCAUUCGGAAUAUUUAACUUAUUAUCGAAUAGCAAUCAAGCAAGUCAGAACAUUCAUGAACUACAACCUGGGUUUUUAUAGAGAAUAAUAUAAACCUAGCACUUUGUAAUUUGUUUAUGACUCACUUGGUCGUCGUUCACAUUAAUAUGCCUACGGAUAUCAAAUAUGCUGCAUAUGGCAUUCCAUUUGGAGUCUGUCCAACACUGGCUUGCAUUUCCUACAGUUGUGUAAUUUGAAGAGAAGCUAGUCUGCUUCUGCCAUGAUUCACAUCGUCACUAGUGCUGGCCCAAGACGUUUGCAGCCUGCAGCAGGUCCAAGUGUUGUUACCCCACUGCUAUGGCCAGUACGUCAAGAAAUUUUAGUGUGCAGUGCCAAUUCCUGCCUUUAUCCGUCCCUUGCAUAAGAGUGGGAUAUGGCAUGGGUAGCUCUGGCCUUCACUUUCUUUUCCCAGCUGCAGAAUCUCCAUUAUUUGAACCUACUAUACCUGAAACAUGCAGUUGCCUACAAAUGCUUUCUGUUGUUUUUAUAAUCCGGUUUUUGAGCUACAGCUAUAAGAAGCCUAGGAAAAGCUUUCACAAAAUGUCAGGUCCAUGUCCGUACCUGCCUAUGUAGCCAUUUGUUAUUAUUAUUAUUAUAUAUUUAUUAUUAUUACUAUUAUUAUUUAUUGAGUUUAUAUACCACCCUAUACCCGGAAGCCUCAGAAGAAAUCACAACAUAUAUAAUCAGAAUAAAAACAACACACACACCCCAGAAAAGAGCCACAUUUUAAAAAGGUAUAGGAUGUAUAGGAUUUAUGGCACUUAAGAAAGCUGAGAUAAAGGCAAAAAUAACAUUUCCACUUUUAUGAGUGCUUCCUUGCUUAUUCACCUACAGAUAAUUCUUACACACCACAGAUGACUAGAUGAGUGUGUUAAUCUCAGGGGGGUGGGGUUCUCUCUCCAAAAUUAUGAUUAUCCCAAUUUUUAAUGAUUCCCCAGGCAUGGUUAGUUUUUCUGUGUCUUGCCAUACAUCUUCAUAGUCACUUCUUAGAUUCAUGCGACUGCGCAGAAGUAAACAUUCCCUGUGUAGAUUGCAACAAAAUAUUAAAAACACACUAUACAAUAAUUUGAAAACAACUGUAAACAAUAAAAGACAGUGGGGUGAGAAAAUAAUGUACACCCUGGAUUUCAAACACUGAUGAAAAGUAUGAGUUAAUACAGUAUGGUGUUGCUAGAAACACAGUAUCAAAAUACAUCCAGGUGUGGGGGAUCCCCUGGUCCUGAAUGGGGUAACUCUGUCCCUGAAGGACCAGGUGCACAGCCUAGGUGUCAUUUUGGAUGCACAACUGUCCAUGGAGGUGCAGGUCAAUUCUGUAUCCAGGGUAGGGCGGCUGUCUAGCAGCUCCAUAUGCUUCACCGGCUGAGACUCUACCUGCCCGUGCACUGUCUCACCAGAGUGCACUGCUUAUCCCUCAGUUGGACUCCUGCAAAGCGCUCUACGUGGGGCUACCUUUGAAGGUGACUCGGAAACUGCAACUACAGUGGUACCUCGGGUUAAGAACUUAAUUCGUUCUGGAGGUCCGUUCUUAACCUGAAACUGUUCUUAAGCUGAAGCACCACUUUAGCUAAUGGGGCCUCCCGCUGCCGCCGCACCACCGCCGCACAAUUUCUGUUCUCAUCCUGAAGCAAAGUUCUUAACCCAAGGUACUAUUUCUGGGUUAGCGGAGUCUGUAACCCGAAGUGUCUGUAACCCGAGGUACCACUGUAAUCCAGAACGCAGCAGCUAUACUGGUGACUGGGAGUGGCCGCCGGGACCAUAUAACACCAGUCUUAAGGGAUCUACACUGGCUCCCACUACAUUUCCGAGCACAAUUCAGAGGGUUGGUGGUGACCUUUAAAGCCCUAAACGGCCUUGGCCCAGUAUACCUGAAGGAGCUUCUCCACCCCCAUUGUUCAGCCCGGACACUGAGGUCCAGCACCGAGCGCCUUCUGGCGGUUCCCUCACUGUGUGAAGUGAGGUUAUAAGGAACCAGGCAGAGGGCCUUUUCGGUAGGGGCGCCCGCCUUGUGGAACGCCCUCCCAUCAGAUGUCCAGGAAAUAAACAACUAUCUGACUUUUAGAAGACAUCUGAAGGCAGCCCUGUUAAGGGAAGUUUUUAAUGUUUGAUGUUUUAUAAUGCAUUUAUAUGUGCUGGAAGCCACCCAGUUUGGCCACACAUAUGAAACACAUACAUAUAACAAGAGCAUUAUGCUUCAGUCUUCUUUUUAUGCAUUCAUAUAUUUAAAUAAUGGAUGCCCUUGAAUUCCUUUGAAUGUCUGUUAUGUUUAAGAUGUUUAAAGCAUUUAUAUGAUGAAUGCAUACAGUAGGAGAUCUGGAUUAUUGUUAGAAAAUUGUUUUCUAGUGCUACGUUUUUGAAAGAUAGGUACAUGUUCUAACUCCAGGCUCAUAAUCGUGAGGAUUAUGUGUCGGCCCAUUUCCAUAACUGAGCUUCCACAAGGGGAGGGACUUUUGAUGCUUCAUGCUAUUCAACGCGAUGUGCCCUCUGGCAACAAAUCUCUUUCUUGAAUUGCAUUUGAUGACUGGAGUUGUCUGUGUGCGUGUACUUAAGGUCUCAUUUCAGUUUUUAAUUUCUCAGCAUAAAAAUUCAAAUUACUUAAGUUGAUGCAUUAGCUAGAUGGCAAAAAAAUAACAAUUCUAUGAGUCACAAAUGAUUUCUGCAUGAAUAAUGUUGUGUUUUAGUGAACCUGAAAAAAUGGCCUGCAUUAUAUAUCUCAUACAAGAUUGCCUAAUGAAAUACCAUCCAUCUUUAUGCAUCAGAGUCCCUUAAAACACAUACACUCAUCUGACUAUUUAAAUGGUACAGUAAACAUUUUCUGAAGGAUAAUUUCAGUAGGGGGUUCACCUGCUGUGUUCAAUCCUCAAGUUAUUUUUUUGAUGCAAAACAAGUCCCUUCACUCAUGCUUUGAGUCAAAACAUAGUAUUUCCAUUGAAGAAAAGCACUGGGAUCAGAAAAAGCUUCCAUUCGGUCAUGUCUCUUUUCCCAUCAGUGACCAGCCAGGUUUUUUGGUUCUUGGCCUCUGCUUCUGACCAUGGAGAUUUUCCAGUUUCCCCCAGUGUGCCAACUGCAUGGCUCAUGUCUUCCUCUCUGACAAUUCAGGCUGUGACAUCUACCAGUGAGCCAGUGGGUAGCCAACUUACACUUGGGUAGCCAACUUACUUGCAAAAGUAACACAGACCCACUUUGAUACUGGAGAACCCUGCAGAAGCUUAUCAAAGGAGAAAUCGUGGCCUUUUCUACCUUAAUUCAUCUCUAAACCUAAACACGCCGUGUAAGGAGCUCAGUGUUUUGAACUACUGAGCAGAAAAAGUCAGGUAUCACUCUUGAAAGUUCCGUGUGAUCAAACAGUCAGAUGCAAAGACACUGAACGAUUCCCUUGUUGCAACAAGGGUUCCUUUGUCUCUGUUUGUAGAUUUCAGACUUGAUGAGAUCUACUGGAUGAUAGGCAGGACGAGGAGACUGAAUAGAGGCAGAGGAGUGGGAGGUUAGAAAUCUUGGAGAUUCAGUAUUCACAGCCCGCCAUACUCAUAGGCCCUUAGCUAAUUAAUAAAAGAACAAUACUUGCCCAUUCCUCUGCCCCAAGCAGCUUGGAUCCAGGGAUUGUGCAAGCAGAAGCCAGUUACGCAGUGAGUUCCUUGCUUCCUUCUCUCACUCCAGCCUCCGUGCCUCCUGAAAAGUCCCUCCAGAGGAGUCAGAGGACCCUUGGGGAAAGGCCUGGCCUGUGGUUUACAUGGGUGGGAUUAUAAUACAGUGAGGGGGGAAGUAUUUGAUCCCCUGCUAUAUUUGCCCGUUUGCCCUCUGAUGAAGAAAUGACCAGUCCAUAAUUUUAAUGGUUUAUUGUAGCUGUGAGAGACUGGUCAUUUCUUCGUCAGAGGGCAAACGGGCAAAUUUAUCAGGGGAUCAAAUACUUCCCCCCCUCACUGUACAUAAUAGGUUUUGAUGUUUUAUAGGUAUAAGACAUAUUUCCCAAUUUUUGCUGAAGAUUGCUUUUUUGGGGGAAUGCAAUAAAAAAACAACUUAAGUUUUCUUUUUUUAAAAUAAACAAACAAAUAAAUAAAAAGCCUCAUGGGGUCUUUUCGCUUGGUUUUCAAGACAUUCUUUUUGUUACAAGUUACCAAGAUAACUGUCCAUCCAUACAUCGCCCUACAACAUCUGUGGCUGCAGGGCCAUGGAUCACGCUGAAAUUUGGAUUUUAUUACUAGCUAAUAGCCAUGGAUAGGGUUUGAUUCUUACUCAAGUUGGGGUUCAUGUUUCCAUGGUGUUUGGGUGGGAGCACGCUCCUCUUAUAUGUUCCGAAUGCAACAUGGCUGCUCCACACAAAAGGCUGUGUACAAUGAAGGCCAUAUCACCUUUCAGUUGAAGGAAGUGGUCUUCUGUAGAUGCAGGCAACCACUUGGUGCACUUACAGUAUGUCACAAUUACAUUAUGUCUGUGGCCCACAUUUGCUUUUCCAUCCCAGGAAUAGAUGCUUAGGCCCAGGCGUGGGUCCCAAUCAGACCAAUAGGCCAUAGCUGGCCGCUGAUGUUUGCAUGUAAUACUACCCAGUCUAAUACAGUCGUACCUUGGAUCCCAAACGCCUUGCGAGUCAAACAUUUUGGCUCCCAAAUGCCACAAACCCGGAAAUGAGUGUUCCAGUUUGCAAACGUUCUUUGGAAGCCGAACCUCCAACACGGCUUCCAAUUGGCUGCAGGAGCUUCCCGAAGCCAAUCAGAAGCUGUGCCUUGGUUUCCAAAGUUUUGGAAGUUCCGGAACGGAUUCCGUUCGACUUCCAAGGCAUCACUAUACACUGAAAAAGAAAUGGGACUCCUCUUGAGUCAGUGGUGUCCCUGCACAGCUAGUUUGAGAGUUAAAAUUAGUAUGUUUAACACAUGUCACUGUUGCUUUCUGGCUUAAGGGAAGAAACGCGAGAGGAAUAUUAACAAGCCUGCUUAGCAGCCUUGUAAGACUUGGAGGGGAUUCAAGAUUUGUGAAGGACUUUAGGAGCAUCUCUAAAGCCAACUCUAGCAAAGGACUGUGGCAGUAGGCUAGGCAAUGGAAGUGAAAGUUUACAGCUGGAAACAAAAGCCCUAUUUGGCAUGAGAUGGGCAUCUCGUACUGAAUCUGCGGCAACAAAAAAAUCUUAUAAUGACAGCCAUUCUUGCAGUGGGGCUCUUUUGUUGUCUGUUGGAUUGCAAUGUCUGGGAUUGCAAACAAUGUUUAUAGCACAUUCAGGUCAGAAAUCCGCGUAACUGUACAUUAAUAAAGGUUUGUUUUUCAGCAGCAGGCAGGCUCUCAUUUGUUAAACAGUAGAUCUGUUUUAACAGUGACAGAAAUGAAGAGAAACAGUUCAAUGAGAAUCUCUCCUCCAGAAAGAGAGUUUCUCAGAGCACACUUAUUAUCUUAAGCCAGGCAAUUCUUCAUGGGGGGUUGCUAGGCUUUGGCCCUGAACAGUAGUGAACCAUUUGUAUCUUCGAAAUUAUGUAGUAUAAAGCGCUGGAAAGGGGACGUGGGUGGUGCUGUGGUCUAAACCACUGAGUCUCUUGGACUUGCUGAUCAGAAGGUCAGCGGUUCGAAUCCCCACGAUGGGGUGAGCUCCCGUUGCUCUGUCCCAGCUCCUGCCAACCCAGCAGUUUGAAAGCAUGCCAAAAAGUGCAAGUACACAAAUAGUUACCGCUCUGGCAGGAGGGUAAACAGCGUUUCCAUGCACUGCUCUGGUUUCAGUGUUCCGUUGCGCCGGAAGCGGCUUAAUCAUGCUGGCUACAUGACCCAGAAGCUGUACACAGGCUCCCUCGGCCUGUAAAGCGAGAUGAGCGCCGCAACCCCAGAGUCGUCCGCGACUGGACUUAACUGUCAGGGGUCCUUUACCUUUACCUUUUUACAGCGCUGGAAGGAGAGAACUAAUACUUUAGAAAUCAAACAAACUGCAGGUGUGUACUUUAUGCAAUCUUAGGUAUACCUUUUUGCAACCCAGUUUAAGUAUAUUCUCUUCUGAAAAGUGAGAUGCAAACAGUUUGAGUAAUUUUUAUUCCAUAGAAUCGUAGAGUAGGAAGGGACCCCAAGGCUCAUCUACUCCAACCAUCUUCAGUGCAGGAAUCUUGCCCAAUGCGGGGCUCGAACUCACGACCCUGAGAUUGAUAGUCUCACGCUCUGCUGACUGAAACUUUCUCCCCUACCUUUGGAGGCAAGCCCUUAACAACAGAAACGUUAGCAAAACAUCCGGCAUUGGCUCCAGCAACCAAAACAGAGGGCCUGUUGUUGUUUUUUCUGCACUAUUUUCCAUUCACAGUGGUACCUCAGGUUAAGAACUUAAUUUGUUCUGGAGGUCCGUUCUUAACCUGAAACUGUUCUUAAUCUGAGGUACCACUUUAGCUAAUGGGGCCUCCCGCCGCCGCACACUUUCUGUUCUCAUCCUGAAGCAAAGUUCUUAACCCGAGGUACUAUUUCUGGGUUAGCGGCAUCUGUAACCUGCAGCGCCUGUAACCCGAUGUACCACUGUAUUGUGCAGCAGGUGUAUGAUUUCUUCUGCACACUUUUGACAUCGGUAUCGGAAGCUUGGCAGUUCCGUUUGGCUGCCGAAAGGAGGAUCAUCUGUAAUGCAUAGAUCUGUUAGGGAGGUGAUGGGAAGGGCUCAGGGAUUCUCAUUGCACGGAAUAUAAAAAAAAGUACUCAAAAACAGGGUGGGGGGAAAAGCAAGGUUGAGAGGAGAGCAGCACCCCCCCUCCUUCACAGCUGCAUCCAAUCACACAGCUGGGCUGGCUAAGCGAGGACAGGAAAGAAGGAACGAGGGAGGGCAUCUCACGGAGGAGAGUUGCAGCUGAGAGGGUCUGCUCCAACUUGAUGCAAAAUGAAUGAGCUGCCGCCCCCCCACGGGUAUUCAACGCAUGUCGCCGAAGCAGGAGCAUGCAUAUGGCUGAGCUGAGAGAGCACUUUGCCCUGCCGAUGCCUGUGCAAAUGGGGAAUCGGGGAGUGUUGGGGGCUGCCUGGUCAGCCUGACGUGCCAGGCAUUAAAAAGCCCUCUCUGCUGCAAGAAGGAAUAAGGUAAGGAACUUAAAAAGGGGACCGCUCCCCUCGCACCCCGUCUGAUUACUACAGAUGCAUACAGUAUAAGCAGGAGCAAGUAGCCUUUUGUCUCCAGUAGCGCUCGUCUUCUCUGUGCAAAUUCAGGGCAGAGAUUCUUUAGGUUAAAGAUUGAGGGCAGGCAAGCAGCUUCUUAGAGUGAUAAGGGCAGGUUGAGCCUCUUGCUUUCCAAGAACGACAACUUAAUAUCAGAAUCGCAGCUGUAAUGGCCAGAUGGGACUUGCACUGUAAGUACAGUUUAUUCGCCGUUUCUGCUUUCAGGAGCUGGUGGUAAACUGAUGGACUGUUAGCUGACGACGAGACCCGUCUGAUGUUCAGCUGCUCUUAUUGUUCACUGUUCAAUUCGCCCAAAUAUCUGCCGUUCAUUGGCUGCAAUUACUAAGCUCUCUUAUAUCGACUUGCCUAAAUUGGCAGUUUUGUAAGCUCGGACGUAAUUUGUUCUCGAUCGCAACCGUGGAUGUAAUUGGGGAGGGGAAGAAAAUGCAAUGAAUUGCCAAGUUCACAAUGACUUUCUGGUGAUAGUGCAAAUGGGCAGUUACUUGUGCUCGUGGCAGAUAUAAUUGUUGGGAUGAAACCUAUCUUUACCAUUAGAGAUUUACUAAUUAUUUUUCAUUCAUAAUCAUCUCUUAUUUGAUAAGCAUGUAAGAGAACUUGCUCUUUCAAGAGGUGGAAUAACUUUAUUGUUCCUUUGAUAUAUAUUUCUAAUGUAUAUUUAAUAAUGAAUAUUAUCAGCUUUAGUAUUUAGAUACAUAUGUAUAUGCAUAGGUAAACAGGGCAGCUUUCCUUCGACACGAGAAAGUACAUGAUGGAAAGAUUUUUGGAUUCAGUUUGAUCAGUGAGAAAAUUCUGCUUUCUUAAUCCUUUCUGUAUCUGCUGAAGAAUGUGUAACUAGGGAGUUUAUUGACUUAUUAGCUGAUGUAUGGCUGCUAGGAAUCUUUAUUAAGCUGUUGGAGAGGGAAUGGAAGAGAGGAAAAACCCAUCAAUCUUCUGCUUUUCUUUCUAAUCACUCAGCACGUUCAUUCUUCAACUUGGAGUGUGACAUUUGUUGGGGGAAAGCUAUUUGGAUUGCCUGUUGUCUCUGCUUAUAUAUUUGUUUUCUGAGCAUAAAAGAAUAUUAAGUGCUGCUGAGUUUUUGUUCUACUGCAAUAAAACCCACAGCAAACGGCAUAUCUUAGAGCAAUGGCUUUAAUUACGUAUUUAUAGUUGUUACUUCAACAUUAACAUAAUUUUAACAACUGGGAGAAGAUGGGCUUUUUUAUUAUUCAUUCCUGAAGCAUUUCUUGGGAGGCGAAAUAAUAAUAAAUUAUUUACUCUGGAAAGGGAAUGUGCUUUCCUUUCCCUAACUUAAUCCCUGUGCUGUAUUUGUGGAACGUGCACAUCGGUGUGAAAAACUGUACAUGCAAUUUAUGGUCAACAAUAACCCCAACUCUAGAACCAUUUUAAUAUUGCAGCCAGGCAAGAUUUAAUGAAAAUUGCCAAAAGGAUGUUUAAAAUUUGUAACAUAAAUUAAUGUUUGGGCACAGUGGAUAUUUCAGUUAGAUCUUAAAACCCAUUAUGGGACUGGUACAGAUUAUUUUUAAUUCCAUUAAAUUGAAUUUUAUUCCAGUCUGGGUGUGGUAAUAAAAUGAAAGCUACAAUUUAUGUUGGAUAAAAUGCUGAAUAUCCUGGGCCAUGGUGCUAAUUUUAAGUUACUGAUAGAGGCAGUGAUCCAGAUUUACUAUACCCAUAUUAUGGGCUGAAUAAAUUGUCCCAUUUUAGUUUAAAGGCUUGUUCCAGACCCCUUGUGGCUUGUCUUAUAUGUAAAUGAGCCAAAUAAUCAAAAAGGGGGUGGGUGGGUGGGUGGGCGGUGGGUGUAAUUACUGCCUCUCCCAUAUACUAUUGAGAUCCUUUUGGGGAAGGUUGUGAUAUAAAUCAGAUAGGUAGAUUAACUUCUUUGCAUUUUUAACAUUUGAUUGUAAGCUGCUUUCUAGGAGCCCUCAGGACUGAAUAAGUAGCAUAUAAAAAAUUGUACAAAUAAUUUCAAUAUAUCAGAGCCAAAGGCGCUUGAUCCGGCCCAACUGCCUUCUAAAUCCGGCCUGCGGAUGGUCCAGGAAUCAGUGUGUUUUUACAUUAGUAGAAUGUGUCCUUUUAUUUAAAAUGCAUCUCUGGGUUAUUUGUGGGGCAUAAUAAUUCGUUCAGAUAGAUAGAUAGGUAGAUAGAUAGAUAGAUGGAUGACCGGCCCCCACAAGGUCUGAGGGACAGUGGCCUGGCCCCUGCUGAAAAGGUUUACUGACCCCUGGUCUAUGGCCUCCUUGACCAUCUUCACUGUGGUCAAGACAUAACCCACUGCCUGCAGAUCUGAUCUGAUAAAUCUUCAAAAGAGUUGUCACUCUUAAAAUACUUGUUUUCAAAAGGCCCCUAAUUUCCAUCAAAUGUAGUUGAUUGUCCCAGGCCCUUUUUAAAGACAGAGAGGACUAGACUGUUCAUUGGAGCUCCCUCUUUCUUGCUUCUGACUGCACCUCAGCUGGGGAAAAAUGUGUAAUAUCCUUUCAACAACCAUCUAUACUUGACAUCAAAAGCAGUGUGUUAAGACUUUGUCUCCAAAACUGAAAAUAUAUAUUUAUAAAUACUCUACACAAUAGUAGAAUAUAGCUGGACCAGAGUUUGGCGAUGCAGUGCUGGACUGGAACCUCUCUCUGCUUGGCUGCGGGUACAGCUAGCCAGAGUGGGAUGGAGGCAGCACUUUGGGAAGGAAAAAGAAAAGCAAAGUUGGGUGUUCAGCUGGAUAAGGAUAUAGCUCAUUCUUCAACAUCAGCUUCGUUGGACUGGUCAUGUUGUGCGGAUGCCUGAUGAUCGUCUUCCAAAGCAACUACUCUAUUCCGAACUUUAAAAUGGAAAGUGUAAUGCUGGUGGUCAACAAAAGAGGUUUAAAGACUGUCUAAGGGCAAAUCUAAAAAAAAAGUAGUAUAAACACCAACAAUUGGGAAACACUGGCCUGCGAGCGCUCCAGUUGGAGAACAGCCUUUACCAAAGGUGUCAUGGGCUUUGAAGACACUCAAACUCAGGACGCAAGGGAGAAACAUGCUAGGAGGAAGGCACGCUUGGCAAAUCCACACCAUGAUCAGCUCCUGCCCGGAAACCAAUGUCCCCACUGUGGAAGGACAUGUGGAUCCAGAAUUGGCCUCCACAGUCACUUAAGGACUCGUUGUUAAAACCGUGUUUAUGGAAGACAAUCUUACUCGGCUACAAGUGAUCACCAAAGAUCGCUCCUGGGCUGUGGGGGUGGGGGGGUGUAAUUGUAAAAUCCAGUCUGAGGAAAAUAUAGCCAGAUAAGGAAGUCUCUGAGCUUAGUCUGAAACGCAGUAAUUAGUGUCUUUUUAGGAAUAUACAGGCAAGAGAAAAACUGGGAAGCUGAAUUGGGGACAGGAGAAGUAGAGUUAGUAGGGAAAACUCUACUUGGGUCUCAAUUCAAUAAUAAAGGGAUAGAACUUCUGGAAAGAAAAGGAUCCCAAACCAGUGUGGUGUGGUGAACCCCUGGUCUGUUAUAAUACUAGAUAAUGUUCAGGAGUGUGAUUUAUAGAAGUCAGGGAAACCAACAGAAAAUACCACCUUGUUUAAGAACCCAAGUAUUAAGACCUAAAUAUCUUCGCAGAAGCUUACGAAAAGCUUGGCCUAUCACUCAAAAUCCAAAAAACCAAAGUGCUGCACCAACAAGCACAAAACUACCCCUCUGCAGCACCACAAAUCCAACUCAAUGGUGUGAUGUUGGAAAGUGCCAAUCACUUCUCCUACCUGGGCAGUUAUCUUUCCACAAGGGCCGACAUUGAUGCUGAAAUCCAGCAUCACCUGAGCUCUGCGAGUGUGGCUUUCUCCCAAUUGAAGCGCAGAGUGUUUGAGGACUUUUGCAGGGAAACCAAAAUGCUUGGGAAACCAAUAGCUUUACAAAGCUAUUGUACUACCCACCUUGCUGUACCCUUGCGAAACAUGGACCACUUCUAAACGCCAUCUCCAACUCCUCAACGGUGUCUCCGAAAAUUUUUACACAUCACUUGGGAAGACAGGCGAACUAAUGCCAGUUUACUGGCAGAAGCAAAGAUCACUAAUGUCGAAGAAAUGAUUUUUCAACAUCAACUUUGUUGGACUGGUCAUGUUGUGCGGGUGCCUGAUUAUCGUCUUCCAAAGCAACUACUCUAUUCUCAACUUAAAAAUGGCAUGUAUAAUGCUGGCAGUCAACAAAAGAAGGUUAAAGACUCUCUCGAGGCAAAUCUUUUUAAAAUGUAGUAUAAUCGCUGACAAUUGGGAAACACUGGCCUGCAAGCUCUCCAAUUGGUGAACUGUCUUUACCAAAGGUGUCAUGGGCUUUGAAGACACUCAAAACUCAGGACGAAAUGGAGAAACAUGCUAAAAGGAAGGCACGUUUGGCAAACCCUCACCGUGAUCAACUCCUGCCCGGAAACCUAUGUCCUCACUGUGGAAGGAUGUGUGGAUCCAGAAUUGGCCUCCACAGUCACUUACAGACUCGCUGUUAAGAUUGUGUUCAUAGAAGACAAACUUACAGUGGUGCCUCGCAAGACGAAAUUAAUUCGUUCUGCGAGUUUUUUCGUCUUGCAAAUUUUUCAUCUUGCGAAGCAAUGCACCCUGAGUAUUAACGGUUUUAAGAAGAAGAAAAAAAGAAACAAACUUGCAAGACGUUUUCGUCUUGCGAAGUAAGCCCAUUGGGAAAUUCGUCUUGCGAAGCAACUCAAAAAACCAAAAACUCUUUCGUCUUGCGAGUUUUUCGUCUUGCGAGGCAUUCGUCUUGCGAGGUACCACUGUACUUGGAUUGAUCGCCAAAGAAGAAGAUUGAGACCUAAGCUGUAGCACCUAUACAAUUAGCUUAAGAUGCUGAAGUGAAAAGAAGCUGUGUGUUUACCACCUUGUUUAGAAGCUUGUAACAUCCACAAUUUUUUGAGAGACAUCUCUUGCAACAUCUUUUCUUUUAUCAAUUUUGUUCUUAAAAUAAAUUGUUUUUCUGUUUAACUUCUCUGUGUCUCCAAUUGCCAGAGCUUUUUCUUUAAACAAACGAAAAGCCAAUAGUAAAGGUUUGCCUCAAAUGGUUUUGGUUGCCGUGCUUAGCAUUCCUGUAUCCUGCGUCUCUUUCCAUGAUUCAUCAUGAAAUACCACAUACAAAGUUACGAAACAUGUUCACACAUAACAAAUUAUAUCCAGGCUCUUGUAGCCAAUACCCCUUUUCUGAUCUGCUUGGUUGCAAAUUCAGAUAUGAAAUUACAGAAGAAAUUUCUCUCAAAAGAUCCCAUUCUGUAGAGAGAACAGAUAGUGAGGACUGCCUUGAUGGAACUGUUGUUGACCGUAAUUUAAUAAGGGAUUGUUGUUGGGGUUGGCAUACUUGAAGAAGGCGGGAAACCAUGGCAACAUUAGGAAAUGAUUCAGCCAGUUCCUUAUUGUACAUUACAGUGGUACCUCGGUUUACGAACUUAAUCCGUUCCAGAAGCCCGUUCUUAAACCGAAACUGUUCUUAAACUGAGGCGCACUUUCCCUAAUGAGGCCUCCCGCCGCCAGUGCCCUUCCACCAUUCAGAUUCCAUUCUUAGACCAAGGUAAAAUUCGCAAACCGGGACACUACUUCCGGUUUUGCAGAGUUCAUAAACCGAAUAGUUUGUAAACAGGGCUGUUCUUAAACCGAGGUACCACUGUAUUUUGAUUUGGAACGAUCUCUCUCUGGUGAUUUAUCUGGCCUGUGGCCUUGACUCUUUCCAGGAAAAGCGGAACGAGACAGAGGGAACCACUUGCUACUUUUGUUGAUGAAUUGUGUGGAUUGUCUCACGCACAAUAGCUCCAGGUGCCCCUUAUUUAUUAAACAUUGAUUUAAGGAUUCUUCAGACCAGCCACACGACUCUGGUCCCAUUAAGCGGAAAGGGGGAACCCCACUUGUGGAAAUUUCCGUCGGCUCCAGUCAACAUGGGGAGUCGUGAGUGCUGAUGGCGGUUGUAACCUAGGAAAAUCUGAGCCAGACAUUUCCCAAUAUUCCUUUAGAUAAUCAUUACUGAUAAAAAUAUGAAAGCCAUAGUAUUAUCCCUACCAGGGUCCUUUAAAUAGCCAUGGAUUCUGUAGACACCCACAGCAACACCAGCUGUUUCCAUUUCAGAUCUAGUAGCUUGAUAUUUUGAUGCAAGAAACAGUUGCUGGCCCUACAGGGGCUUGUUCAUUUUGGGGCUAAAAACGGCUUAGAUGCAUUUCCCACAGUGCGCUCAGUAUUUUUUCCACAGUCUUGAAAAAGCCAUGGUUCAUUUACGAUUAAGGCAGAGUUGAAAGCCCCACUUUUUGCCUUCUAUAAAAUAUACGAUUCGACUUUAGCCUUGAGGGGAAUUUCUUGAAAAACACAGACAUUCAGCCAAGCCUGGAUCAUCCAGCUGUGAAAGUAUGCCAGCUGAAUGGGUUUCUAUCUUGUGUGGAAUUAAUUAUUAAGUUGCAAGAAGUCCACGACACCACAUAGAGAAAUAGGAUUAAUUUCCAAACUGUAACAUCCCCAGCAGUUACAAAACAGCUUUUCAACCCUGAUCCAGAGCAUAUUUACUCAUAAGUAAGUCUUAAUGAGUUCAGUAGGAUUUGCUUUUGAUUUCAAUCAAUGGCUGCAACCCUGCGCACACUGAUGUGGCAGUUAACUCCAUUGAACGCAGUGGGAUUUGCCUCUGAGUCCCUGCUCCUGCCAACCUAGCAGUUCGAAAGCACGUCAAAGUGCAAGUAGAUAAAUAGGUACCGCUCCGGCGGGAAGGUAAAUGGCGUUUCCAUGCGCUGCUCUGGUUUGCCAGAAGUGGCUUAGUCAUGUUGGCCACAUGACCUGGAAGCUGUACGCCGGCUCCCUUGGCCAAUAAAGCGAGAUGAGCGCCGCAACCCCAGAGUCAGUCACGACUGGACCUAAUGGUCAGGGGUCCCUUUACCUUUACCUAAACAUAUUUAAGGUUGCACUGUUAGAGAUUCAGGCAUCAUUGGGGAAGUUCUGCUGUUUUCUGAGCAUCUGUUUUUAUGGCUUGAAUGCGAGAUAGAUAGAUAGAUAGAUAGAUAGAUAGGAAUACUGAAAUUCUCUUGGAUCAGGAGAAAUAUUGGGAGGGAUUUGGAGAGCAAGCUUUUUUUUUCAUUUUCUUUCCCCGUUGCCUUUCUCUAAAUAAAUAUACGGACCAUGAACAUGCCUUCAGCAGCAACUGGUAAAGGUAAAGGGACCCCUGACCAUUAGGUCCAGUCGUGGCCGACUGGGGUUCCAGCGCUCAUCUCGCUUUACUGGCCGAGGGAGCUGGCGAACAGCUUCCGGGUCAUGUGGCCAGCAUGACUAAGCCGCUUCUGGCGAACCAGAGCAGCGCACGGAUAUGCUGUUUACCUUCCCGCCAGAGCGGUACCUAUUUAUCUACUUGCACUUUGACGUGCUUUCGAACUGCUAGGUUGGCAGGAGCAGGGACCGAGCAACCGGAGCUCACCCCGUCACGGGGAUUCGAACCGCCGACCUUCUGAUUGGCAAGUCCUAGGCUUUGUGGUUUAACCCACAGCGCCACCUGCGUCCCUUCAUUUUCUUUCCCCAUUGCCUUUCUCUAAAUACAUAUAUGGACCAUGAACGUGCCUUCAGCAGCAACUGGUAGAAACAGGCAAGCUGCAUCAUUGGAGCUGCUGACAUUAGAAUGGCUACGUUGAUUUCAGGCAAGGAGCAAAUGGAAACAGGAGGUGUGGUCAUAGGGCACACACAAGGAAAUGCUGUCAAACAUGUAAAGAGCUGCCCACAGAACUGCGCCACCAUAAUGUACUUCACUACAUUAACUGUUGGGCAAUGAGCGUUUUUACAGUGGUUUUCCCCCUUAUCAGAGGAUCAGAAGAAUCUGGAUUCGGUUCCAAAAAGGUGUAGGCUGGCAUUUAGAUAAGGAUGCUAGGGGCACGUGUGGCAUCAAAUCCACAUUAAUCUUUUGUAUGGACCAAGCCCUUUCCUUCCAUUUAUAAAAUAGCCCGUUGCCCUAUUUUUUCAGGAUGGAUGUACUUGUUCAGAAUGCAUCACCCUACCUGUGUCACAAGUAUUUACAUUAUAUAUAUAGAUUACGUGGGAAAAUAUUAUGGCAAGAAAAUAAUCGUAACAGGCUGACAAUACUCAGCAGUAGAGGUUACAAUGUACAAUGUACAAUGUAAGGUAAUGAAAACAACUUAGUAGAGAGAAAAAAACACAGUUGAAAACAUAGCAGAUAGGAAACCAGAAAAAGAGUGGGAGGGGAGUAAAAGUUAAGAUUUAUAAGAGUCAAAUCAGUUGGAGGAAUAAGUUAUAUUACCAUUAAUAUUUGUGUGUGUGUGUCUUAUAUUUAGGUAAUUUUCUUUCUUAUUAUCCUGUGUAUAUAUGAGCGCCACAACUCCAUAGUCGCCUUUGACUGGACUUAACCGCCCAGGAGUCCUUUUUUACCUUUUACCUUAUGCGUUGAUAAUAUGAUAAAACAGUAAAGCAAUUGAAAUUAUUUUUUAAAGAAGAAUUUACAUGUUAUUGAUUAGUAAAGAAAAGUCAGCCUGCAAAAAAAUUUUCAGCAGUAUAUUAAUAAAUUUAUUUGAUGAGACCUCUAGAGCAGUUAUUCAGUGAUCUUAUGUGGCACUUUUUUUUUUUUUUUUAAAGCAGCAACUCCUGAGAGCGGAGGAAAUAGGGAAGUUAUGAAUUUGAGAUCUUGACUAUUGGAAAGACAGCAGAAAGCAAUAGGUUCAUGUUUGCGCAAGGGCUCCAGUGCAAACUACUGUUAAAACAUAUGCAGUUGGUCAGCCAGUCACUAUAAGCAGUGGAGCAGAGUUUGCAGUAAUGGAAUAUUCUCUUUUGGAGAAAUGGUGUAGUCCAGCCUUUCUCAACUUUCUUCCCUCCAGGUGUUUCGGACUUCAGGCUGGGGCUGAUGGAGAAGGCUGAACUAGAUCUAAAGUAUGGAUCUAAUUUAUGUCUGGAUCUAAAUUAUGUCAUGGAAUAUUUGCCAGUUGACAAAAAGAAGGGUGUCGUCGCAUGCUAUUUAUGGCAGAUACUUCAAAUUCUUUACAUGUCUGACUGUUCCUGGCUUGGGUACUGAUAGAACUGGAGUGAAGUGACCAAAGGUUCGGAGGAAGAAAUAACCAUUGUGAUUAUAGAAGGGAGUUUCAUACAGUAUUGCAGAGACACAAGUUUGUAGUUGUGCUUUUCGAUUCUCUUUUCUUGUCCAUAUGUUUUUGUGCUAUACAGUGGUACCUCGGGUUAAGGUCUGUUCUUAACCUGAAUCUGUUCUUAACCUGAAGCACCACUUUAGCUAAUGGGGCCUCCUGCUGCUGCCGCGACGCCGGAGCAUGAUUUCUGUUCUCAUCCUGAAGCAAAGUUCUUAACCCAAGGUAUUAUUUCUGGGUUAGCGGAGUCUGUAAUCUGAAGCAUCUGUAACCUGAAGCGUAUGUAACCUGAAGCGUAUGUAACCUGAGGUACCACUGUAUAUCAUUAACUUGCUUGUGUCCUUUCUACUCUUGUGUUUUGCACAUUUGGCAUGUUCUGGAAAUAAGUGGCGGCUUAUAGCUAAUGCAAAUAAAUAAUAUUUGUUUAUUUAUGAUUCACCCUUCCUCAGAAGAGCUCAUGGUGAUGCACAUGUAAUGUUGGAAGUGCCAGCAGAAGGACUGUUCUAAAGGUUAAUUAGCCACUACAGGGAAGAUCCAUCUGUGGUUUCGAGCAUCCAUAGGGACUUAGCAUGAAAAGGACAUUGCAGAUAUUGCAGCACCCCCACCCCCACCCCAGUUCUUUAAGCAUUGCAAGCAAAGGGUGUGUAAAAUAGCCACAGCGACUUUCGCAGAAGCGGCAACAUUUUUUAAAAUUUGUAUGCUGCCUUUCCAUACUAAGCCAUGCUCAAGAUGGCUUAAGUAGGAGAUGUUAAGUCAACUCUCCCCCCCCCCCCCGCUAAAUUUAUUCUUCAAAUCUGUAGCUGGAAACAGUCGGUGUGGCAUUAUCUUUCAGACAUCUGCCUCUCUGCCUUCCUAACUAUCAAACAAUGAAAUUAAGUUACCCGCGUGUGAAAUGCUACCAAGAGCCUGAAGCAAUAGUUCUGCAAAUAGUGAACUCCAUGCACUCAGUAAUAUCUCAUCCAGUUUUGAUUUAAAUUCCAUUAUGUUUGCCGUCUUAAACACUAGGGUUUUUUUUUUUAAUGCUGUGUGAGCCUGAAUUUCUAUAUCCACAUGUAACAUUAAGCCAAGAAACUUGGCUUGGUAGACCAUAAUAUGUGUGGGAUGUGUGCUAGUGGACUUUACGGCUUUACUCCCUCCCCUUAGAGCAAAACAAACUGCAAUCCUGGGUUGAGCCCGUAACAUAAAGCUAUCUGCUUCUUGGUUUAUUUAGGCUAUUACUGAGCUUGUGGCAAAAGCAGGAUUUGAACCAGCUGAAACUGUUAACUACUGCACUUCACUAUAUUUAACUUAAAUUUAUGUUUCUUCUUCACUGGCUGUAACAGCUAAUACAACUUCCUUUGCAUUUCCCCCCUUUUUAAAUAAUCCCAAAUGUCUAUAAAUGUUACAUCUUCUACUUUACAUCAUUUUUUUUAAAGCCCAGCCAUUCUCUUUCAUCCUCCAAAGCCAAAGCGAAAAAUAAAGAAAUGCAAAUAACAAAAAAUGGAUGAGAAUUUUGAAAAAGCGUAGGACGUUCGAAAUGCUGAAGCAGCCUUCGUGCAGUAGCGUUAAUGCCAUGAUUUCCUUGAUGUUGUCUCUUUAAAUGCAAUCUUCUUCUGCAAGCGCAAGGAUUGUUGUGACUGGCUUUCCGUAGACACUUCUGCCAACCGCUUCCCUUAUUUGUGUGUGAUAUUUUAAGCCUAUCCUCCACAGCUGAUAUUUCUGGGCUGCUGGUCUUCUAAAUUCAACUGAUACCUGUUGGCCUCAAUUGUAUGUUUCCAAAAAUACUUACAGACUCGGUCAUAAAAAAAGAAUUUAUCCUAGAAUAAUGGCUGGAUGGAAGCAGAAUAGAUUCAGUGCACCUUCGUAAGGAAAACCAGGCAAGGAGCAUCGAGUGACUGGGGCUGUCUGUGUGAAUGUUUUCUAACUCUCUCUUUCUGCUCUGUUUUUCCAUGCUUUUCCGGGAUUCAGAGAGAGGUAAAUUGUUUUUCUCUAUUCUGUUUUCUUCCUGUCUUUCAUCACCAGCAUUAGCUGUUGUUGCCUUGCAAAUCCAUACUACUGACGCAAAUGUGUUUCUUGCCAUUAGCACCGUAAUCAAGUAAGUUCCCCUUUUGCCUUAUCAAAUGGCAGUUCUCCAGCCCCUUUAGAUAGAUGCAUUUUAGAAGCCAACUCAAAUGUUAUCUGAAAGAAAAAUAUUAAAAUACCCAUCUCCAAGGUGGGGGAAAGGAUUUUCCAUUCAGUCUGGUUUUGUUUGCAUGAUCCUAGAUAUUCGGUCCCAAUGCUGAAUCUAGCUGAAUCUAACAGAAAUAUAUUUUAAAAACCCAUUAAAUUAUACACCUAGGCUGUAGACCUGGGAAGAACAUAGGUGCCUGCCUCGCUCCUGAUAAACAGGUAUUCUUCCAGUGAGCCUGAGCUCCUGAUCUGUCUCUAGAAGGAAUGUUUAGGCUCCCUCAGAUAUCUCAUGCUCCUUUUUUAAAAAAAGAAAUAGGGGUCUGGGUUGGGUCUUAAAACAAGGAUUGCCCUCCUAAAACUUGCCUGCUAGGCCUCAGAAGGGUCAUUCAACAUUUCUUUGGGAAUCAGACUUUAUCAUUUCCUUUAUAACCUUACAGACUUCUGGAAACGAGCAAGACUUUGCAAUUUGUGAACAUUCAAGUCAUUUCCACAUAUUACCUUUUUCCCCCAGACACAAAGAUUAAACUUAUAAUCAAGAGACAGAGAAGUAGCAUGAGAUACAAUGAGAGCAAAAGAAAUGUUAAAUUUGCCACAGUGUAUGUAUCACAAACCCUGUUGCUUGUCUUUUUCCAUUAUUCUUAAAAGGCCACAGAUUUGCAUUAGGAAAGGAUAGAGAGUUUGGACAAGUGGGAACUGCAACAUAAUAUUGCAGCAUGGAGCCUGUGUGUUCAGGAUAUUCCGUUCCCUUCCUCCUCCUUCCUGGUUUUCCAUUUCCUGCUGAUACCUCCCUCUUGUGCCUGAAUGGUCUUUUGCAAACCUGCUGUUAGCACUGCAUUGAAAUAGUGAUGCUUUUAUACCAUGCUUAUUGAAUUAAGGUGAAUAUCUUUUUGCUAGUUUAUUCAGUCUGUGAAGGGGUGGGUGGCCUGGCUAGGCCUAAAUGGCCUCUCUGAUCCCUUUCAUCUCUGCAGUCCACCUUUCAAUUAUUCUAAAUUUCCAGAUCCCAUUGUAUGUGUUGCAGGACUGGUCAGGAUUAUUUAAGAGAAGUCUGAGGUUGUAUUCUUAACAGAGCUCAGUACUUUUAAAAGUCACUGGCUUUGAUACCAUCAGGGAGUUCUUCUCUUCAAGGCUAAAGCUCUGUGAGCCACAACAGUACAAUCUUCUUACAAUGCCCUGGAGGGAACAAUGCCAGGGGGAUAAGAUAGCGGUUUUCCUGAGUAUUUAUUUUUCAUGGACUUUAUGGAAGAAUUGAAAAUCCACUGUUUUGCUUAAGGUGGAAAAGAAUUGUAGCGCUGAAAUUCUGAAAGACAGAUGAGAAAGCAGAGAUCUGACAGAAUUGCACAAGACAAUGGAUAACUCAGGCUGAAGGCUACAGUUUGAUAGGAAGACAUUAUUCUCUGUGUGAUUUGUUUUGCUCUGCACCAGAACAAAACAAACACCAGGGCAUGUUUACAUGAGUGUCAACUUUUGCAGAAUCAGUGUAACUUAACGCACAAAAUAGUUAAUAAGCUUUCAUUUAACCAUGAAUUACAACUCGACUGGCGUGCUGAUGAAGCUAGAGAAAUCACAUACAGAAAUGAUAUAAAAGGAUAAGCGGUGAAAUGUGUUGCGCUCUUGAGGGCAUCUAAUUUUCCUCAGAUCAAGCAAGUUUCUCAUGAGCAGGAAGGAAGCGUCCAUGUGGCCGACAUGGAAACUCAAGUAUGUCCAUGAAUUAAUGACCCAACGUACAAGGGACAGGGCCCUUUGCACCUCUCAAAACACAGUUGCAUGACAAUUCAGGGUUUCUCUAUGCAGCAUUUACUUCCACAAUAUAAGUUCUUAGUGUGGCCAGCAUCUCUGAACCAAACCCACCGACUCUGUUGUUGAUGAAAAGUAGGAGGGGCCUGGAGAAAAUGAGCCUCUCGCUGAAUAACUACAGGGUUGGUACUUAUGUUGCCAAUCUCACAGGUCAGGUACUAGGGCCAAUUGUGGGUUUGGGUUUUUUUAAGUGUCUAAUACAGUGGUACCUUGCUUCUCAAACUUAAUCCGUUCUGGAAGUCCAUUCCAAAACCAAACCGUUCCAAAUCCAAGGCGCGCUUUCCCAUAGAAAGUAAUGCAAAAUGGAUUAAUCCGUUCCAGACAUUUAAAAGCAGCUCCUAAAACAGCAAUUUAACAUUAAUUUUACUAUUUAACAAGACCAUUGAUCCAUAAAAUGAAAGCAACAAUGUACUGCAGUCACAUAAUCAAUCAAUCAGUAGCUGAACUGGGUUCCACAUAGUCACAAAAGCAAAACAAAAAAAGAGCCACAAAAACACAAAAUAAAUAGAAAAAACAGACAGACCUCAGCAUAUCACUCAAAUCGGAAGUGUGGCACUCAAAACGGAAGUGUGGCACUCAAAACAGAGCACAUUUGGCUUCCGUAAAAAGUUUGCAAACACUUACUUCCGGGUUUGCAGUGUUUGGGUUCCAAGUUUCACUGUAGUUAAUUCGUACACUAUACACUUACCUUGUCUGAAUCCACUCUGAAGCUCAUCGGCCACUCCAAGAAUAAUCUUUAAAUCUACACGUCAUUUUUCUUUGGAGUGUACCGGUAGACAGAAAAAUAUUUGACGGGAAGAAUUCUUAGCAAGGUUAGCUUAUUGUUGUUGGUUAUAAAUGAAUUCUGCAAGCAAAUGGAUUUGUGACAUGUUAAUGCUAAGCAACAAUCGACAACAAACAAUAAUGAAAAAGAAGAGUGGGACUGAAUCUCCAAAGGCAGUUUAAACGCCACAUGUGAAAACAGUCAUUGUUUGCAAGACAGUGGAUCAAUUGAGAACGCAGGAGCAGGGAAUGGCUGCGCCCUUGGGAAGCUUCCUAUGUGCAAUGUUUUAAAGGCUUAUAAAAGUGGGACUUCUUGCUAAAACCCUAAGCAUGAAUUUGUGGCUGCAGCCCCUUCAUUUUUCUAAUAAUAGAAAUUCUUUCCGGCUGAAUUUAAUCCGGAUGUCUCAAGGGGCAGUAGUAUAAUGACGUUCAUACCAGGCAGUGGUCACAUAAAUUCUGUUUUAUGUCGCUACAUAACCAUCAUUGCAUGGUUAAAUGAUGCCUAACUGGGUGUUAAAUAAGCACAGCCAUCCAAUUAGUCCCAAAGAAUAACCAUUUAAAAGAAUUAAAGUAAAAGAAUGGAGUAUCUCUUCCCCGCCCCCAAUAUUUGUUCUAUUUCAUCAUUUUUCUUUCAGUCGAAGAGGUUAUUUUUCUCCCCUGGGCACCUUGUUCUGUAAUAAGCUGACCAGAGUACCUUAAAUUAAAAGGAUUAUUUUGUGCUUGGGCUAAUCAACAAAGCCGCAGCCUUGCAUACCAUAACAUGUAAUUGAUUCUCUCCCCUCCAGCCCUGCCAAGAAAUCUCCCUUGUUUUCCAGAUUCGGUUCAGAAUAACAGCUCAGUCUAGUUUUAGCUGAUAAUUGCCGUUACUACCAGGCAGAGUGUAUGCAUAAAGAAUUAAUAUUUUGGUGAACGGCUGUUUCUGCAUAAAACAGUACGUGGCAGGUGUUGGAAAACUAUGCUCAGGGGCCUCGUUUGGCAACCGUUUUUAAUAGGAGGCAUAUUUUGCAUUGAGCAAUGUUGAGAGAGCAGCCACGUUGACUCCACCUGUUAACUUGUUCCUGAACCAGGCGAAACAGAUAGACAAUGGUUUCUUCUAAAGAGCAAAAUAGGUUCCCUCAGUCACAGCUGUGUCCCUUUUGUCCGGACUCCAAAGCUCCUUCAUGUGGCGCUCAGUUGCCUAUCUAGCUGCUGAGGGUGAAAUAACUGCAUCCCCUCUCUUUCCGGGCACUCCUAGUUGCGAUUUAAAGAAAUGAAAAAGGCGGAAGGCUCACCAAAUUCGACACACAAACCCAAAGGGCAACCAACUCCCAGCUAGAGGGAGAAUCAGUGGGCCUGACUUAGGAAGAGCAUAACCAGCAAAAAGGGAUCGUAAGAAAAGCGAAGCGAGGGCUCUACCAUGUAGCCUUGGGGCUGGUCUGAGUUUACAAUUUGAAGCAAACAAAAGUAGUUGCACAGGAAUGUAAGUUAUAAGCAGCAUGGCUUAUAACUUUUGUCACACUUGCAGCGCCUGUUGUUUCCUCUGUGGCCUCCUCUCAGCGCAGAACCGCAUCCUUCUGUCCUGUGCCCUUUAGCAGAUCUUGCCAAGCUCACUUCAGCCAUUUCAUUUCUCUCCUCAGCCUCUACACAGUGAACACCCCCCCCCAAAAAAGACCCAACCCAAAUACAGUGGUACCUUGGUUUACAAAUGCAAUCUGUUCCGGAAUCCAUUCUUAAACCAAGGCAUUCUUAAACCAAGGUGUGUUUUCCCAAAGCAGCAGGGGAGUCAGUUUACAAAUGGAACACACUCAACAGGAAGCGAAACAUGUUCUUAUUCCAAGGCAAAGUUCGCAAACCGACACCUACUUCUGGGUUUGCAGCGUUCUUAAUCCAAGUUGCUCAUAAACUAAGCUGUUCUUAAACCAAGGUACCACUGUAAUAACUUAGGUGCAUUAGGCCAGGGUUUACCUAGUCUUAACAUACUACCUCUGAUAAGCUUACAAGCUGGGUAUGAAGGUCGUCCCAUGUUGUUUAUCCUCUGCAUCCAAGAAAGCCAAUUGUACUUCUUUUUGUCACAGCUUUUUGCUGAGAGUGGGGACUAUCAAGUAUAGGAAUCCAGCAAAAAGGGAGUGAAUACUGGGUCCAUGUUAAAGAAUUUCUAGAUUCAUCUGUGACCUAGCUGGACCUUUAUACAGCAUGACCUUCUUUUUUUCUUUUUUCUUUUUUUUUGCCUCUAGGACUUCCAUAAUCCAUAAUCCGACAUUUUCAUUGCCCCUGCCCCUCACUCCCUACUGAAGUACUAUUGUGGUGAAUCUUUAUUUAUUUGUCAGUUUCCUCUGAGUAGCUCAAGGAGCCAUAAUUCUCCCCCUCCCAAUUCUACCUUCACAACAACCUUGUGAGGGAGGUUAGGCUAAGAGACAGCCACUGGCCCAAGAUUGCUCAGUGAACUUCCCAGCCGGUUUCACCAGUACACCACACUGGCUCUCAUAGCAUUGGACUGGGGAGACUGGUAUUCAAAAGCCUGAAAGUUCUUUGUGUGACUAGGAACCAGUCACUUCCUCUCAGCCUAAUCUCACCUCGGGGCAGUUGUGAGGAUUAAAUGGAAUAUAUGCAUGCAUGCCACCUCAGCGAGAGCCAAAUGCAAAAAGGUUUCUGAUCUCCUUGCCUUACAAAGAACUGUCCCGAUGCAGACGUCUGCCUCUUCUUCUAAGUUUCCCAGCAUGGAGCUGGGAAGCCUGUAAAUUCCUUAGUAAAUCAGGUAAACAGUUUGCCCAUAAAUCUCUCCUCGUAUUAAUCCGUUUGAAAUGAGCUAAUGCAGAAUUGAGGUUAACAGAGCAAAUGACCCAGAAAGGAUUCCACAGUAAGAGAGAUAGAUAAGAAAGCCAAGAUGAAGGGCUCCGGUGAUGUAUUCAAUAUUGAACACUUCUGUAUCUGCAAAGACCGUAACCUUUCCCCCUCCCCGGCCUUUGUGCAAGAGAUUAGCAUUGUCACGGAUGCUCAAGGUCACCAUACCUUGGUGGCAGUACAGGGAAGGGGUGAAUUGUUGCUACAGAACGGCUUACAUGGGAGGAAAGUGUUUCAGGCGUAGCAGCUUUCGAACCUAUCUCUUUCUCUCCAGCAGCCUUUAAACAGAAUCUACUCCAGGGGAGUGCCCUUGCAAACUGCGCCUACGGAUUUUCCUGAGCCUCCCUAACUGAUAGGAUUAAAUAUUGAAGUCGCCCUAUCAUUUGGACCUUGCCAGAAGGAAGGAUCCACAUUUGAUUGCUAAUGCUGAUGGAUAAUUUUGCAGCAGAUGGUUGCCGGUCCCUUCCGCCCUCCCAUCCCCAGUGAUACCUGCCGUUGCCAUUUCUUUGCUUGUGGUGACAGCUUUGCCCCCUUUGUGGAAUCAUGGCAUGUAUAGAAAGAUGCACUUCUUAUAGCCUUUAGCAUCUCAGGCCUCCAUGGGGACUUCUAAGGAAGAGAACUGAGGCAGGGUGAUCAUUUCAGAGCAGCGGGGAGCAAACAGUGUCUCCCUAAGCAGAUUCUCUGCAAAGGUUAAAGGCCUGGUCUUGGAUAUGUUCAGGAUCAAGUGACAAAAAACGCAGUCUCCAUUAAGAGCAUUUGUUGUGAUUACUUUUCAUCUGUAUUAAGAGCAUCUGAUUGUGGUUAUUAUAACACGGAUAUCAGUACAUUCCAAACCUUUAUUAUUAUUAUUAUUAUUAUUAUUAUUAUUUUAUUUUAUUUUAUUUUAUUUUAUUUUUUGAUCAUAGGAAUCUGCCUUACAGCAGGUGAGGCCCUUGAGUUAAGUAUUGUUGACUGAUUGGCAAGAGCUCCCAAGACUUUUCAGGCCCGUGUCCUUGCCAGCACUCCCUGGGGACACCAAAGGUUGAACCUGAAACCUUCUGCAAAGAGAGCAUGUGCUCUGCUACUGCGACAAAGGGAAUUGUGCUUUGGAAUCCCUCACUAAGACGCAGGCCCAUUUAAUUGUUUUUAUGGCGAUAGAUAAGGGAUGUGGGUGGCGCUGUGGGUUAAACCAGAGAGCCUAGGACUUGCCGAUCAGAAGGUUGGCGUUUCGAAUCCCCGCGACGGGGUGAGCUCCCGUUUCUCGGUCCCAGCUCCUGCUAAUCUAGCAGUUUGAAAGCACAUCAAAGUGCAAGUAGAUAAAUAGGUACCGCUCCAGCGGGAAGGUAAAUGGUGUUUCCGUGCGCUGCUCUGGUUCACCAGAAGCGGCUUAGUCAUGCUGGCCACAUGACCCAGAAGCUGUACGCCAGCUCCCUCGGCCAAUAAAGCGAGGUGAGCCCCGCAACCCCAGAGUCAGCCACAACUGGACCUAAUGGUCAGGGGUCCCUUUACCUUUACCUUUAUGGCGAUAGCUAAUAAUUAUGUGGAACGGGUAAGUUCUGACCAUUCAGUUGUCACCUUUAAGAACCUAAGAAUAGCUUGCUGGAUCAGGACAAUGGUCCUGUUUUGACAGUGGCCACCAGGCACCUUUGGGGAGCCUGCAGGCAGAAUGCAAGCACAAGACCACAUUCCUCUCCUGUGGUUUUUAUUCAGAAUCUGGAGGCAAGAGCAUAGCCGUCAUGAUCUUUGUUUCUUUGCGUUCUUUUUGAAGCAGGUAUUUCCGUGGGUGAUACUGCUUUGAAUAAGGUAAUUAAUUUUGUUUGUACAGAGACUUUGCCUAUGUAGCAAGAGACCGAGAGACGAGGAUUUUGAAGUGCCACGUGUUUCGAUGUGACACGCCAGCAAAAGCCAUUGCCACAAGCCUGCACGAAAUCUGUUCUAAGGCAAGCUUUCUUCUUGUUGUUUUCAUUCUAUCCUCUCCCCUUUCCUGUGCAAACAUACCCCCAUACGACACUCCCGAGCGUGUUACAUGAAGUCUCCCUGAUUUCAGGGCAAUCUAUUUCCGUGCCAUUUAAGAGUAUAGGUCCAAACCAAAGCUUCCACACAAACAGUUGCCCGGCAUACAUUUCUGUGCAGGAGAAACUGCUUCUAAAGAUAACGUUUAGCAGCAGAGGAAAGAGGGCUCAACACAUUCUAGGGCUGACCUGUUGACAGUAUCCUAUGGGAGGCUAUGGAAAGAAAUGGCCCACAUAAGGUGUGUAGCGUUUUAUCAACACCGCUAGCUCAGAGGGGAGACAUAAAAGGUAUUCCAAUGGUACGUGAAGUGCCUAUAGCCUUUGUCCUUAUCACUGCUUACACUGCGGACAAGAUCUCCGUACUCAAUUGUUCUGCCCCCAAAAGUCAUGGGGGUUGUUACAGAGUACCAGAUUGCACAUAACUUUUAUAUAUUAAGCUUUUUGAUGUGGUGCAUUUGGUAAAGGUAGCGAAAACCUCCCAUCCCUGUAAAGUUUUCCACCACCUCAAAUAUUUGCACUGCAGCUGUAGGGUGUCAAACAUGCCUCUUUAAAUUUAAAUGCAGGCAGCCCAAUCCUUUUGGGAAAGAAACUCCAACGAGUUCUAUGAGGCUUACUCCCAAGUAGGUGUGCAUAAGAUUGUAGCCGUAGUUCCUUAACCCAUCUGAGUUUUGGUGAAAAAGAGAAACACUCCUUUUUAAGGGCUUUCAGGAUUAGGAUUGUACGACGAGAUCUAUGGAUGACGGGCGGCCUACAAAUUUAAUAAAUAAUAAUCGUAAUAAUAUGAUCACUGUCUUCUCCAGAUUAUGGCUGAACGGAAGAAUGCCAAAGCUGUGGCUUGCAGUUCGUUACAAGAGCGGACAAACGUCACCCUGGAUGUUCCCUUGCAAGGUACUGUGUGACUGGGAUGUUGUCUUCACUAUGUAGUCUCAAACAGGUGACUUAUUAAUUAAAUACUAAUAAAUAACCACUUUUUUAAAAAAAUUAAAAAGAAUUUUCACAGCGUGUUUCCAGAGGGGUAAUGUUAAGUCUGUUGAAGCAUGAACAUAGGUCAAAAUAACUUCCUUGGUCUUUAAGAUGCCACAAGACUCUUGGCUUGUUUCUCUGGCUUUAUUUGGAGCAGGCCAGACCUGCUAAACAGAUUUGUCUGUUUUUACUUUACAAGAAUAAAAGAUGAUGAUGUACUUUUUUAAAAAUUCCCCAGAAAUUACUCAGGCUCAUUUUUAAUGUGCGAUAGUAGGUAGAAGGAGUACAGAUUUAUUAGAAUCGAUAAUGAUAUCCCUAAGAGAUCGACUACCUGAUGAAUUAUUUUAUUCUGCCCUUGAAAUAAGGAUAUUUUGCCUGAUGUGAAUUUUGAUAAGUUGAAAUUGAUUUUUUUGUUCCCAUGCAGUAGAUUUCCCAACACCAAAGACUGAGCUGGUCCAGAAGUUCCAUGUACAGUACUUGGGCAUGUUACCUGUAGCUAAGCCAGUGGGUAGGUUGAAUCUUUGUCCAUAACUCCCUUAAUAUUUGCUCGUUAGCAUCUGAGCGCUCUGUUCUCCAUUGACAGAGGAUUAAAAUAGGUGACGGAUACGCAUCUCAAUUUCUCCAAACUUUCAGUGUGCAUACUUUGGGUGUUAUGGUUAUUCAGAUCUGUUAGCGAUAUUAACUGUGGGGCCAGACAGUGACAGUUAUAUUCCAAAUUAAUUAUGUGGCAGAUCCAGCUUCUACUAGAUUAGGGGUUACUGCAGAGAUGUGCAUGGCAUGAAAGAUAAAAUUAAAUUAUUUCAAUUUGCUUGUCAAAUGUGAAAUAACAUGGUCAGAAUGUUAAUAUGUGGAUCUGAACUUAUUGCUUAUUAAUUGAUAUGCCACUUAGAUGUUUGCACAGAGCUUCGAAUUGAUAUUUCUCAGAAGAGCUGACCUCACCCAAUACAGAAUGGCAAAGCCUUUUUGACUGUAAAACGUGGCUUGGGGUAUGGCAUGUGGGUGCCCGCUUUUCCAAGAGAGAAAGGAAAGUCCAAACCUGUCAGUCUUGCCAAAACACUUGGACACAGCUGAAGUGGCUCUUCGGAGCCUGGCCAGUUCCAUGUUUUGCAAGUCUGUUCCAUCCUAAAUACAGUGGUACCUCGGGUUAAGUACUUAAUUCGUUCCGGAGGUCCAUUCUUAACCUGAAACUGUUCUUAACCUGAAGCACCACUUUAGCUAGUGGGGCCUCCUGCUGCCACCGCGCCGCCGGAGCACGAUUUCUGUUCUCAUCCUGGAGCAAAGUUCUUAACCCGAGGCACUAUUUCUGGGUUAGCGGAGUUUGUAACCUGAAGCGAAUGUAAGCUGAUGCGUUUGUAAGCUGAGGUACCACUGCACUGAAAAAGUGAAGAAGAAUGGACCAUGUUGAUUCCCAGUGGUGGCAUACGAGAGAGGAGUGGAGGCAGGGGCAGACUUUGGUCGUGUUGGUGCCCCAAGCGAGGCCACAAUUUGACGCCCCUCAAAUGAAUCUUCUCAGUGGCGGAUCUUUUCCUUUUUGCGCUCCCUCAACCCAGCGCCUUGUGCAGGGGAACCCCCUAAAUCUAGCACUGACAGAGGUACUGGCGUACUCCUGGCAGGUGUGGCAUCCUUGUUGGGACAGGGAUGUGGCUAGGCAAGGAAAAGGGGGGGGGGGUUCAAGAGAGCUCUGGGUUGGUGGCAGCCCUGCAUGUGCGCACAUACCUGUGGGGCAACUGCUUCGCCCUUCCUGUCACCACAAACACAGUGCCGCCGCCACCAAGGGAGCGCCACUUCCUCUGCCCCCCCUCCCUCCGGCCAGCCACCACCACUGCUUCCCCCUCUUUCUACAUUAGUGGCCAAAAUUGUGGAAACCUUUUGGAAAAAAGGGUAUUUCUGUUUGGGGGGGGGGGGGGUUCAAAAAAAUUAUUGGUUUCCACAUUUAUCACAUGGGGGGGAAAGAAAACAUUACAAAACACAACAAGAAAAGAAAAAAGAAAAGGGGGGAAAAAGAAAAACACAAAACAGAAUUCUUACUUCAAAUCUCUAAUUCUUGUUACAUUGAUAACUGACUUCCUCAAAUCCCCUCUAACUGAAUUUCAUUAUAACCCCUGUAUAGCAGUUCUCCAAAUUCAUAUUUCUAAUAAUAUUCACUCCUUUCAUUUACUAUCCUCAUCUCUUUUAUUAAUAUUCAAAUCCUUAAUAUUUACUACCACCUAUUCUUAUUCUGCCCCUAAGCCUAUUUGUUACUUCCAAGAAUUUUCUAAUUAUCUUAUAUCACAAUAUUUAGCUAAAUAUUCUUUAAAUUUCUUCCAAUCCUCUUGUGUCUCCUCUUCCUUCUGGUCACGGAUUCUUCCAGUCAGGUCGGCCAGCUCCAAAAAAUCCAAACAUCUUCAUCUGCCAAUCUUCUAUUGUUGGUAUUUCUUGCGAUUUCCAAUUUUUGGCUAAUAAAAAGUGUAUUUCUGAGGUUUGAUGGCUCAUAACACCACUUUUUUGGAGUAUUACCAUAAAAUGAUGUAUCAAUGGAAAGAUAAUUUAAUGAAGAAUGUAAUGCAGCAAAGUUUGUUCAAUUAUCUGUAUUCUAUCAAAAGUUAUAGCCAAAAAACCAGAAAAGGGAAGCGCAACUUGCCUAAGUUGAUAUGCCGUAGCUUUCCUUCAUUUGAAUGUAGCCAAUGAGCAGGAGUGUUUAGACAGCCAAUCAGGUGCUAUGAGCCAUCAAACCUUGGAAACACACUUUUUCCAAAAGGUUUCCACAGUUUUGGCCACUAGUGUAUAUCAGCGUAUAAAUGAAGGAAUGAAACAGCUGCUUCAGCUCAGAUUCCUACAUCUUUGUUGGCAGCUUCUCUUGGACACCCCUAUAUUUUAUGACUUUUAUUAGCAUGCUUAGUCUGCCCUUCCUCAGGGUAGCAUAUAUGGGUUUCAUCUCAUUUUAUUCUCCCAGAAAACACCCCCCCCAUGUGAGUCAGGCUGGGGGGGGUGCCCCAAAACCGCAGUGAGAAGAGAAGAAAAAUAAAAAGGACGUCCGAUUUUACAUCUGUCAGUUACAUAGAAGACAUUAUUCAAAAUAUUCACUUUAGAGUGACACCCGACUAUUCCACUUUCUACUGGGCAAUAUUUUCCCAAUCUUCUGACCUACAUAGAUUAAUUCAUUUUCCUUUUAACGCAAAAAGUCCAAAAGGGGUUCUCUAAUUAUUAUUACAGUGGUACCUCGGGUUACAUAUGCUUCAGGUUACAUACGCUUCAGGUUACAGACUCCGCUAACCCAGAAAUAGAACCUUGGGUUUAGAACUUUGCUUCAGGUUGAGAACAGAAAUCGUGCUCCGGCGGCACAGCAGCAGCGGGAGGCCCCAUUAGCUAAAGUGGUGCAUCAGGUUAAGAACAGUUUCAGGUUAAGAACAGACCUCCGGAAUGAAUUAAGUACUUAACCCAGGUACCACUGUAUUAAUCAUAAAUGUCAGCAAUAGUUUUUCUCUAUCAAACAUAAUGCUUUCUUCUAUUUUCUGGGUUUUCCUUUGGUGUUUACUCUUUCUUUUCCUGUUUUUGUUUUUAUUUAGAUUCGUUCAGUGCUUUUCUUCCUUUAAUUUUCUUGCAGGAGGUACUCUCGUUUUCCUACUCCUGUUGAAAUACUGCCCUUCAAUGAGGCCAAACUUAGAUUCACAAAAUGUUUAGGGGUAUGCGUCCCCCCAGAAAAAAGGACUGGAUUUGUUUCUUUUAUCUUACUGUGUCAUGAAAAAGCUUUAAUAAAAUCUUACUUUAAAACACACCCACACCCUGUGAGCUUAAUGCCUGAUAUUCUUCCUGCCAUAAAACGCUGACUCUCUGUUAGUGAUCUUGUCUCUGUUGCUCUGCAACUGCAGGUAUGGACACCCUGAAUGCCGCUAUAGAAAGCCUCAUCGACUCCUCCAGCCGAGACGACUGGGUGCCUGUCACCAUGAAUGUCGCGGAUGCUACAGUGACAGUCAUCAGCGAAGGCGUAAGGCACAACCUGGCCUCUCUAAAAACCAGAAAUGCUUCAUAUGUAGUUGAUACUAGAAUGUGGGCCUUCUUAUUUAGCCAGUGCUUUUUCUUCAAACUUUCCUUUUAGUCGAUUUUAUUUGAGAUAAAUAGAAGCCGCCAUAUGCACCGCCAGAGCAAAUUUGGCAACCGCUGAUGGUAUGCAUGGCAUUUUAAAGAUAUUCAUUUCUGCCAUAUGUUGCUAUUUUCUCCUGUAAAAAUAACAAAACUACCAGCUUAAUAAACAGAGAAGAAAACCCACUUGCCUAAGAUUUUAAGGGAAAUGUAAUGUCUAGUAUAGAUCUCAGUCAUGAUCUAACAGUUCAGUGAGCUUAACCCUCACACACCUUUUUGGAUAAUAUUAAUUAAUAGCUAGAAAUACAGUCCCUGUCUGUUUUCAAGAAUGACUGCCGUCUAACAUAGAAAAAUGGAUUUUAUUAAUAUUCCAUUCCAAGGUGCAUCAUACCCCACAAUAUUAACCUAAAUUCCUUAUUGGAAUAUCAGAAAUCCCUGGAGAAGAAAACAGAUGAUGUGUUAUAUGUGCAAUACAGGCCUCAUAACCGAAGAGCAAGCAAAUCAGAAACAAACAAAAAAUGGCUAGAUGAAAUACUGGACUCAUGGUAGAAAUAUAUACAGUGCAACCUCUACUCACGACCACAGUCCGUUACGGAGACCUGUCCUUAUGGCAAAAUAGGUUGCUGGGAGAGGCGCCGUUGUGCGCAUGCGCAGGCGGCGAUUGCCCAUUACUGCCCAUGCGCAAACUGCAACCACCGCUCCUGCACAUGUGCAAACAGCAGCAAACCCGCCGGUUACUUCCGGGUUUGCCGUGGUCGCAACUUGGAACAUCCGCGAGUGGAGGCGGUUGUAAGUAGAGGUUAUACUGUAUAUAUACAGUGGGUCCAACAUACCCCAAUAGCCUAAUAGGGUUUUGUUUUGUUUUUCAAAGGAACGUUAGCAACAAGAAAUCAGGUUUGCACUAUGAGAUGGUUAAUUUGUGUCAAAAUAAAGCCAGUCUCACAAAAUAAACCUUACUGGGUUAAAAUUUACUCAUUGAGUCCAAUGGUUCCCUGUAGUGCUUUGUAAUAGGCUGACUGUUGUUGUUGUCAUUUAUAAUCACCUUCUAAACAACCAUCUCAAGGCGAUAUAUGCACAGAAAUGUACAUGGACAUAGAGCAGAGAUCUCCUCUAGUCCCCUUGAAAUGGUAUAGCCAUAAAAAACAUGGAAUUAAUAGUAUGGGCAAGAUGCUUGUAUUUUUCUACCCUACUUUGAGAAGUUGAUGGGCACAGAAUGGACCCCAGGUAGCUUAGGACAAUAAGUAACCUCUAGUUUUUGGUUAAUGCCCCUCAAAUUAAUUUCUUGCAUAUCUGCAUACUGAUUUAAGGUUGAUUUUUUAAUAAAAGAGAGUUGUUGUUGUUUAUUAAGAUGCUUGGCAACCUUUAAAAAAAUAAAUAUGAAAGAGUGUUAUCAUUGUGUGUGAAACUGCAUGACCCUGUAUGCCUAUUUGCAAAUAGGCCUCCAAGCUCAGGAUGUGACAGUUAGUCCACCUCUUGGUGCAUUUUGGAAGGUUACACCAGGUUUGUUCCUUGGUCCAUAACUGGUGACCUUCCAAGAAUCAGAGCUUCCAGCGCUCAGACUAAUAAUUGUUUCUUCAGUGCUACCUCUGAAACUUUUUAUUUGUAGUAACAUGAAUUCUUCCUUCCUAACUAGAAUGAAGAGGAAAUUGUGGUGGAAUGUCGUGUACGGUUCUUGUCUUUUAUGGGAGUGGGCAAAGAUAUCCAUACGUUUGCCUUCAUUAUGGAUACGGGGAACCAGCAUUUUGAGUGCCACGUUUUCUGGUGUGAGCCCAAUGCAGGCAACGUAUCAGAAGCCGUCCAGGCGGCUUGUAUGGUAAGUGACCACAGAAAACUGUAGUACAAUUUGUAGAAAUAUUAGAAAAUUAAAAUAAACCAGUACAUGAAACCCCUCUCAAAUAUUACCAUAUUUUUCGCCCCAUAGGGCGCACCAGCCCAUAGGGCGCACCUAGUUUUGGGGGGGGGUAAUAAAGAAAAAAAUUAUUUCCCCCCCCAGGCGCGGGGCUGGGGAAGCCCAAGCUUCCCCCGACCCCAGCCCCCAAAACAGGCUGCUAUCCGCAGGGAUGCAGGCAGCUCUCCGCAAGCCGUGGGAGCCCAGCGCGACGUCGCGCCGGGUCCCACAGCUUGUGCAGAGCUGCGCGAAGCCUGGGGCACGCUGAGCUCAGCGCCCCAGGCUUCGGGAUGCAGGCAGCUUUCCGCAAGCCGUGGAAGCCCAGCGGGAACUCCCGCGGGCACCCAAGGCUUGCGGAGAGCUUCCUGAAGCCUGGAGAGCGAGAGGGGUCGGUGCGCACCGACCCCUUUCGCUCUCCAGGCUUCAGCGAAAGCCUGCAUUCGCCCCAUAGGACGCACACACAUUUCCCCUUCAUUUUUGGAGGGGAAAAAGUGUAUCCUAUAGGGCGAAAAAUACGGUAUUUUGUAGUAUUUAGCAUGAACGCAAAAUGACAGGAAAACAAUAAUGCUAUUGAUUUUUCAGAGCGCCCUGAUAAAUUACAAUUCUCUCCCCAGUUCUGCGCUUGGAUCUUAACAUUUAACACCAUGAUUCUAAAUAUUAGUGUCAGCUCUCUCCCCCUCCUCUGCUUUAAUGCUAUUAGCAGUCAAUAUUGUGAACUGUUACGUGCACAGACUGAAAACCAGAUAAGUAGCAUAAAGCAUCAGAGUCAAGGAAACAAGCGCCAGCCUUUUGCAAGAGAACAAUGUGUCUUCAUAGAAAGGAGACAAUGGGAAGAACAAAUUAUAAGAUUGAUGAGAAUAACCAGAGUUCCCUGCUUCAGUGGUAUUAUUCAGCAUCUGCUUCCAGAGAGUUUAGUGGGUACCAUCCUUCAAAAUUGUCAUCUGUUCCCUUGGGCUAAUAGAGAAAAUACUAGCACUAACCUGAGCAAGUUCUAGCAAUCAGAACACAAUAACGUUCAAUCCCAGGCACUGCCAUCAAAUUAUAUUCUUUUAGAUUUAGAGGUGGAAGACUUAAAACAAAUCAGCCAACAUGUUGAGCUGUUACUCCUUGUAUUAGAAAGGACGGUUGUGUAUCCAAUAUCUUAAUGAUGUGUUGUCCCCGCUAACGUGUAAUAAUUGUGCAGAGAAUGUAAGAAACUGCCAAAAUGAGGAAAGACCUGCUCUAAGGAUCUAUGAGUGCCAUGUCUAAGGGCAGAUUUGCAAAACUUGUGACAAACCAAUCCCAUGCAGGUAGCAAAAUUAGGAGGUUGAUGAACCACCAUACAUAGUUGCUGCUUUUAAAUUUACCAUACAUAGCUUGAUGGGUCGCAUUUAAGCUUGAUGGGUCAUGAUAUGUCUGUGUGUUGCCUACUCGGAAGCAAAUCCUAAAUGAUGUUGCAGAACAUAGUGAGGAAAGCUCAAGGUACCGAGCCUUGCUAAUGAUUGCAGAACAUCUUUGCUUUCUUUCAGCUACGAUACCAGAAGUGCUUGGUAGCCAGACCUCCUUCACAAAAAGUCCGGCCGCCGCCUCCUCCUGCAGACUCGAUGACCAGAAGAGUCACGACUAAUGUAAAACGGGGGAUGUUGUCCCUCAUUGACACUUUGAAACAGAAACGUCCCGUUACGGACACGCCAUAG